AUGAGGACUGGACGCAGCUUAUGGGCUGGGGUCUUUCUGUCAUUUUCAGCGGCAACACUUUUUCUCUCCAGCCACGUGGAAGGCCAAGGUAAUCCCCCUCAAAUUCCUGUCUUGAUCCUGUUACAUAUCUUAUGUCAGUGACAAGCACCCCAUAGCACUCAAGCUGCUGAGCGACAGAACUCCAAUUAUGUCUUGUUUGCCCAAAGUGUCCAUAGUCCUCUGAAACUGGAGUCCCAGAGGUUGCCUGUCCCGAUUUCGUGCGCAGAUGGAAAAUAUAUUCAAACUAUUCAUGCUGAUUGCAUUGACUUAAUUGGCAAAAUGUGUUCGUCAUGGUGGCAUUGUGUCAUCAAGCAUUACUUGUGAACUAACAUUUUUUCAUUAUCAUUCUUAAAUUGCAAUUGAAUAAAUCUACGGGGACAUUUAUCACCCUAGCCAAUGUGGUCUAUAUUUGUCAUGGUGAUCAGCCAACUGAAUAGACAUUAGGCCUCUGUACCAUACAGCCGGCUGACCGUGAAUCGUAGUCCACAGCCACUGGAGUGCCGGCAUCAGCCAUCACUGAAACUUGGCAUUACUAGAUGAUAAUAUGGUUUGCAGACUGGAAUACAGUGUCUGCUCUCACCAACCUGGUAACUAAAACAAAAGCUUUUAGCAAAGUGAUGGCUGAUCCUUGCAUCCAAAAUAUUUGAAUAUAGAACAAGCUUUGCCAUGAUGCUCAACCUGUGCCAUGGCUGGCUUAGAACCAAAUUAAAUGUACACCAGACACAUCUGGGGUGCCAAGGUUCUAGAGGUUAAUUGACCACAACUUAUCAUUACCAAGCACCCUAUAUUGAUGUUGUGUACUUUUUGAAAUGUGUUUCUCUUGCCCUGAAUUACUCAUCGAUGCACUACAUUUUGUGCAAAAUUAAAAAAAAUUCCAGGUUUUUCCAGGGUGAAAUCUUCAUCAUGAAGUAAUAAUGAGCCUCAUCAUGAAAGUAGCAUAAUAAUGCAUAGCUUAAUGUUUUGAAAGGUUUUCUCAAGUGAUAUUAAACCAUUGCUUGGAAUAUGGUAGCACCAUUGUGGGUAAGUUCUAGAUUCGGAGCAAUCGCCAUGACAACAAAAAAAAUCAUCAGGUUUGAUGAUGAUUUCGAAACUUGGAAUUUUAUGUUGAUCAAUUUAUAUUCGAUAACUUCUAUAAAUCAUGUCUGAUGCAUUAUAACUGUACACAUCUUGUAUUAUAAAAAUACAAAACAUAUCCCAUUGCAUGUUUAAGCUCUGACAAACAUUUAGUUAAUAUUUCUUUUAGCAAACGGCGUCUUUUCUGUUUUACACUAUUCGUUUUAAAAUAUCUUCCUUUUCAGAAUUUUGGAUAUCCUGCAAUAUUUUAUGAAAGUAUUUAUAGUAAAAUUGUUGUGAUUUAAAAAAAUAAAAAAAACAAGUUGAAAUUUUAAAAAAGAUGUAGAUUGGAGAUUUUGGUAUGUUCCAGGGAAUGCAUCCCUCGGUUGUCAGAGAUGUAAAAACAAAGGUUUUUUUUCUCGAUAACAAAAUAUUUUGUAAUCCAGAAAUGUAUAUAUAUAUUUUUUUCAUUAGUUAGCCUUACAAAAGUAUACAUUUAUUAUAUUUGAUGAGCUAAUAUUACCUAAUUUUUAAACUGCUUUGAAAAAAAAGCUCAAGGUUUGCAAUUAAAUAUUCGUAUCUUCUAAAUUCUGUUCCACAUGAAUUAUAAUAAUGAAGGGUUUUUCUUCAAGUAGCCUCCAGACCUUUUCUAAAUAUGUCUAUUAUAUUUUUUAUUUUAUCAAACACUAACAUAUACUGUAGUUCUCGGCAAUGAAUAAAUAUAAUAUACCAGUAAGAGAUAGUGACACGCAACAUGAAAUGACAAUGGCUCAGCUAUUAUGAGCUACAUUCUGUCCAAAAAUGUUGUGUUUAUGCGUUGCCUUGAAUAGAACAAGCUGCAAGUCAGUUGUCAACAUUCAUGGUCAUUCUCUAAACUUGGAACUCACCACGGAAUUGUACAUUUUUUAGACCAACUAAAAUUAUAAAUAUAUAUAAUAAAUACAUUUUAAAAAAAACCCAGCCAACUGUGUUUCCAGUUCAACUGUUUUUAUUGAAAUUUUUUAUUUGGGGAAACAAGAAAUGGCUUUACUAUAACAAACAUAACACAGUCAUCUAAAUAUCUACAUAGUUUGAUAUAUACAUUAAAUAAGUAACAGUGAAUCUAUAAGAUUUUAACAAACUUUCUAUAGUGAAAGUAUAAUUAAAUCAAUUAUAAUUUUCAAAAACAAAAAAUAAAACAUGUUGUUCUUAAUGGACAGCUCAGCUGUUUUAGCCAUAAAUGUGCAAAUCCUGAAGAUUGCCCAACACGUCACACGUCAAAAUUCUCCAUACAAGCAGAGGGUGCUGAAGGGUUAAUCAGAAAUACGGAGAUCAUGUACAUUUCAAUCAGGUCUAUGUAGAGUUGCGCAUGGAUAACUGAAAGAUAAAAAAUAUGACUUUGUAAUAUUAGCAUUAACUCAUAGCCCUUGACUUCGCAAAUAUUUACAAAGCACCAAAAUGUAGUCUGAAUGGGAUUUUUACUAUUUCAAUUGUGAGCCAUAUUUAUUUUGCAGAAAUCAGACUGAGAGAUCUAGUUACACACAGCAGAGAGCUCAUCAGUGCAUCGAGUCAGUGAAAUUGGACAGGUCUCCACAUGUUGCAGACCCUGAUUUAAAAUAAGUUAGUCAAAUGUAAAACUCAGUUUAUUGCUUUGUUAAAACCUGAUGGCUUGUUUCAAACUAGGUAAAAUUAAAAUGGAUGCUGAGGCUUGCAUGUUCAUUUGCCAAAACUAAGCUGCUUCCAGCAUAAGAUCUUUAAAUAGUUUGUGCAGGUUUGCUGACAUCUAAUCAUUAGUUUUGGUGGGCAGUGAGAAAUAAAGCACUAGUUUUACUUAAAGAGUUUUGGCUCAUAUACAGCCAUUAUAAAUUGAAGUCCAUCCAUUCACCAUCCAUCCACCAUCCUUCCAUUCAUUUACCAUCCAUCUAUCCACCAUCCAUCCAACCAUCCAACAAUCCAUCCAUUCACCAUCCAUCUGCCAUCUAUCCAUCGAUUCAACCAUCCAUCUAUCCACUAUCCACCAUCCAACCAUCCAACCAUCCAACCAUGUAUCCACCAUCCAUCCACCAUCUAUCUACCAUCCUUCCAUUAAUUUACCAUUCAUCUAUCCACCAUCUAUCCAUCUAUCAUCCAUCUACCAUCUAUCCAUCAAUCCAACCAUCCAUCCAUCCACUAUCCACCAUCCAACCAUCCAUCCACCAUCCAUCCAUCCAUCCAUCCAUCCACCAUCUAUCUACCAUCCUUCCAUUCAUUUACCAUCCAUCUAUCCACCAUCUAUGCAUCUAUCCAUCCAUUCAUCCAUCCAUUCACCAUCCAUCCACCAUCCUUCCAUCCAUUCACCAUCCAUCUACCAUCCCUCCAUCCACCAUCUAUCUACCAUCCUUCCAUUCAUUUACCAUCCAUCUAUCCAUCAUCUAUCCAUCUAUCAUCCAUCUACCAUCUAUCCAUCGAUCCAACCAUCCAUCCAUCCAUCCAUCCACUAUCCACCAUCCAACCAUCCAUCCACCAUCCAUCCAUCCAUUCACCAUCCAUCCACCAUCCUUCCAUUCAUUUACCAUCCAUCUAUCCAACAACCCAUCCAUCCAACAAUCCAUCCAUUCACCAUCCAUCUACCAUCUAUCCAUCGAUCCAACCAUCCAUCCAUCCACUAUCCACCAUCCAACCACCAUCCACCAUCCAACGACUCAUUCAUCCACCAUCCAUCCACCAUCUAUCAUCCUUCUAUCUAUCUAUCUAUCUAUCUAUCUAUCUAUCUAUCUAUCUAUCUGUCUGUCUAUUCAUCCACAAAUGUAUCUUUUGUAAUAGUAUCCAGCCAUUAAAGGUGCACUAUAAGCAGUAUAAGCACUCAUACAGCUGAUUGUGGUCCUCAUGGUGCUAUGAGUCUAUGGGUGUCAUCCCAUGGUUUUCUAUUAAACCACCUUGGAAUUUUACAAAAAUUGCUUUCCUCCCGAACACUCUCAGCCUAUCGUUGCUGUCCACAGUUUGAUGGAUUUGCAUUGUAAUUUGCUCAUUCUCAUUGCCACUCCAGAGAGAAUGGGUUAUAACUUUUUCCUAUUUUCUCCGCCGCCACAUGGAUAAUGGGGAAAUGACACUUGCCCAUUCGUUGUUUAACAUGUCAAGAAACAACUUUACGGUACUUAGCCAGUCUAACUUAUUAGCUAAACUAAAAGUAACAUAAAAUAUAAAGACAUUACAGCAGAUGAGGAUGGCACUAUGUAGAUAUAAGUAAUAAAUUAGAAAUAAUAAUUUGGAAAUGCACACAUGAAAUGAAAAGACCAAUUAAAUAAAAAGUAUAUCACUUAUGGGCAAACAAGAUAAAGAAUAGAAAAGUGGCCUCCAAAAUAAUCCUCAAUAGCCCAAAUGAGGGGAAAUGUAUACAUUUCCAAUAUUGUUAUACUAAAGAUAGUGUUUGGUGCAAUAAGAAUGUAAAUGUUACAGAUAAUGUGUAAAUGAAGGCUCUGACAUACCUUAAUAAAUCGAUGGUGACUAAUAUUGGUUGAUGUAUAUCAUCUAUACAAAAAAAAAUAAAAAAAAAUUGUUUUCACAGAGAAGUAAAAUAUGCCACCAAACCUGAUAAAAUGCUUUGCAAACAUUCUAAUUGGCAUACUGCCAAAAUAGCGUAGAUGUGGUCUAUUUAAUUUUGAAAAGCUUGUGAUAUUGCCACACACCAGGUUACAGUGUACUUAAAGGAUACAUGUCUAAAGGGAAAACAUCUGUCUGUAGUAAAGAGUUGGUGUUAUAAAUUUAGAGCAGAACCCUUAUGACCUUAUGAUGCUGAUUAAGCUUGCUGUUGGCUGAGAAUCAUGUGCGUUCAAAUAGAAUUCGUCAAAUGCCCUAGAAUAGAGAAAUUAUGUAACUGGAAUCUUUUAUAAACUAAAUCAACAAGUUUAGCACAGUUACUUUGUAGAUCCAUGUUUAUAUGAGACCUUAAAGUAGAAGUAGGAAAAAUUCUAAUUAUGCUUGAAAAUAAUCCAUGUUAUAUAUAUUCUUUUAAAGAUAAAAAGCAUAUAUUUUUAAAUCCCUGUUUGGUAUUUUAUCAAAAUGGGCAAAGUGAAGAAAAAGAUAGAAACAUAGAUAAUGUGAGGGUAUGCAUUUGGGAGCAACUUAUAUUUGAGACAGUUUGGGUUCCAUUGGGAUAUGUGAUCUCCAAACUUGUAAUAGUAAAUAAAGCAAUACUAACAUUAAUAUUGACAAUGAAUAUGGCAAUAAUAAUCACUAGCUAGGUUCCAGUGAAAGAUAAUGUGACCACUAGUGUUGUUUAAUAGUUGCUACAUGUUCUAUACUUCUCUGAUUAGUGUUUGAUUCAUAGGAAGUGUCCAGAGCAAGUAUCAUUAACUCUUAUACUGAGUUCACAGAAGAGAAACAAACUGGAAGAAUAAAAUGAAAAAAUGAUAAAUUUCAGGUUAUUUAUUUAUAGAAGCGUGUCUGGAAACACAUACAUAACAGAAAUUCAAGAAACUUUUAAAUAAAGAGUCAGCAAGUCAGAACAGAUACAUUUGUCUCAAAAACAAAUAGUGUAUAGUCUAGAAUAAAACUACUGAUCUGAAAUAAUCUCUUAGAAUUGCAGGGGAAUUAAAACAUGGAUUAGAACUUGUUGAUUUACCGUGGACAGAGGAACCUUCCAUAUAAUUACAUCAAUUGUCAAUAUAAUAGUUCUUAUGGACAAUACAUAAUGCUAGGUGUGGACUACUUGCUCACUUGGCCUAGAGGUGCAUGACUCACUGAUGAAACCUAAAGAAGGUUGAGAUGAUUUAUCUGUGGUCCCAUAUCUACAAAACAUUGUGUCUAUGGAUUGCCCCUGUGGGUGGGACCAGCUUGAUAUUAUGUAGGUUCUCUAUGUAAGAGAUAUUAACCCUCGUAAGACACCUGAUUGGGGACUAACCUAAGUGUAAGUUAGUAUGUCCAUAUUUUGUCUUCUCAUAAAUUAUGUUACACAUUAUAUCAUGUCUGGAGGAGGGGACGCUUUGCAUUUUCAGGAGAAUAGAGAACUUUAUGUUGAGAUAUGUUUAGUCCUUUACCAAUAAAUUGGAGGGAAGUGGAUACAGGUAAUGGUAACAUAUCUUAAUUUAUUUUUUUAUUAUAUGUUCUACUUCAAGAAAAGAAAAUGCCAAUAAUUUGCAUGUAUACUCUUUACAUCCAUCCAGUAGUUUAUGUGUUUUACCUCGGAAAUGCCACUGAUUCAGGGACAAAUGUAUAAAAUUGAUAGCAUGGGUUUAAGACUGAACUAUGGAAAGGAACUUCUUGAUGAUUGGCCUACGAUAAAUAACUUUUAAACGUAUUUUGGUAAAGAUUGAUAAACUGGCUAAAAACAAAUGGUGUGUGGUGGACAUUUUGAUUUAAUUUUUUUUUUUUUACAUUUUACACCUCCUUAAUUUUCAGCACAAAGAAGACUUUUAACCCCCGAUCAUUCCCUUUAACUUUGACUUGUAGAUAAUGAAUUAUUUUCGUUUUAAUUUUGAUGUCAAUAAAAUUAUUUUCUCAUGUUUUUGUGGCUUUAAUGCUUUUGCGAUUUUCUACAUUAAAUAUUUUCCAAAAGGUAUCCCGAAGGCCAUCUGGACAUUCAAGCUGGAACAUGUAGAAAAAUACCAUUCACUUAACUUCAAAGUGUAUUAAUGAAAAUGUAUAGCAUGUUUAAAGAAUGACAGUGUGGACUAAUCAGUUUAUUUCAGCAAUGCACAUUAACGUUACCGUCUAAAAUGGCUCAACGGAUUUGUGUUGUGUACAUACUCUUUCACUAGAAAACUCUUACAAUUUUUAUUUUAUUUCUUUAAUUUUAGAACCCUGAUUUAAUUUUUUUUUAUAUAUGUCUACCUUAACAUUUGUUUUUGUUUUAUUACUUUGUUUUCUUUUGUCACAAGAAACUAGCUUUUAUUUCACAGACAUUAAGUGCUCAAAGACAUAAGGACAGUAAACACAGGUUGGUGAUGCAACAGAGUCAUACAUAAUUAUAUUUGUUUACUUUGUCUUUAGAUUUAUGUCUUAGUUGUGUGUGGUUUAGUUUCGUGCCAAAAUGUUUUUCACAUAACUAAGUAAAUAAAUAAUGAAAUGAAUAAAUAAAUUAAUGAAAUAAAGAAAACCUAAAACCAUAUUUUACAGCGAUAUAGAAUUAAUGACACUUUUAUUGACAGAAUGUAAGAAAUUCAACUUUGACCAAAAAAAUUAAAAUUGAAAAAAACGCAAACAGCUUACAAAAUUUCAAGAUUUAUGACUUUUCUAUUUUGAUGAGUUAGGAAAGAAGAAAUAAUUUUAUGUACGAAAUAAAAGUUAAAAGUAAUGUAGUACAUAUAUUAGUUAUGUUAAACUUUUGGCACGUCUCUUCCAGUUUGUAAAGAUAUCUCUGUUAAUGAAUCUGUUACGUAAAUGUCUCUUUUCUUUGACUAGACAGGUUGAUGUUUAUCAUGUGUGAUGGGUUAUUUGUUUAUCUGUUGGUGACGGUCUUGUGUUUUUUAAUAUAAUCAUGAUGUGAGGUUACCUAUUUUUUUUAGUUUUUUUGUUUAGUAUGAAAUUAAUCCUGAAAAGAAUAUUUUAAGAAAGUGUAGCUUAUAAACAUGUACAUGUAUUUUGCUGGAAAAAAAACCCCCAAUAAAAAAAACAAGCUUAGGGCGUAGUUUUAAAACCAAGUGGUUUAUAGACAUUGCUUGUCAAUUUAAUCAUAUUAUUUUUUUUAUCAUUUCACAUAAAUGUUCUUACCUGUAUUUCCACUGAACUCAUGACACUCAGGUGUGUGCUGUCUUGCAAACAGAGAAUGGAAACUAUGCAGGUUCAUUAGCAAGCUGCAAAAAUACUCUGCCACAGGCUUAUUGAGAUCUGAUUGAUUAUUUGUGCUAUAGAUGGCUAUCUCCUGAUACAUAAAAUACACACUAUUAACUAUGGCUACUCAUCAACUGGCGACACGUUAUCCAAAGAAUUGCUAAAGAAAAAAAAAAUACAAAACAUGUAUUUAAUUCUUGUUAUGACUUGUUUAUAAUAAAUCUCCACACUUACUCACGUAACUACGUCAUAGAUUACACAAUUAAAUCAUAAUCAAAUUAAUUCAAUCAAAUUAGAUAUUUUGCAAUAAUUAAAAAAUAACAUAAUUUUAAUUUAAAAAAAUAUUUUGUACUAAAAUCACAUUUAUUUUUAGUUUAACAUUGUGUAAUUUACAUUUCUCCCAUUGUUUAUAAACACCUAUAUUUAGUAGGAGGAGUACUUUUAGGCUAAAACUCUUCCAAAAUCCCUGUAGCAUGUGUUGUCUAUGUUGCCUGCUAAUGUUCUAAUAUCUAACAUGAUCUGUCUUGUCUUAUUGUAACUUUAAGAGGUUUGUAAAUGGUGUGACAUGCGGGAAUUUUACUAAGUCUGGUUUUGAAUAAACACGGUGGGUGGUUUUAAAAAUAACCAAUUCAAAUUGUGGGCUGUCAUGGUUUUGACAUGAUCCUAGUGUUAUGUCAACUUACUUUUUAUCUCUUCCUAUAGUCCAUUAUUUCUGUGAACCAACUGAUAUUUUUUGUCUUUUGUAGUGACACCACCAACAAGACUAAGAUAUCAUGCAGUAACUCAAAACAGUGUACAGAUCUCAUGGAAAGCCUCAAAAGAUACAAUUAAAGGAUAUAGACUUCGUGUCACACCAAAAUCAGGCAAGUAAAGAGCUGGACCUUUAAAAUGUCAUUGUGUUGCUGAUUCUAGAACAAGAGGGUUCUAUAGAUCUCACUUGAUUUUGAAUUGUGAUGUAUUUUUUUAUCCCUCUUUAAGCUCCCAUGUUUCAGAGAAUAUCUAGAUCGAUAUACGAAUGGUCUUCAAUAAGGGAAUAUUUCACUUUCAGUGUGAACAUUUGUCGUCUAUUCCCUUUUAUUUCUGAAAUUGUGUCCUUAUAGUAUAGUCGUGUAAUUAUUUCACCAACAAGUGAGAAUUUAGGUUUUGGUGAAAAACUUACAUCUUUGAAUUUUUUUGCAUUUUGGUAGGAAAUGUUUCCCAUUAUUAGCCUUGGUCAGUCAUCACUUAAGCUUCCCUUGAACAGGAUGAUCUUAAAGAAGCACUAUAAUGUUAUUAAUACAUAACGCUAUUGUGUCCUGUUGGACCCCUCUCCCUUGUGCCCCUCCGGCACUACAAGUGUUAAAAACCCAUUUUAAUACUUACCCAAUUCCAGCAUUGGGUCCAUGCUCCACCUCUUCCACUGGGGUUGGAGGCGCUUGGGCAUGCAGAGCGUGAUGAUGUCAGUUAGGUCAGUUAGGCGACCAGGCAGUGACUCUACUGGCUGUCUGUUUGACAGCCACUAGAGGCAAUCUUAGUUCUGCAAUGUAAUUGUAAUGAAACACCUGUUUGGACAGACUCAGGGAAACAGCAUUUCAUCUAAAUAUUCGUGUGUUUGGCUAUUUUGUGUAUUUGCAAAAGAGCCGAACAGACUCCUGAACCACCCACCUCCCACCAGGGACGUGUGCAGCUCAUUUACCACCCAGACCUUGCAGUUAACCACAAGGUAAUUGAGGAAAGGCUUGGUGGUCUGCGUUCAUUUGCCGAACAUGUGGCGGUCGCCAUUUUAAAAUCAUUGAACGCUCAGCGGUAGAUGGUCAUCGACCCUCUGGAACUGUAGACUUAAAUAGGGACUUUUAUAGAUAAAUACAAUGAAAAGUAUUUCUAAAAGAUUGAGAUUGUUUGAAGUGUGAGAUGCUGAUAUGAAGAAUAAAAAGGGAAACUGAAAAUGUGGAGUUGGUGACAAUAUAUAUGGUUGUUUCUUUUAUCCCUGGAUUUGGUGUAACCUUAAAUGUCAUACCAAUAUUGACACAUAGUCAUUGAAGAUCAAGUAUCCUAUGUUGAAUUGACUAAAGGUUUUCUGAUUCCAUAGGUGGAUUUAAGGAUGGUGUUGAAAUAAAAUCUGUAGUUACCAUUUACAUUUUAACCCCUUAAAGGACCACUAUAGGCACCUACACCACUUCUGUUUAAUGAAGUGGUCUGGAUGCCAGGUCCAUCUAGGGUUAACCCUGCACCUGUAAACAUAGCAGUUUCAGAGAAACUGCUAUGUUUACACUAGGGUUAAUCCAGCCUCUAGUGGCUGUCUCAUUGACAGCUGCUAGAUGCGCUUUUGCGCUUCUCACUGUGAAAAUCACAGUGAGAAGAUGCUGAAGUCCAUAGGAAAGCAUUGAGAAAUGCUUUCCUAUGGACUGAUUGAAUGCGCACGCGGCUCUUGCCGCGCAUGCGCAUUCUUCGGAUGACGUUGGAGAGGGAGCCUGACGGUUUAACCCCUUAAACCCUCUUGAGCCCAGCGGGAGUGGGACCCUGAGGGUGGGGGGAACCCAAAGACCCUAUAGUGCCAGGAAAACGAGUUUGUUUUCCUGGCACUAUAGUGGUCCUUUAAGGAUACAUGACAGAAAUAUUCAGUCAUGAUUCCCUCUUAUUUCUGAAAUUGUGUCCUUAAGGGGUUAAUUGCUUCUAAGUUCCUUGGAUUGUCUAGUCACAUUUCAAACUUGAAUUGAAAAUUUCAUAAUCAAUGUGUAUUCUUUCAACAUUAUUUUAUCACCGUCACUCAUCUCAUACUCUUAUGGAGAACUAUGAGCUAUACUGGUUGUGGCCCUUUCCAUGAUUAUCUCUGGGUCGUGAUGAAUAGCUAGUGCUGGUAAUAAAUCGGAAAACCAUACAUUAUUUCUUAAAUAAUGUUUAUAAACCUAAAACCAAAGAAACAUUUAAACCAGGGAUCUCAAACUUUGCCCACUCAGAAAUUGAUGUCCUAGAACUUCCAGAAUUCUUUGAAUGUAAUAGAUGCCCAAGAAAUCUUGGGAGUUGUAGUUCAGAAACAACUGAAGAGUUGGAGAUGCUUGAUCCAAACCCAUGUAGUGAUAGUUAAUUUUUAACUAUGAUAGAAGAUUCAGGCAUUGCAUAUUUCAAAUUCAGAUUCAGUUCAGAUUUUGCCUCCAAUAAAAUUCUUCAUAGCUUCUUAAUAGAAUUUUGGUGCCGUAGGGCGUAAUAUUUACUGUAUGAAUAAUUUCAAGUGCAAACACAGACAAAAUUGAGUGAGGAAAAUACCAUUCUGAUCAAAUGAGAUUGUAUCAUGUCAAUCAAAUGGUAAGGUAGAUAUUCAUCCUUAAAGUACUUUACAUAAAUCAUAACAGAAAAUCUCAUAUACACUGCGUGGUGUGUUCAUUCUGUCUGCUUUGAUGACUGUUCUAUUUACAAUAGGAUGUUUUAUACAAUGUAGAAUGAUUCAUAGUAGAAGAGUUUAACAAUAUGGCUGCCAGAGAAACCAUGGACAACUUACAACGGAAAAUGUUUAUAUUAAUGCCUGUGGAAUGCAGGGUUAGAAUAGUAUGUCUAGUGGAUUAUCAGUCCAAACCCAUCCAGACUUAGACAGUGAGAGGCUGUUGAGUACUAGUCGUAACCUCCCGCUGCGUUCACAACCUAUCAUUGGAUACUUUAGGAGGGUAAAGUAAAACUUCAAUUAUUUGAGAAGAAGAGGGGAAUGACUUUGGUGUUGGUUGAGUCUUAGAUUGGGUUGACACAAAACAUGGUAGGCAGCCACUGAUGCAUUGCACUAUGAUAAGAAUUUAUUUUUAGCUAUCCCUUGCAGGCUUAUAACCUCUGUCAUCAGUGUGCAGUUCGCGCUAAAGACAGAAGUCAUUUUUGCACAGUAUAGACAGUUGAAACCAGUCCCAAGCUGCCUAGGUCAUAUGUGCCAGGGGUGUAACUAGACCUCAGCUCACAAGUGCAAAUAUAUCUAAAUGUACAAGGUUAUAAGCAGAAAUGCUUCACUUACAGACUCCUACCACUAUGACCACUAUGCACAUACAGGCUCCUACCACUAUGACCACAUCUAAAAGCAGAUGUGGCCCUGAUGGUUGUAGUUUCCCUUUAAGAUUGUCCAGGGCUCUAGGCAGGUUGCCAGGUUGGGGUCACUCUACAACUAUGGCUUCUGUUUCUGUGAGGUGUGUGUUGACUGAGUGUUGUGUGUGUGAGAGUGUGUGUAGUGAUGUGUGUGUGGACGAGGCAGGGUGAGAGCUGGUUUGGAGGAGGCUGAGUUUGUCUGUGUGUACUGGUUCUUUGAGACCUGCUGGGGAAUUGCUUAAAGUGAUCUGUACUUGAUAUUGCUACAGGCCACAAGGCUCCUCAGCAAAGUGAGGGGACACAGGGCAGAGCAGGCAUGAGGAAGCCUGGGUCCUAGGGUGCCACCUUGGUCGUUUAAUGGGUAAUCCAGUUUUGAUGGAACAGAACCUACAUCAUUUUCAGACAGGCUGGAAGAAUUUCAAAAACCUCAAGUCUUCAUUUGGUCUGUUUGCCACUGGUUGCACAAUAUAAUAUUUAAUUGCUGCUGUGGCUGGAAGCCAGCACAUAUUCAGACCCUGGUUAAUUCCUGGCAGAUCCUGACACUCUGUAACCGAUAUCAUAUUAAUUAGAAUUGAAAUGAUAGACUAGUAUUACCUAUCUAUACUGGAAAAAGAUAUUGUUGACAUGAAGAACUGAGUAUGCAAUACUUUACUUUCAUCUCGUUCUGGGGCUUGCAGAGUUAAUCUACAAGUUAAUAGAACUGAGGAUACUUAAUUUUGGUGAUGGACGUCUCAUUGUGACCUAUAAUAUUGACCUUAAUAUGAUUCUCUUUGUGGAAAGCUUGAUAUUAAUAAUUUUGGUAUAAUUAUAUAAUGAUGAUGACGGAUCUCUGAGUGAAUACCUCCUUAUUUUCAGGUGGGAAAAUCAACGAACUAAAUCUUCAAAACACUGCCGUUAAUGCAGUCAUUCAAAAACUUGAUCCCAGCCUAAGUUAUACUGUACAGAUCAGUGCAUUUAAUGAAGAUGAUGAAAGCAAACCGGUUCAAGGAGAGUUUAGAAGUAAGUAGCCACCAUCAGAGGUCGUACCUAGAGUAUUUGGCACCUGGGUGUUCUUCCCUUGGUAUUCCCUUUUACAAUUUUAAAAUUUUAAAACGCAAAUAUUAAAAAUCAAACAAAAACAAAUAAGUACUGUUGAAAGAGUAAUGGCUAUAAACAAUUCAAGUAAAAAAAAAAUCAGGUCUUGUAUCAUUCAGGAUUCCACAAAUUUGUAGGGGUCUUAUCACUAAAUGUUGAAAUGUGAUGAAUUGGAAACUGAGUUGCAAAGAUUCUUCAUCUAAUCUAGCUGGACUUGAUAUUGUCAUUUCUUUUCUUGUCACCUCACCACCAUUCACUGUUUAGUAAAUAUAUCCUUACCUCUAAUCACAUAUGUCGACCUAUGCAGUAAUCAAUAAUAGAGACUACAAAUGUACUGCAUUUAUAUGUACAGAAUUAACCCAGCCUCUCUUCCCUUUGUCUCCUUUGCACACUUUCCAAUCUUUUUCAUUCAUUUUGGGUUCUCAUGAUAUUUCUGUGGGUUCCGUGUAUUUGGAACAUGCAUGUUGUAAUCAUCCAAUACAUUGUUUAUUGUAGUGGUAUUGUCUUCCCUAUUGCAGUGUAGUCUGAUGGUGGGAAGAAUCUAAUCAUUUUUUAUGUUUCUUAUUCUAAAUUUAAAGAAUGGCCCACUAAGUUAACUGUACGUUUGAAGAAUGAAUUACCAUUCCUGUGCAUUGUGUAUUUGGGUUCCUGUUAAAACUUUUAAAACAAGCUAGUUUCAAAUUUCAUCCCCAUUCAUUACCACACUUGCCAUAUUUCAUUCCUUGAUCCAUUUAUUUGAUCAUUAAUCUCUUUUAUCCAGUGAUCACACAUGCAAAGUCAUUCCAUAUUGCCUUCCUUAUGGCAUGUCAUUUCACAUUCAAUCUCACUUUUAUCGCUGUGGCCCUCUGAAAGAGGAGGUGCAUCAUGACCCGCUUUCUCAGCACUCGCUCUAGGUUGUCACUCAGGACUCCACAUCUUUGUUCUCCAUUGGUUAAUACAGACGGGUGCUUGAAGGCAGGUUUGAAAUUUAAAUAAUUGGUUACAGAGGAAAUACAGUGCACCCCAAAAUGAUAACUGCUGGCAAAAAUGCAAAUUUGAAAUAAAAACUACCAAACCAGAAAAAAAUAGGUUGGCUGAGAAUGGUGUCUGUGACUGCAUUAUAGUACGUACACAGAUACAAUUACAGUCUAAAUUAUAUUUACAAAAUACGACAUUAAACAUUAAGUACCAUCUGGUGCUCAAUCUCAAUGUAAUCUCUCUUUAUGUACAGUUUACAUUGUAUCUUUUUUUUUGAUCACUGGAUAUCCCACCACAGUCCUUUUCUAUGAAAUAGCAUUACUAAGACAUUGCGUGAUUGCAGGCCUGUUUUGAAAAACGUUAUUCAUCGUAGUAUAGAAAAAGAAAUUUUUUAGGGACUGGGUUUUAUGGGUUGGGUAUCUAGGGGAACCGGGCAAUGGGCGUGAGAUAGAACAGGUAGAUGGAUUAGGAGACUAAGGACCUUCUAGCAGAAUUGUAAUUACCCAUCAAACAGUGUAGGGUUGGGGAAUGAGCACAUGGAAGAGGGGAGAGCGUGUAGACCAUCUCACUCACAUUUUCUGGUCACUGGCACCCUAUCCGCAUAGCACGCCUUCAUAUAUUGAUUAUACCCCUAACUCCUGAAACACAGAUUGGGGAAUAGUGUUUUCUUCCCUUUGGUUAGACUACUUAUUUUAUCUGAGGCACAGUCAGCCAAGAAUAAAGCUGGAUAAUAGUAAAGCAGCUAAGAUUAUUAAUCUUCCUAUAGUACCCAACAUAUAUUGUAGCACUUUACACUUAUAGAAAGGGGAUAUAAAGAAGGCCUAACUCAACUCUGCUUAGUAUACCUGGAAUCUAUGAGGAUUUGAGGUAUAAAUAUGUAUAUCCUCCUGAGACCCAGCCCGUUAACUUGUGUCCUCUGCACUGGACAUUUCGUUCGCAUGAAUCUCCUUUUAUUCUUGUGAGCUACUCUAUCAAUCCCUGCUGUAUUGUAAAGAGGAUAUCCUGGGCUUUCCAGUGAUAUGUCAUGUGAUUGGCUGGGAUGCUGGGAACUCCCUCUUCAUUCUCAUCAAAAAUGGAUGGCAUAUUUUAACACCAUUUUUUCCUCUGUUCCCAGAAGGAUAUGAUCCACAAACAAGUGUAAGCACUUAGUAGAUCAGCCCCUAGUUAGAAAAAGUCAGGGAUAUCCAAACAUUAAUAAAAUCAAAUUUAAAAAACUUAUUAAUAAAGAGUGUUAUGCUUACUGAGUAUUUUUUAUUAGAUUUUUGGAUACCCCUGACUUUUUAAACUAGGGGCUGAUCUACUAAGCACUUACACUUGUUUGUGCACUUUAAGUGAUGCAAUUUUGAAGUUUCUUAGGUAUAUAGCAGUUUUUAUAUAUAGUAUAUUCUCAUUGAUUAGUAUCAUGAUUUUGUAUCUUGUAUCUUGUUUUUACUUUAGAAGCUUAUAUUGUUUGUUGCUCUAUCAUAUAUGUUAUAUUUUUAUGUAUUCAUUGUAUAGUGCUGUUUUUUUAAUAGUACUCAUUUUACAUAUUUCAAAUGGUUUUGCUUGUGUGAUUGGCUUUCUAUCUCCUAUAAAAUAUGGUUUUAGAAACUGGAUGUAAUUUUGUUAGAUGACUUGAUUAAAAAAAUAAAAGGGUACGACUUAUUUAAUUAGGUUGAGGUAAUACGAGUAGCAAUCCUAAAUUAGUAAGGGUGACCUCAUUGUUCUAGUAUUCUCCUCAUUACUUAUUCUUACAUUUUGUAUUUUGCUGGUUAUAGUAGCGGAUUUGAUGAAAAAAAGAAAAACAACAGACUCCAGCAAAAACCGCAAAGGAAAAAAAAAAGACAACAGAGUGCCUGAAGGAGGUAUGGAUCCUUUAAGCAUACGGUAAUCACUGCCAGCUGAUCAUUUACAGUAAUAAUUAAUAUGCAGGUGUUUUGUGGACUUUUUGACAGCUUUGAGACUUCAGUAAGAAUUGAAUUAAUCAGCACAUAGACAAUUCGCAUUAGUGUUUAACAAUGUAAAUGGACACUAUAUUCACCAUAACAACUUUAGCUUAAUUAAGUGGUUUUGGUGUAUAGAUAAUGCCUCUACAGUUUCACUGCCCAAUUCUCUGUCAUUUAGGAGUUAAAUCACUUUAUUUAUGCAGCUCUAGGCACACCUCCCUGAGUGUGACUUACACAGCUUUUCUAAACACUUCCUGUAAAGAGUCAUCUAAUGUUUACACUUACUUUAUUGCAAAGUAUGUUUAGCUUAACAUUUCUUAUCUCACGCUGUGUUAAUAGCUUGCUAGACCUUGUAGGAGCCUCCUGUGUGUAAUUGAAGUUCAAUUUACAAAGCAGGAGAUACAUUUUUAAAGUAAAUAACAUCUGAUUAAAAACUAAACCAUUUUGUUUUCAUGCAGGCUGUGUCAGUCACUAGGUGUGGCUAGGGCUGCAUGGACAGAAAUAAAAGUGAUUUAACUCCUAAAUGGCAGUGAAUUGACAGCAAGGGCAUGAUAUAUACACCAGAAAUACUUUAUUAACCGAAAGUUGUUUUGGAGACUAUAGUGUCCCUUUAAAUACACCAAAUGGGAAAUAAGAUCUAGCUAGAGAGAAGUGCUCAUUCUCAUUAAAAUGACUAACAAUUUGUGUGAUGUCAAUAAAUUUGAAGAUAAAGAUACUGGUCUUGGUUCUAUGAUCGUCGCACUCAGUUACCCAGAAGGUAGUGUGGUGUUUGAGGUGUCUUCUUUUGUUAGUGAUGUUGUUUGAAUGCUACAGAAUUUCAGUGAUAGCGACUGAUAAUUAGCAGCUGCCAUCAAGUUUUAACAUCCUCCAUUAAGAUUAGGGGGAGACUAGGACCAGGUUUUUAUGCUAAACAUUAAAAUGUAUCAUCAGGUCAGAUGCAAUCACUAGUAUACCCAACUGUACACCUGUGUUGUCAUGGUGUCAAGGGGAAAAGGAAGCUUAGUGACUGCUUACUCCCCCACACAUCCAAAGGCUAUUACAAAUUUAAGCACUAAAGUCAAUUUAUAUGAAUGGACUUACAUAGUCUUCAUUAAAUACCUGUGAAUUUUACAAGUCAGUAUAUGGAAAGAAGUCAGGUAUAUUAGGUUCAUUUGAUCAUUUUAAAUGCUAAAUUUAGGGGGGGAAAUUGCCAAACUUUGAUAUAUUCUUGUCUAAAAUGACAUUUAUACACAGGGUGAGUCAAAAGGUAGAAACCACCAAAAACAUGGUAGAUUAAUAAUUUUUAAAGUAACCUCAUCAUUAUUUAACACUAAGCAUCUCACCAUUUUUUAAGCGUUUCUUACUUUUGACUCUCCCUAAAAAUAAUUUAUAUUGCAUUCUUUAUGCAGACAAUAAACACAGUCUAAAUUAAAAUAAUUCUUCUUAGUAUGGUUUAUGUAAAACAUUGCUUUAAUUGUAACAUUCCAUAUUUUCAAUAAGGUGUGCAUUAUCUAUGGUUAUUUUAACCGAAUUCCAUAGUGUGCAAGGCAGGUAAUCUCUUGGAUACACAGAUAUAUACUUGCUGAUGGGAUGAAUUGUAGCUAUGGGGAGCACAUAACUGAAAUGUAAUAGAAUAACUAAGACAUUAGGACCAAUAUUAGAAACAGAAGUAAGCAUUGAGGAUUAUGUAUGAAAUGUGUUAAGUUCCCUUUAAAGUUUCCUACAGUUUUUUAGACGUGGUCCAUUUUCUUAUCUAUAAAACUGUAACUACACUCGUUAUAUAUUAGUGACACUUUUUUUUGCCUUUUUUGUAGUGUGUCAAAAUAGUCCAUCUUUUACUACUUUCAAUUCAUCUUGUGGAUUUUUUGCUCCUUUUUACCUACUUAUUUUAUCAUCGAUUACAUUCGCAAAAUAGGACAAAUUAGCAAUCUUACUAGGGGGGAAAAAAAGACGCAUUUGUAAGUUGAAGGAUUUUUUAUACAUUAGUCAAAAAGAAUCUCAGUUGCUUAUAACCUGCCAAUCUGACAGUGGGGUAAAAAUUAUAUUUUGACUGGAGGAUUGAGAAGGGCUCCUUUAAUAUGAGAUGCAUUUAGAAACAUAGAAACAUAGACUGUAACGGCAGAUAAGAACCAUUCGGCCCAUCUAGUCUGCCCAAUUUUCUAAAUACUUUCAUUAGUUCCUGGCCUUAUCUUAUAGUUAGGAUAGCCUUAUGCCUAUCCCACGCAUGCCUAAACUCCUUUGAUAUGGGUACCCCUGUCUGUGUAUCUACCUUAUUUUUUCUACCUCCUGCAAUAAAUAAGGAGUUAACAUUAUUGGCCAAGAUAUUAUUGGAAGCAUUUUUUGCUACAGAUUUUGGCUUUUGUCAUACAUUUAAGAAGAUGCUAUCUCCCUUCACAAAGAAACCAUGGAGCUGUUUCAGAAACAUCUGGAAGGUGGGCAGGGGGUUACUCAAUGUACUCAUGGCUGUCCAUCCCAGUUACUUUACAUUAUUUAUUAGUUCAAAAUGCAAUUUUGUGUCUUUACUCGUACGUGUGACUGGAUUUCGAUUUUUACUCCUGAUUUUGUUUAGUUCAUUUUAUUAUUAUUCACUAACAAUUACAUGUUUUUUUUUAUUGUUCUCUAAUAAUUUUAUGUUGCAGAGUCAUUCUAUUUUAUUAUUCUUUUACUUCUUGUACAGUAUUUUGAUUGUGAUGGGAGAAACAAUGCCCAGUAGUGAUUCGACACACAGAAGAUUUUCUCUUAAUUUUUUCUUGUUUAUUGUUUUGUACAUUGCUGAGGGUGUUUGCCUAAUGUCUUGUAUUUAAAUAUAAUCAAGUCUUUUGGAGAAAUAAGCAAAGGGUUUUCUGGACAUUGGUUUGGAAACGUGAUCUUUUGAAAUGGUGCAGAAUUAAUUUCAUUAGCAAGCUAUUUAUCUAAAUGAGAAUGGAGUUUAGCAGUCCACUGCGUCCUAAAUGCUGUAGGUUUAUAAUACACUGCAUAAGUACACUGCAGCCACUGUAUCUGCUUCAUCUUGUUGAACUGGUUAUAGCAUCUGCAGUUUGAUAUCCUUUCAUUAGGUGCUAAACAGUUUUUAACUUUUUUUUGUUUUAAUGCUAAACAAGAGUCCUUAGCAGUCCAUCCCCUCUGUACUGCUUGGGUUAAUGAGAAAGUAUUAGCCCGAGCAGCAAUGGGCACAUGUAAGAGUGUCAGCUGUCUGUUUUUAGCCUAUCAGAGCAGCCAUUCUCACUAUGAAGAGGUAUGACUACAAGGAAGUGUGUAAUCUAUGUCUUAGCCACACCUCCACGAGGGGCCAGGCUUUGGGUGGCCAGGAAUCCUUAUUUAGUGUUAAACUGCUUAAGAAUGGUUACACACAGAAUGGAGAGACAGUGCCAGGGGACUCCAGGCACUAAACCCAAUUCACAGAAAUAAAAUGUUUAUAGUGUACACAGUGUCCCUUUAACUGUGUAUAGAGCAACCUGAGCCAGCUAUCAUCUCUGAGAGUGACUUAGAAUUGCAAUGAUUUGUGAAAAUCGCUGCAGCUCUAAGUGCUGUCAACCAGGCAGUGGUGAGCUCAGUUUUGGCUGCCUAAUAUAGAAAGUCCACAUUUUGCUCAUGUUUUGACAAGAAACCAACUAUUGUUUUUUUUUUUUUAAUUCAAAGUUUAUUAAGUUGAUAAGUACAUACAAUGAAAAGAAUGCAAUCUAACUGAGAAUGCAUAGUAAUCAGAAAGCAAUAUAACCAAAGGAUGAUACAUAAAAAGAGAAAUUACAUAAUCAUCGAAGAGAGACAUCCACAUGGAGUCUACUACACCAGCCAUCGUCUAACAGAAUAACACUAGGCUUGCUGUUGCCAAACACACAAGACAGUGGUAAAAUAGUUGGGUUAGUAUGGUAAGGUGAGGUCUGGAUACCCAGGGGGCACACAGGGUGGAUGUGGUAUUGCACAGCUUAAGGCCGGCAUUUAUGCCAGUAGUGCGUUGCACCAACAGGACAGUGUAAAGUUGCGUAAUAAGACCUAACUGGUUACCGUGUCACAAAACCUGUGAUUUAGUCAUUGAGGUACAGCAAGUAUCUGGCUGGUCAAUUAUGUUGCUGUAGGUGACCCUUAGGUUAGUUGAUUAUACAUUUUGCACGUAGGCAGUCCCAGGUGCGAGUUUAGGUGUAGUGGUCUUUGGUUGUCCACUCUCGCUCGGUAGAGGGAUAGUGUAUGUGGACGCCUCAGAGAGUGUGUGGCAUAUUCGAGAAACCAACUUUCAGUCAAAGGCAGAAGAUCAGCAUAUCUUCCCCACUCUCCCCCACCCCCCCACACACACUUUAAAAAAAAUUCUUAUAUUAUAAUUUUUCUUUUUUAUUGAAUUUAUUCAUUAUUGUUUUACAAUUAUUAUGUUUUUCUUUCCCCUCUCUUAUUCUCUCUUUGCUGUUGUUGCCCUUAUAGUCCAUAAGUCUCUCAUUGUCCCCUCUUCCUAGAUUCUACAUCUUUCCUUAUCCUCAGAAUUUUUACAAUUUAUUAUAAUUUGUAUUGUUUUUUUUUAUUAUGCCACCUACUUCAGAUUGAUGCUGAUUAUUAUAAUAAUUGCUUUAUUUAUUCAUCAUUUUGAUAUUUUGAGGAUGCAGGCAAUCAGUUUGGUCAGAAUACACUACAUGGUUUAUAUCUUUCUUUAAAUAAAUGUUGUGCACCAUGCUGAAUGUGUUUAACAUUUUCACACUUAUGCCUAAAUACUCUACAGAUUCUAGAGAAGUGGUUCUCAAACUGGUCCUCAAGACCCACCAACAGUCCAGGUUUUGUUAAUAUCUCCAUUGGAAAAAAACAGGGAAAUACAUAAAUCCUGGACUGUUGGUGGGCCAUGAGGACUGGUUUGAGAACCACUGCUCUAGAGGGAUAUUUUUGUUUGCCUGUCUCCUGUUUGUUUGCCUGUCUCAUUUUACUAAUGUACAUGUACUUAAAAAAUAUAACAUUGCUCAAAUAGUGCACAUUACCACUUAUCAAAAACAACAACUUGAUGGUGUAUAUAUGGACCACAGAAGUGAUGUAGGUAGAGGAUCAGAGCAGCUUUAAUAUCAUAUCAUAUAUUAUAAGUAUGCUUAUAUAUUAUAUUUAUAUAGUGCUAACAGUUGUACUUGACACUUUAAAGAUUACAUUAUAGAGCAGGGGAGUUGCAAUACGUGCAAUGGUUAUAAAAUGGCUAAAUUAUGUCUCUAUAUAGAUUUAUAUCCCACUUGCAGGUGUACGUAUCAGUUUAAAGGUUACAUUGUCAUAGAUAGGUGGUGUAUAAAGUGCAGUAUUUGACCAGAAUAUAGUCCAGACACUAUAAGUAGAAACAUUAAGACACAACGUCCCUGCACUUUAGGUAGAACUUAAAAUAUGAGUGGCAAAGGGCUAUAUAGCUGUUCAGGUGGACAAUGUAUAGUUCAUUAGAGUUCUGUCAAUAAAUGUGACAAGAUAAAAAAAAGUUUAGUUUGUUAGUGUAGGUUUAAAACGUAGUUUAGGGGAUGUUCGGUAAUGUUAUUUACUACUUUGAAAUCUUGGAUGGGUGACGAGAGACUGAAAACCCAUCAAGGAAGUAUGUUUCCUUAUUUGAAAGCAUGAUAUCUGAUAGAUUCUAUAGAAAACAAACCAAAUGAGCCAAAGAACAAGUGCGUACAAUAAUACAGACAUCCAACCCUCCAGCUCACUAAUGAUAUCUACUGAUGGAUAAACUGUAUCAGCCUUUCCAAAUUUUAUUUUCUAUAAUUUCUACCACUUGAUUUUAUCUUGUAGAAGUCAUGGAACAACAUCCAUUCAGUUAUUGCCUAUUUUAAAACUGAGAUGUUUUACGCCGUGUUCAAAAUAAUUAAAUUCCUAAAACACCCCACUUUAGAAUAAUUCCACUGUUUCUUACAUGAGUUGGAUAAUUUGGUAUGUUUGAAGGACAUUCAUUAUUUUAAAAACUGCACCUCAUUAGAUGUCAGAAGAACAUUCCCCAUUAAUCUUGAUAUUUGAUUGUAGUUCGUGAAGAAUUGAGGAUCUGCAGGUUACCUAACAGCUCUUGGCAGAGUACCAGUAUUAAUGCUGACAAAUCCAAUGUUCUUAUAAUGUUAAUAAACAUGUAUAUUUUAGCUAAUCCUUUCUUUCUAUUGUAUGCAAUAUGGUUGAUUCUUAUAUAAUUAUUUACACUAGAUGCUUCUUCUGUCUUGAGGAAUGGAGAAAAUUAAGCCAAAAGUGUUUACUUGUUUAAUUGGAAAUACUAGACAAGCCUACCUUGAUAUACAAUGAAAAGCUUGUUAUCUUAUGAUUUAAAAUGCGUAGGUAAGCCUUCAAAACAGGUCAAUACAUCCAUACAGUGACAAACAGUAACACCAUCAUGUAUAUAAAAAGUAUAUUAUAAUCUCUUAAUUUACAGGACAGGAAGAUGUACCUGUUGUUAAAUCUACAUACUGAUGUGUGGUGUUUAAGUGUUUAAUAUCUGUUUUAUGAAAUAUCUUAUAUUUUUUUAUUCCAUUUUAGGGAUGGCAUUUCGGUAAAAUUCAUCUACAAGAAGCAGGAAAAACAGACAUAACUAUGAAUGCGGUCAAUAAUUAAUACCCCUAAACAUUUAACACUUCAUAUUAUAUAUUUUCCUCUUAGCCAUUUUAUUUUUUUUCUAUCUAUUAUAGUAUUUUUUUUAGAAUGUAUUUUCUAAUAAAAUGUUUGCUUAUGUACAUGUUAAUAAAAGAAUAACAACAAUUUUGUUAAAUGUUUCCUCUGAGGCAGAAACACAUUUCAUAAAACAAAGUUAUUGCUAUAAUCACGUUUAUUUAACAUGUGGCGUCUUAUGGCAAUAACUCCAUCAGAAUGUUAAUUACAAAUCUUGCUAUAUUUGUGAAUCUCACACAAAGAUCUUUCAUUCAGGAUAAUAUUUGGCAAAACCAACCAAGAAUUUUUACUAUCCUGUAAGGUACUCAUUCGAGGAUUUCUCUCAAGUUAACUAUGUGUUAAAAAAUUGAAAAGUAUUGAAACGUGUUAAAUGUCAAAGUCCAUAGAAUUUUUGCAGACAUAUUAUUUUAUUUAAAAAAAUAAUUUUGUGAAAUGAACACCUACAUUGUGUUCUUACUGUCUAUUAUUGCAUGUCUCACUAUAUUAAUAAUGUCAACAUUGGUAUUUACAUAAUCUGUUGGUUUCUUUCUUCCACUGAAGACCAAUACUGACUUAACUAAUGGCCGAAUAUUAGUCAGUAUGAUUAAUCUGCGUCUGUAUCUGUACAAAAUCAAGCUGUUUAAUGCUUAAAUUGUGAGUCAAUAAGCAUCCUCGUGGCUACCAAUUCUGUAAACAUGAGAACUCAACUUGCAAAACAUAGGACCCUAUGGCUAAAGUAAAAAAUAUCUUUAAAUCCGCAGCAAUGGGAAUUUGGUCCAACUGUGUUUUUUCUUUAAUGAUACAAAGUACCUCCAAAAUCAAUAGACUUUUUUGUUUGCAAAAAAAUCCCAAUGUCUCCCCCCAACUUGGUAAUAACUAAUUUUAAAGUAACCGAACACGAAAUGACUUUUGUUCCAGGUAUACAAAAUGUCAUAAAAAUAUAUCUUUUCAAUAGGAACUCAAGUGAAAUAAGUAAAAAAGAAAACUCUAUGCACCCCCCAUUGUUUGUAGAUUCACAUGAUGGUAACAUUCUCCUACAUGAACCAUCGAGGACUGUCAUCUACAGAGGUUUAAAUCUACCAAAUCCCUUUUAACAUCAAUGCUUGAUUGGGUUGAAAGAAAUUCCAUCUGCGCACCAGAUCUCAUUAAACCAAUUAUCUUUGCAGGGAAUAAUAAUGCUGGUAAUGUGACAAGUUUUCUGUUUGCGAUCAAUGUACAACAUGUUUAACCCUUUCUGUAUCCUUGGGCUUCCAACACAUUGUAUAAGCUUCUGGGACUUUAUGGGUGAAGAUCUGCAAAAAAAAAAAAAGAUAUGUGUGUCAUAUAUGUCAUUAUUAUUUCAGAUGGUCAAUUUUCCUGUAAAACACCAGCGAUUGCUGACAUUGUGAUCUUGGUCGAUGGAUCAUGGAGUAUUGGGAGAAUCAACUUCAGACUCGUUCGGCUUUUCAUAGAGAAUCUGGUGGCUGCUUUUGAUGUUGGCACUGAUAAAACAAGAAUAGGUACAGUGACUUUCAGUGUUUUUGUGCUUCCAUGGAUGAUUUUUUUUUAAUUUAUUAGCAGUUUAUAUUUUUUUAAAAAGGGAAUGAUAUUUCUUUAUAGGCAAUAACAGUUUAUGUAUACAUUGAGAUGGACAAAUUUCUAAGAAAAAUCUACACAUGUGGCCUCUAAAAUGGAUUCAUGAAUGCAUGUUCAUCUGUUUGCAUCAACUGGAGUCGACCUCUUAGCAUGUAAUAUAACUAUACUUUUAUCUGCAGGGGUGGACAAAAUGUAGAUCCCCAGAUUUCGUAGAACUGUAGCUUCCCUGAUGUAUUAACAAUCUAAUGGCUGGCAAAGCAUCAUGGCAUUUGUAGUUUUGCAACAUGCAGGGAACUAACUUUUGCCUAGCCCUGUUUUACUCCAUACAUUGGCUAACAUAUCUCUAGCACCAUAUCUGAUUAUCUAAUUAUAUUUAUUUUACCUGUCUGAAGAUGACUAUAUCAUUCCCUCUUUUGUUCGGUAUUUAAACUGAAUUAACAAUCCAGACUAUCCCACAGAUCACCACAUACAAAAUAAUAAUUUAACUUUAGAAAGUAUUAAAUACAUUCACGAGAACUCUACAGAUUGAUUCUACAUCUGUGCGUAAGUGUCUACACCCUUUUAACUGAAGGAAUAUUGACAAUUCACAUAACAUGUCUGACAGAUAUUGUGCAAUAAUGUCUGUGUCAUAUUUUCUGUUAAGAUUACAAUAUUACUAAACCAUUCAUGUGACCAGAAAAUAAAUGUGGGGAUUUGCACUAAGGCAGGCUGAUCCAUUCCUGGGACAAUUUUUGGACACCCUGAUUUAGGACUGUAAUCGUUCUUCAUUCAGCUAUUAACAUUGUGCAGUUAUAUAAUCAGAAUUGGUUUUAUUGUCUCACAAUUAUGGUGGCUGACUCCACUAGACUCGGAGGUUUGUUUCAGUUUGAAUUGCAAUUAAUCAGAAUUUAGGCAGAUAGUGUGAUCGGUCGAAUUCCCGAACUCCGAGCAGCAAUGUUGCCGAAUCACGACGAAAUGUGCAAUGGCCGAGCAUGUCUGCUUUGAUUUGUGAUUUGAAUUCCACUUGUAGCCCCAAAAAGAGAGAUGACGGAUGGGAAAAAAAAGAUAAUUAAUGGCUAGGGGAUAAUCACAAAAUUUCACAAAAUUUUAGUCACACAUCAAGUCAGAAAUGAGCAAUAGAAGGAAACAAUGAGGAGUCUUUAAAAAAAAUCAUUUAAAAAAAUCAAUAUUUCUAUAUUAUAUUUAAUAAAUAAUAUAUAAAAUAGAUUUUUAAUGCUCAUCCUAUUUUCCCUCAAUUCGGUACUUUUUCUCACUAGAUCUGUAAACUAAAGGGUGGAAAAUGUUCCUAUUUACAUACGUUUCCCAAAUCUAUUUUUUGGUACCUAAAUUUUGGCCAAAACUUGUCCUCCCCCUCCAAAGUUUGGCUAAACUGAAUUUCUCAACCUGCACACAUGUAAACUACACUAACUAGUGGUUUCAACCUGUCUGAAAGCUAUUCUGGGUUAUUCAAUAAAGUUUGUAUUGUCAGGAAUUAAAAGUGAAAUUCUAGGCUAGAAUUGCCAAAUUAAAACAUGCGUGACUUGGAGAACUUGUUUAAAUUAUGAUAUUCCCUCAAAUCCACAUUUUAGUGAAUAAACCUGAAUAUUUUGGAUCUUACUCACGUUUGUUGCCAAUCUCCUGUAAUUAUUUAUUGUCCCGCCCCACCCCCUCUUCUUUUGAGUAGCUAGAUUCUAUUUUAUUAUAUUCACAAUGUUUCUCUGACAUUUAUAAUUCAUUCAUAUUACUUUAUUUCUUACUUAACGCUUCUGAUAAAACUGAUUUAUCUAAAUAAGGUGUGUAGCCAUUAUCUUAAAAUAAUAGUCCAUAGAAAUCUGUCUUUCCUCAAAUAUUCCCACUAUUUUUAAAGUCCCUUUUUAUGUAGCAACUAAAUGUUAAUAAAAAAAAAACCAUACACUUAUUUUAUAUCAAUCAUUGCAAUGUAAAUAACUGUUAAUGUAACAGUUCCAAAUUAAAAGACACUCCAUUAACCAAGUAACAUAAACAAAUAAAUAAAAAUCACUAUUUAGUAGAUAACCCCCAGUUUAUUAUGUAUUUUUUCUUUGGGGCUAUAUAGAAAAAACAGUUUGCAAAAGCUGCAGAUCUCUUGCCUCCUCUCCUAACCCCACCCAGACCUUCUGUGACUGUCCAAUCACAGACUUCCCAAUUCAGCUCAGUGAGAAGUCUUUGCAAGGUAGUUUCCCUGACCAAUUGCUGCCUCUGGAGUUUAGUUCCACUGAGCUAAAUAAACCAGGAAGUAACGGGGUCGUUUGUCUGAUUGACCGCCAGGGGGAUAUAGCCAGGUUAAUUUAUACCAGUGACAAUUUCUAUUUGAAAUCUGUUCCUAAUGCAUGUGUGCAGCCAUAAACAUAACAUAAGGGCAUUGUAUUGAAAUUAUUUCUCCUCUUCCUUAUGUCAGGCCUGGCACAGUACAGUGGGGAUCCCAGGAUAGAAUGGCAUCUGAAUGCAUACAAUACAAAAGACACUGUGAUAGAUGCGGUCCGAAACCUGCCUUACAAAGGAGGAAACACGUUAACAGGUAACUUCUUAGAAUUGUGCCGUUAGGAAUACUUUGUUUUUUCUCUAUCUUUUUUUAUAAUGUACAAGGCUUAGAAGUGACAAAGUUACCAAUCAAUUCUAGUCUGAGAUACAACAUAGCGAUUAACACCUGAAAUAAACUAGUUAUUUGUUAAAUAAGAAAGACGAACGAGGGAGCAAAAGACGGAAGUGUGAGAGCAAAUAAAAGACAUGAAUGAGAAGAUAGAUGCGGGUACGAUGCGCUCUAACAAUAACAUUUAGCUUAUGUAAUUUUAUCUAAUUUUAACUUGGAAAAAUUCAACUAUGUCAGAGAAUCUUAUAAAUUUACCGCAUACCUGCCCAGUUCACAAUCAAGUAGUUAUUGGAUUAGAAUGGAUUGUAUCAGUAAUCAGAAAUUCUCAUCAAAGUGUUUAAAUUCUAAUAUGUUUUCAUUUUUGACUCUGGAUUUAAAGGAACACUACAGGGUAAGGAACACAAACAUGCAUUCCUGACCUUAUAGGGUUAAAACCACCAUCUAGCUUGCCUGGGCCCACCAUGCCUCCAUAAAUAUAGCAAAAUCGUACUUGUAUUCAAGCCUGAAGCUGUAGCUCUGCAUGCUGUUUGCCUCAGAAAAACAAGCUGUCUGCUGACAUCAUCAGAAGUGGUGCCCUGAUCCAAUCACAGUGCUUCUCCAUGGGAUUGGCUGAGACUGACAAAGAGGCAGAUCAGGGGCAGAGUCAACACAAUGCAAACACAGCCCUGGCCAAUCAGCAUCUCCUCAUAGAGAUGAAUUGAAUCAAUAAAUCUCUAUCAGGAAAGUUCAGUGUCUGCAUUCAGAGGGAGGAGAUACUGAAUGUUUGGAUGCAUUUUAGGCAGCCAUGACCCAGGAAGGAUCUCUAACAGCCACCUGAGGAGUGGCCAGUGAAGUUAUCACUAGGCUGUAAUGUAAACACUACAUUUUCUCUGAAAAGACAGUGUUUACAGCAAAAAGCCUGAAGGUAAUGAUUCUACUCACCAGAACAAAUUCAAUAAGCUGUAGUUGUUCUGGUGACUAUAGUGUUCCUUUAAGCACUGAGUAACUACCGUUAGAGAAUGCAAUAUACAUAUCAAACCAUUAAUUUAGGUCAUAAUGUUGGUGUGUUUCAAGACUCAGCAUGAAGAAAUAAAUUUCAUAAAUUGUAAUAAUUUGGAGAGGAAAAACUGCCUAAUCUAUAUUAAUCCUGGAAGCCUUAGUUUCUAGCAGAAAAUAACUAUAUAUUAGUUUAGAGCAGGGUAGCCAGACGAGGAAGAUAUGAUGGAAGAUGGUUAGGUCCUCAAAAGCUGGAGAGCAAUAGUACCUGCUGGGUUCUCUUGCUUAAAAGUAGUGGCACCGGCAAUAAUAUUGAAUCCACAAAGGUUUUUAAUUGUUUUACAUAUAUAUAUAUAUACAGUAAAUAUAUUCCCUAUAAUAGCACAUCAAUGGGGAUUGUCUUCUCUCAUUUGUUAAAUCAUAUACUUGAAUAUUUCCAUCACGAUUUUAGUGCCAGAAGGUUUUGAGUAAUCUCUCACUAAAUGUUGACCAUCCCCAGGCGUUAAACACUUUGCAUGCAUGUUAACUGCUAUGUUAAAGGCGUAAUACCAUCUUGUAACAUGUAUCGUCAGUUUAACAUGUAUUGGUUCUGUAGGACUUGCUUUGACAUACAUCCUGGAAAACAGUUUCAAAGAAGAGUCAGGAGCCAGGACAGGACUUCCAAAGGUUGGCAUUUUGAUCACUGAUGGGAAAUCUCAAGAUGAUGUCAUUCCACCAGCCAGAAGUCUGAAAGAUGCUGGGAUUGAGCUGUUUGCAAUUGGUAAACUCUGGAUACUUUCAUUAAAGACAAUCUGGCUUAAGGGAUAUUUAGUUACCCAGGAGAUUGUUGCAGGGUCUUCUGUUUGUAGUCUGCUCCUUCACAGAAGAGUGAUUUAAAAUAAAGUAGUUUAGAAACAGGAAAGUAAGCAAACUCUGCUCGAUUAGGGCCAGAGUAGACAGCUUUCGACACUCCAGACUACAUCUAAACAGAUUCUUACCUGCGUUAUGACUGUAAUAGCAUUAUGGGAGAUGUAGUCCACAAAAUCCGUAGUGUCAAAGGUUGCCUACACCUGGCUUAGGGAGCCAAGCACCAUUGAGUUAAGUUUGCAAAAAUCUGUAUAUCUGAGCACUUGAUACUAUUUGUUUAAUCAAUUUCUCUUAUUAUAUUAUUAUUUUUUUUAUGUAUUUAGCUAGUGUAAUGUAAUAGAGGGAAUUGUGCAUUUUUGAUCAAAGUUGUAAUCUGAUCCAAAGAACACCAUUUAUAAAUAUUAAAGCACAAUGAAACCUACCGAGCUUGUGUAAAAACCCAAAUAGCAUUGCUAAUUAUUACAUUUUAUGAUAUUUUAUUUUUGAGUGUACAAUGAAAAUUCUAUUCGAUAUCCUUUAAUGGUAUACAUUAAUGUUUCCUUAUAUGCUUCCUAUUCUGUACACGUGGCUAGGUGUGAAAAAUGCUGACCUUAAUGAACUCAAGGAGAUUGCCUCGGAACCUGACAACACCCACGUGUACAAUGUUGCUGAUUUCAAUGUCAUGAGCUCGAUUGUUGAAGGUCUCACUAAGACAGUGUGUACUCGAGUGGAAGAGCAAGAAAUUGAAAUUAAAGGUGAGUGACUGAUGCAUUUGCGACAGCUGGCAGACACUGCAGAGGGUAUUGUGUUACACAUUACAAAUAUUAUGCAAAUCUUCAAGAUUUAUGACCUGGAGUUUUUGUAAGGUUACGAGAGGCAUGUGUGUCUGCGUGUGCAUGUUUCGAUCCUCCAGGCCAUGAAGGAUUCAUGUAAUAACAUUGCUUAUGUGAUUGGGAUAAAAUGACAUGCCACAGCAAAAGGGUAGCAAUUUUAUUAAACAUUAUUGGCAAGAGAUGCAUUUAAUAAAUCAUCAUUAUCUAAAGCACAGAAUGAUUUAUUGGCUCAUGCGUGAUAACUUUGUAGUCUUACAACAAAGUAUUUUAUCUGAGCAGGCCUAACAGUAAGGAUGAUCUUUUAAAAAGCAGUGGUUUUAAAUUAAAUGUGCUAAAUGAUCGUUUGGUACAGCAAACGUUAAAUUGUUGGAGGUGAAGUUGAGUGUGGAUGUGAGCAAGCUACACAUAGACGUAAAGAUGGAUUUUGUCCUUGAAAUUAAAAAUGGUAAAACGUGAAUAAUUAAGUCAUUAGCAUAUUGAAUACUUUACAGAUUUUCUCCCAUCCCAUUUGUUCUCUAUAUAAAGUUUACUGUUAUUAUUUAUUACGGAAUAUAAGAUACACUAAACUCUGUUGCCUAGGUGAGCAUGAGAUCCAUAUACAUAUACGUGAAUAGAAGUCAUUGUUUUCUUAAAAACUGUUGUGUUGUGUUGGCACUAGUGGAAUACAAAACUUUGAUUGUUUUUUUUGUUGUUUUUUUUACAUUCAAUUUGCUUCAAUUCUUCUGGAUAAGAUUCUAAAAUUCUUAUUAUGAUAGGCAUUCAUAUAGGAUCAACUUUUUCCGCAGCGCUUACUCAAUUUUACACAAUCUUUUAGAAAAACAUUUCUAAAUGAUUUAUCUACAGAAAUCACCAUUAAAGUCUAUGGGACUUUUUCCCAUCAUCAGAUCAUUUGAAAAGGUUUUCUAACAGAUUUUGAUAAUUUGAAACUUUUAUCCAAAAUUAUUACGUUGAGGCCACUGUUAUUUUACUGGAGUCGGUAGACCUGAGCAGUAGUAAGAUAUUUAUUAAUGUAUAUGUCUUCUUGUACCAGCUGUUGAACUUGAUAUUAAGAUAUCUUCCAGUGUAAUUAAGUGACAUAUUCCCCCAAAAAAAGUCUGAUUUUAAAUUCAGGACAAUAGGUAGAUAACUACAGCCUUAAAAGAAAUACCAAAUACGUAACGCACUUCAACUGUGGUUGACAUACAUUCUCGGAGUAGUAUUCUGAAAAUAAUAACAUAAAUAUACAUAGUGUAGGUUAUCUGAUUUAACAACAUAAAUCAAAGGGAAAAUGUGGGAAAGAAUUCACAUUUGCCAGAGCCCUAUCACUCCUGAGUCAGCCCCCUUCUAUAAAACCCCUAUCCUGCAUCUUUCCUACAAAACCGCUGUCCUGCCCCCCUUCUACAAACCCCUGUAAUGCCCCUUCAGCAAAACUCCUGCAUUUCCCAUUCCAGAAAAUCCUCUGCUUAGCCCCCCUUAAAAAAGUUCCCUGUCCCACUAAAAAAAAACCCGCCACCACAAAAUCCCUGCACCCCUCACACACAGUUACAGGCAGACAAUCACACAAGCUCAGUUACAGGCAGACAGUCACACAAACAGAAACAGGGCAGACAGGCACACACACAGUAACAGGCAGACAGUCACACACACAGUUACAGUCACACACAGGCAGACAGCCACACACACACACACAGACAGUCAGGCAAAGUUACGCAGACAGGCAGGCAAGCAGGCAGACAUACAGUCAGGCAGGCAUGCACACAGACAGACAUGCAGGCACAUAGACAGGCAGGCAAAUAGACAGGCAGGCACAUAGACAGGCAGGCAGACAGGCAGGCAGGCACAAAGACAGACUGCACACAGACAGACAGGCACAAUGACAAGCAGACCCCCGUUAAACCCCCUCCCCUUAUUACGCCACUACCCACAACAUAAACUUUUGAAUAGAUCAAUAUCACCAGAUAAUAUGUUCAGUUAGCUGUAUAUGGAUCAUCUAUGGAUAUAGAGAUACAGGAACCCCAGUUGAAUAGUAUCACAACUCUUUAUUCACAUAAAAUGUUAAAAACACUUACUUUCGCAGUAGUGGAUAUGCCAGCAAACAACCCACAACCAGGCAAGUAUAUCAAAUAUAAAAUGCUACCAGCACACAGUCACUUCCAGGUUUCGCCCAUUACCAAUCACGUGAGCUUUGUGGGCCGCCACCCAAUGACGUUCUUCAUGACGUGUUUUGCCCACCUUCUCAAGCUUCUUCCAAUGCCGUCAUGGUCUCCUUCUCCUCCUUUUAACUAUCUAGUGGCUCCCCUCCUGCUCUCCUAUUGAUCAGGGGGCGUGGUUUUAAAUUAAAAAGUUAUUUUGUUCCCUCCUACCUCAGGAGGAUCAUGAUGGCUCAGUACUCUCAUUAUACAUUAGCUGAUUGUUUAUAUAUUAUAAUAAAACAUAGUGCACUCAAUCCUAACAGAUCACUACAGAUAACUACAGCCAAUUAUUAACAGAUGCUAGACAGUUUCACAUAUGCUCAACUUCAUUAUCCCAAAUAAAACUCAUCCCCAGAUAUUUAGGAAAGGGUUGGAAGCAAGCUCUUGUAUUGCCAUUAAUCCAUAGGCUGUUAUAAAUCUGGGUACAAAUCUCUAGUGAUUCUUAUAUUCAAGAACAAUUGAUUUCAGAUCAUAGUUAAUCUCCCAAUGACCUGUCUGUUAAAAGAUGUGCAGGGUUUUUUUUUUUUUGAGAAAUUAUUUUUCAUUCCAGGAACAACAGUUGUCACCAUUGGCGCUCCAACUGAAUUAGUCACCUCGGAGGUAACAGCAAGGGGAUUCCGUGUUAGUUGGACCCACGCACCUGGACAAGUUGAAAAAUAUAGAGUGGUUUAUUAUCCAACAAAAGGUGGCCAACCUGAAGAGGUAAUUUUAAGUAAGACGGUUGCUAGCUUCACACCUUUUCUUAUAUCUUCUCCAUUAUAUUUUUUCUGCACAUAUUAAAUAUAUAUGAUUUUUCGCAUUAUGCAAUUCUUGGCUUCUUGUUAUAUAAAAUAUGAAACAUAAUAAUUUUGUGUGUUCUGUGUGCUAUAAUAAUAAUUAUAUAUAUAUACAUAAAUAAUACAGGAUAUUGCCAAGAAAAGUAGAUUAAGUUGGACAUCUUAAAUGAGAAUAAUGAAACUUUUUUUUUACUUGCAUCAAAUUUCUUUUGUCCCUAUUGUCUUAAACUCCAGACAUUUUCUGGGGCAUCAAUUUUCCACUAAGUAACUUAAAAAUUAAAUUCUCGUAGAAAAACAAGUAUCUUGUCAGGAUUAUAUUUUAGGAGAGAUAUAAUACAUUUCAUAUUCAGAAAUAUAUGUAUUAGAUACUUUUUUGCUAAUGCAAAACUCCUCCAUGUGUUAAAAAUUCUGCAUAAUUAUUUACUCACCUGUUACACACUGUUAAAAAAAUAAUGUAAUUUCUUAACUCCCCCGUUUUAUUUAAUCAUUGUUGCAGGUUGUAGUCGAUGGCAGUGUAUCAACCACUGUACUAAAGAACCUGAUGUCUUUAACAGAAUAUCAAAUAGCUGUGUUUGCUAUCUACGUUAAUGCUGCCAGCGAGGGAUUACGUGGCACUGAAACCACAUGUGAGUAGUACAGUUAUGACUCUAACUAGUCUGCAGGAAAAUGACUUUCAAAUUGUAUUGUCUGAAAGGCUCAAACUUUGAAAUAUUAGACUGUGCCAUGAAGGGCAAAUUGAAAAUACGUCCAAUUUAUGAUUCAUCUACAUAACAGAUGUGCAUUCAAAGAAAGUACGUCACAGGGCUGGUUCAAUGAAUUUUGGGGAAUUUUGAGAACAAUUUCAACAGGAGCAUGUUUAUGAAAUUAUCUAUUAAUUCUUAGUGUAUAUAUUACUUUAGUAUGAUUCCUUUUACAGAAAAAAUAAACUUAAUUGAAAAAGUUAUUUUAAAAAAAUUGUGUUGUAGCGAUAUAUAUUUCAAUGUCAUUCAAUUUUUAACAAACAUUUAUGAAAAUUAUCUAUCUACCUGGCUAUUUUGUUUUCACAAAACUGUAUUUAAAUGCACGUGCUAAAGUCUAGGACAGAUAUGUGUUCCAGGAUCUUCAUUUCCAAUGCAUUUCUGUCUUUGAACUUUUAUUGAAGUUCGAGCAUUUGCCGUGAAACGCGUUAUGGAUUUACCGUUCUGAAUAUCAAUAUUCCCUUUCAGUGGCACUACCUAUGGCGUCUGACCUUGAGCUUUAUGAUGUGACCCACAGGAGCAUGAGAGCCAAAUGGGUUGGAGUUGCUGGGGCUAGUGGGUAUAUGAUUCUCUAUGCGCCCCUUACAGGGGAUGCGACAGCAGAUGAAAAAGAGGUAACAAUAUUUUAACGGUUUUCUCACCAUUAUUAUUAUUUUUUUCAUUUGUUCAUUCCGUCUUUUCUGCUUAGCAAAUGUCUCAGGUAUGCUGUAAAUUAAAGCAAAUUAAUCAAUCAGACCAAAACAUGCAUGUUUAAUUUACUUAACUUUGACAACUUGUGUCUUAUUCGCCUGAGCCCAAAUGUUCUACUAUUCUCCUACGAGUCAUAAAAAUAAGGUUACCUUUUGAAUAUACAGCAGUAAAAUGUACGUAAAUAGGCCCCACAUUUUGCACAGGGAUUUAUCAUGAUUACACCAUGAAUAGAAUACCAGUUCAAUUUGUUCCAGUUUUUCCUCCAUUCAAUAGUUUGCAAACUGGGUAGUGGAUAAUGUGCGCUGCCUUCUUUAAAGUAAAGAUCCAGAGGACCUUGAUGUAGGUGUAUGCUAGUAUCUGGCAACAUUACUACUCAGAUUACAGUAUGCAGUAACAGUAAGUUUCAGUUAUCUGAAUGAGUCUGCAGAUAGGUAGGACAUACCCCAUGAGGAAGCGAGUUGGGGAAUGAUAUUAAAGGGGUGAGGUCUAAAACUUACAUGUUGGGGGAAAGAGAGAUUGGAAUUCAAGGUGUUGUUGGUGCAAAUAAAUGUAACUGAUACAGAGGGAGGAGAAAUGAUAAGAGGGAGAGGAAAGGAUACAUUAAGUGCAGAUAAGCUGGACGAUAUGAGGGAUGUAUGUUAGGUGUCAAAAUGUCAGAAUUCAAAAAGGUUUGAAUUUUUAUAAAAAUGUAAUGAAUGAAAAUGUGAAACAGAACAUAUCCUGUAUUUCAGAUGAAGGUUGGUGGGUCCACAACUGAUGUAGAACUGGAUGGGUUGACUCCCAGUACCGAGUACACCGUAACGGUCUAUGCAAUGUUUGGAGAAGAAGCCAGCGACCCGCUGACUGGGCAGGAAACCACAUGUAUGUUCUCAGUGUGCUUAAAUGUGAAGCUGCUGUACAGAUGCAAUACACUAUUUUUCCAACUCAGACCUAUUGGCCCCAAAAUAACAUUUCUAGAUGGUCAAUGGUGGGAGAAUCAGGGGGGAAUGAUAAACUAGAACAGGUCAAAUUUAGGGCAAACAGGGUAAAUUGUUAUUAGUGUCUGUUAUCGUUAAGGUCUACAUGUGUAGUAAUAGAGCAAUGAGGGUUCAAAUCCUGUUACCAAAAUUCUGCAAAGUAUUCCUCAUUCUCAUUGUGUGUGUCCAGAUUGUUUAGAUUCCAGUCCUAAACUACCUCUUUUAUGUUCUCUAAUGAUUCUUGGUCACCUGGACAUACAUUUUGCAAACAUGUUUUAAUUUUCAAUAUUUUUACGUAUUUCUUUCUGCAGUACCUUUAAGUCUCCCAAGGAACCUCCAAUUUUCCAACAUAAGGCACAGCUCUGCAACAGUUUCAUGGGAUCAUUCCAACAAAAGAGCCUAUGGCUACCGGAUUAUGUAUGUGAAGACUGGUGAAACAGACAUGAAUGAUGUAAGGAAAUGGAAUAUAGUCUAUUGCCUGGAUAACCUGUUUCAAAAGUGGUAUAGAAGACAUUAUUAUGUGACCUUCAUUGUACAUUGAACCAAUUCAAAUUCAGUUAAAAUAGUACAUUUCAAUUAGACUGCCAUGCUCCAUCUCUUCCUGCAGCUUUUAUAUAACAAUAUCCUUUCACUUCUUAGAGACAUUAUUGUGGGAUAAAUAAAGAUUCUUGAACUCCUUUAUUAUGUGGAAAUAAAUACAUCUGAAGUUCUUUAUUUUAUCGUUACCUUCAGGCGAUGCAGAGUCUCUACAAUCAUUUUUUUCUUUUCCAAAAUGCUUCAUUCUUAAAGAAAAUACCAGGUGCAUAUAUCACAGUAAAUCCCUUAAAUAUUUAUAUACAUAUAAUUUCACAUUAUUUAAGCAGAUGGGACAUGUCAGAGGUUUUUGGAAGGUACCAUCUAGCAGCAUAUCAACAAAGUAAAUAUGAAUAAUCUUUCUCAAAGCUUUAAACCAUAUAUCUAAAUCUUUUUUUCGUAAUCAAUCUAAACUACUGAAACUAUAUUCACUUUUAUAUAUCAAAUUCUAAAAAAAAAUAGGAUUAAGUUUUGAUUUAUUUCCCAGUCUCAAGGACGUCUCAUGGAUCUGUUCAUUAAUCUGGGAUGAACUGCCGAAUGGCUUGCAAAAUAUAUGCUAAAAUAAAAAAAACCUAACAUUUUAUCAUUUUAUACCAUUCGGUAAUAUCAACCAGUUUUCAGGCUGAGUUACAUAGUUACAUAGCUGAAAAGAGACUUGCGUCCCUCAAGUUCAGCCUUCCUCACAUUUUUUUGUUGUUGAUCCAAAAGAAGGCAAAAAAACCCAGUCUGAAGCACUUCCAAUUUUGCAACAAACUAGGAAAAAAUUCCUUCGUGACCCCAAAAUGGCAAGCAGAUGUUUCCUUGGAUGAAGCAGCUAUUACCCCAAACAUUUCCCAAAUCCUUCUUGUGUGUGGUUAUUUCUAAUUCACUACUAUUUAGGGUGUAAGUUACUUGUGCAUUCUUGACCCCAAAGUGCAUAACUUUGCAUUUCUCUACAUAAAAUUUAAUCUGCCAUUUUAGUGCCCAAUCCCCCAAUCUAUCCAAAUCCCUCUGCAGCAAAGCAAAAAAAAUAGAAGCGGUCCUAAAACAGAACCCUGAGGGACACCACUUACCACUUUUGUCCAACGUGAAAAUUUACCAUUAAUGACAACUCGUUGUACUCUACCCUUAAGCCAAUGUUCUACUCAAGAACCAGAAUAUUCAUCUAGACCAAUUUUAGUUUGAAGAUUAACCUUUUGUGAGGAACCGUGUCAAAUGCCUUGGCAAAAUCCAAGUAGAUCACAUCCACUGCAACACCUUGAUCUAUACUUCUACUUACUUCUUCAUAGAAUGCAAUUAGGUUACUCUGACAUGACCUAUGUUUCAUAAAACCAUGCUGAUUAUUGCUAAUAACAAAGUUCUUCCCAAUAAAUUCCUGAGUAGUAUCCCUUAAUAGCUCUUCAUAUAUUUUUCCAGUCACAGAAGUUAAGCUCACAGGUCUUUAAUUUCCAGGCAAGGAUUUUGAACCCUUUUUAAAUAUAGGAACAAUAUUUGCCUUCCUCCAAUCCUCCUGUACAAUACCUGAAACAAAAGAAUCUUGAAAGAAUAAAUAGAGAGGUUCACUUAUGACUACACUUAGCUCCUUAAGUACUCGUGGGUGAAUACCGUCAGACCCCCGAGCUUUAUUUACAUUAAUUUUCUUUAACUACUGUAGCACCUUGUCCCGAGUCAUCCAAUCACAAGUUUACUGCACUUUUUUUGCAGCAAUCAUUUGCAUAUCUCUUGCUAUAGGAUCCUCAUUAAUAUAUACUGAAGAAAAAUAAUUAUUAAAAAUGUCUGUCUUUUCCUGGUCUUCAUUAACUAACAGACCCAUCUCUGUUUCCAGUGUACCUACACUUUCAAUUUUUUUUUUUUAGAAUUGAUGUACUUGAAAAAAAAAAUUGGGGUUGGUUUUGCAUUCUUUGGCUAACAAUUUUUGUUCUUAAUGUUGUUGUUAUUGAUGGGUUUGUGAGCAGGAAAUGUACAAAUCCAGAACACAGGUUGAAGGACAAUUUCCAUUUUGAAUUCUUGUAGGUUGAAGUCGACCGAAUCUCGACCUAUAACCUGGAAAAGCUGGCCUCCCUCACAGAAUACACCGUAGCUAUUUUUUCUAUUUUUGAUGAGGGACAGUCUGAGCCACUCACAGGAACCUUUAUGACAAGUAAGUCUUUUAAAACACCCAUAUUUACUAAAAAAAAAAAAAAAAAAGAAAAUGUUGUUUUCCUAAGGCUUGUUUAUGUGAUGGAUCACAGUUUUGUAGGGUUUUUCACAGAAGUGAGAGUUCAAUGUGAACUCAAAGUGAAUCUUAAAUUUAAGGUGAAAAUAACCGAGUAGAAAAAUUAUCUAAGUCAGUUAUGCUUUUAGUUUGGAUACUCUGGCCUUAAAUUUGAAUUUCACUUUAGUGAAUGACCCCGUAAAUGUAUUUGGAUAUUAUGUUCAAAAUGAAAUGCAUAAAAUCUAAAUAAAAAACUUAUUGCCAUCUAUACAGAAAAAGUGCCAGCUCCCCAGGACCUGCUGGUCAGAGAGAUUACCACGGAAAGCUUCAGAGCCCUGUGGAAGGCUUUCUCUCCAGAUAUUGCUAUGUACAGACUGACAUGGACUUCACUUAGCAGUGGACAAUCUCAAGAGGUAAUUACUAUAUAACUAAUAUGCAAGUACUACAUAACUACUGUGCAACUAAAAAGCAAGUACCAUACAUGUACUGUGCAAGAUCGAACACAAUAUUAAACAUGAUUGCUACUAGUUUAUUAAUCUAAACAUUUUUAAGUUUAAGUUGAAAAUGUAUAAAAUGUAGCAAUGAAACAUUAAAAACACUGGUAAGAUGUUUGUUUAUUCAGUAUUCUGUAGAAUAUAUAACUAGAAUUAUUUACAUAGCACCAAAAAUAAAAUUUUGAUCCAUAUCAGGGAUUUAAGAACAAUCUGCAAAGAUGGCUGGCUAAAGGUGAGCUUCUAAACUAUAGCAGGGGUGGGCAACUUUUGGCACUCCAGGUGUUCUGGACUAUUUUUCCCUUAAUACUGGCACCGCAUCAGGGUUUAUGUAGUCCACAUCCAAAGUUCCGAAGGUUGCCUAUCAAUGGUCUAGACUAGAGGGAGGGUAGACCAAACAUCUUAACACAUAAUGGAAACACUAGACUAUUUUAAUAUAUUACUAUGGGUCUAACAUGUAUAUCCAGGAAUAUGAGAGGUUUAAACAAAAUGGAAAAUGUCCCUUAAAGAUGUAUACAUCGAAUACAUGAAAUUGGCUUGUUUUCAAGAGACACACAUUGCAAAAUUCUAUGAUCUUGUACAUAUUCCUAACAAACUUCCCUAGAGCUAUACAUUCAAUGGCCUCUAAAAAAAAGCAGGUGUGCCUGUACUCAUUAAUAAAAACAUAGCAUUCAACGCCCUUUACCAAAUGAUUGACUCCCUAAAGGCAGAUUAUCCAUUUUUAACUUGCAUGAUUAAUGACAGAAAUCAUCCAAUAGUGAACAUGUAUUACUGCAGCACUUUAGGGCACUGCAAACUGGGAACUUGCAAAAAUUAGAGAAGACUUAGAACUACUUUGCUCAUAAUUUAGAUGAAAUCUUGAUUUUGGACUUAAAGAGAUAUUGUAAUGUUUUAUGAUUUUCAAUAUUUUGUUUGCCUAACCCCAAUGCUUAAUGAAUAUGUAUUUGUGAGGUGUGGAUAAUAAAAAUACAUAUAUAACUUCACACCUCUUAAUCCUACAACAGGGGACCUACAUCUUAGCUAACUGUCAAUCAUUGGUUUAAGCAGUGUCCAAUGCACCUUUUAAGUCUUCUCAAAAGGACAAUGAGUACAAAAUCUUGCCCCAAGGUUUUCAACGCAUUUGCGAUUUAUAAACAUUUUCUUUUGUCUUUCUUUCCUUCUUGGUGACAGAUCUAUAUUAAAUAUUUCCAAUGCUGGGGAUUUGAAUCAUACUGUAAUAUGUGUGUGCUUUAUCUAGAUUGUCCUGAAUGGUGAUAUCACCUCCUAUCUGAUUGAUGGAUUAACUCACAGCACAGAAUAUGAAGUUUCACUCUCCGCAAUAUUUAACGACGAAACAGAAAGCGAUGCUAUAGCUACCUUAGCGACAACAUGUAAGGAAUAUUUCAUAGCAGCUUUAAUGUGUUCAUUUUGUAUAGAUAUUUAGAUGACAAAAAAUUACCUAGAGCCUUUUCCAUCAAUGCCACAUAAUGCAGUAUUCAAGAGCUACUCACUGUAGUCAUUAUGCUUCCCCAUUGUAAGUAGUCAAACCAUUUUAGAUAAUUUUAACUUCUUACCUGGGAUGCUCCUCAGUGUGUGUCGGAGAAGGCAUGUACUUGCUACCCUCAUUGCCACAGACCACACUGUAGACCAGACAUGGGCAACCUUCGGCACUCCAGAUGUUUUGGACUACACCUCCCAUGAUGCUUUGCCAGCAUUAUGGGUGUAAGAGCAUUAUGGGGGAUGUAGUCCACAACAUCUGGAGUGCCAAAGGUUGCCUAUCCCUGAUGUAGACCAUUCCUCUCCUAGUAGUUACUUGCCCAACCAUCCCUCUUCCAUAGUCACUAUCCUGCUGCCUAUGACACUGACAAAGGCCACUCUGAGUGGCUUGCUUUGUAUGAAGUAACAACAUGAAUCACAAACUACAUUGUAAGCUGUGUGGAGAUGCACUGUGCUAUAUGUAGUAAUCAUAGCCCAAACACAGUGCAUAUUGCCAGCAGAGGCACUCUUCCUGGAGCCUCUGCCAGCCUUCUUCAAACCUGAGACCAGAACCAUCACAGCCUAGCUGAUUGCCCUAGUCAAUCGACCAGUAGACCAAGAUCAGCCUUUUGAGAUCCCUAGUGCUAGAUGUUUGCCAGUAAGCAGAGUUCAGAAAGUUUAUUUGGAUGGAUUGGAAACAAUGUACUUUGGAACAAAAAAUGUUUAAAACUAACCAAGGGAAUAGUUUUUUAGUAACUAUUGUGGACAUGCAGGGUUAAUCUUUAAAGUAUGAACUGUCAGAAAUUCAAUACCAAUCCAAGUAAAUGUAAAAUUUUGGAAACAUUUCCAAGUCAAGUAUGUUUUCAGUUCCUGUAUUUUGGCCUUAAAACGUGAAACCCAUUUUAUAUUCGUAACAAUUUACACUUUAGCGAGUAACACUAAUAUGGUUAGGAUCAACAGUUACUCUUGGGUGAUGAUUUGUCACAUUUCCAAUUAACAAUGCUCUAAAAGAUAUUCUUUUUGUUGUUACAGUAACCAGGACGACCACUAUGCCCACCACCACUACAAUGUCUCUACGUAAGUACAUCGUGCAAUUUGAAUAGAAAACUUAGGGAAAGAAUAAGGUCUUCGUGAUACCAAUACAAGAGUCUGAUUUCCUGUGCAAGUGAUUCAAUUAAAAAUAAUAAACUGAAAUCUAAAAAAGACCAAUGCAGUGAAAAAAUAGGGGCAAAUAAAACCAAAACCGUGAUACAAAAAUUACAAUCUUGGUCUCAAUGUGAAACUAUUUUAUAAUUCUCCUGUCAUAAGAUUACUGCAAUUCUUAACACUGUAUCGUGGAACAGGUGCACCAAUGCCAAUUCUGUUUGGAUAAUUUUGCAAAAAACAUACACUUCUUUAAACAAAAAUAGUCCUGGAUUCAUUUGAUGCCUGUGUCAGUACGAUGGUAAUACCCAAUACCCAUCUGUGUCGUUUGAUGAUAUUAAUGUGAGGCCUGUCUCUUAGAUUGUUAUUGUACUCUUCUUUCCAAUCACAACCAUUUUUAAAAUUUUUGUUUGGAAUAAAGACGUUUAGGAAUAAUUGAUUAUGUGAUUAGGAAAUUACUAACAAACACGGUCAUAGCCUGUUGUGGUUUGUGCACUUAACAGUGAAUUAAGGAGAACUAGCAAAGGAAUUGUAUAUUUUAAACUAAAAUAACUGAUAUGACAAUAGCUAGCAAUUUGUAAUUUAGUCAUUAACCCUCAUAGUCAUAUUGUUCACUAUAAUUAUUUUUUUGUUAAAGGUCUCCGAUUUGAAUAUAAAAAACUUAAGAUAGAUGAUGAAACUACAUCUAGUCUUCAUGUUUCAUGGCCCAUGAGUGAUCCAAAUAUAAAUCAAUUUAAAGUGUCUUAUGUCAUGACUGAUGGUGAUCGGGGCGAAGAAACGGUAAGUUGCCAAGUAAAACGAGUGCAGAGAGCAUCUUGCCUUCUAGUGUCACUACCUCGGGGUUCUUCACAUUAGAAUGCAUAUUCAUAAAUUAUUUGCCUUUUACACUAAAGAAUAUAAAUAUUUGCUAUUUCUACCCAGUUUCUGACAAGGUCCAAUCACCAUGGUCCUCUGUGCUUAGACUGUGGCCAACUAAUAGAGCUAUGCAAAAUAUGUGACAAAAAUGCCUAGAGAAAGAAAUGGUAACAAAACUCAUGUGUUUCACAGGCAAUAGUACCAGGACAACAGCAGGAGAUUGUUCUUCAGCCCUUGCUUUCAGAUACGGAAUAUAAAAUCACAGUCACGCCUGUUUUUGGUGAUGGAGAAGGAAAAGGCAUUUCAGGAGUUGGAAAAACAUGUAUGUCCUUUACAUAGUAACAUAUCAAACAAUUUGAAUGAUUUAAUCUAAGGUUUUUAUAAUAAUUCUUCAAUAUUUUAUUUUGAGACUUUUUGAUGGAACAAUUGUCAGUUGUUUUUUUUUUUUUUACUCGUACACAAAUAUUAAUGUUUUUUGCCAGAUACCCAGAAAUAAGACAACAUUGAGUUGGAUGUAAAUUCCGAUUUGCGCAGUUAUGUUUACUAAAACCGAGGCCGCAUUGAUGUUAAUGUGGAUUCAUAUCUGGAAUUUACUUGGCUAGACAAUGCCACAUUGAUUUUGACAAGGAAUAGUCUUCUUGUUUUGUUCAGUUAGUCUGCUAUAGAUGGGGGCCACAUUGACUUUAACGUGGAUUCGUCUCUGGAGUUUGUCUGGUUGGUUUGCCACAAAUGAGGACACAUUGGCUUUAAUGUGAACAAAUAUCAAGAGCUUGUUAGCCAGAUAAUUCCGUUAGUUUGUCUGAGAUGAGGUCAGGUUGAAUCCAGUUAGCUAGUUUAUUCAGUCAGGAAAGCAAAAUUAAAUAAGAAUCGUGUAUGUCAAAGUGAAAAUUAUAUUAAUAUAUAACCUGAUCUACUUUUUUGAGUAUAUUUAAACCAGUUAUGUUUCACUCAGUGCCUUUAUCUGCGCCACGAGAUUUGCGUGUUUCUGACGAAUGGUACAACAAGCUUCGCAUUACUUGGGAUCCACCACCUUCACCCACCAUGGGCUACCGAAUCAUGUAUAAGCCUACAAAUGGUAAGCUGAUUGUUACCCUAUAAAUGUCAAAAUACAAAAACAUGGCUCUCACAGGGUUAAGCCAAAUCCGUGGGAAAGAAUUUAAUAUAUUCCUUUUUGGAACUGACCAACGUGAGACCACAGAGCAUUACUGUUCUACUACUAUUUAAGUUCCUCGCAAUGUCUUGUUGGACAGAAAAGCUACAAAUUAUUUAUUAGUAAUGUCAGAAGCUGUUUUUUUGACACCCUUGACCCAAGAAUAAGCACUUAGGAAGUGGCUAAAAAUAGAAGAAAGGGGAAUAUAACUGGAAGUAAGAAGAAAGAAAAGUUUAAUGUAUAAUCCAUUCCUGAUGUUUGCAUAUCGACCAGAUGCAUUUCUACAAAAGUUUCUUUAUUUUAUAGCCCUUUCACUAAAAUAUAUGUGUAUUUAAAGGUAGAACCAAUUUCACUCUGUAUUAAUCACUGAUGUUGAUGCUUUUUGCCAAAUUGAAAAUAUUUCACUGAAGAGAAAAUUAAAACUAUAUUGGAUGAGGCAAUAACUGGGCGGAAUGUGGAUAUCCCUUUAUAAACUGUGUGAUUUUAAAGCUAUUACAAGAGAGGCUAAACCUUUCUUAAAUAAAGCCACUCAAAGCAUAUUUGCAUACGUGCUAAAAGGAAGUGAAUAUUAAAAAUAUAUACACAUGCAACGUAUGCACAAAUAAAGAUUAUAAGGGUAAGAAAAAUAAACUGAUUUGGGAAACUGUCGAGGUUAUUCACUAAGUCUGAAUGCCCCAGUCCAGAUUGUUCACAAGAUGUAUUUGUGUCUGCACUUUUUAAAGGAGUAGUCAACGGUAUGAAUAUUCACCAGAUUUCAGCCCUUCUGGAUGCAACCAAAUGGCUGGAAUCUGAAAAAAAAUGCUGAAAAUCCAGCACUGGGUUGUUAAAAUUCAGACUCGAGUUUUAAAAAUCCUGAAUAUAUCCCACCAGCAAAUCUAGUAGACAGCAUCAUUAUGGGUAAUAUGCAGCCUUGGCAGUGUAAGAAUUAAGUGUGUGGUCAAUAGCCAGCUCUUGCUAGAUAGCCACAAAUAAAAUUAUAAGUGGAUGCACCUGUAAAAAAGUAGUUUCCUUUUUCCUAAUUGAUGCCAGGUCAAGACAGACUUGGAUCUACUGGACAAGUUGCAACGUCGUACAGGGACAAUCAUAGCUAUUAGCGGAUGAUAUUUCUUCUACAAAAUCUCUAUGAUGUUUGUCAACAGCAAAACAAAGUUACAAUAACGAGUUGCUCUUUAUUUCUGUUUAUUUCUGGUUUUGGUGAACUUGUUAAAAUAACUCUCUGAUAGUUGGAAGUGAAGAGCAAUGUGGUAGGUUUCUCAACCUUCAGAUGGCUAAUUUGUGUGUGUCUUGGACAUGUGCUAAGUAGGAAAGUUUUAUGUGACUGCUAACAAUAUUUUAUGAUGUCCUAUAUUUGGAAAUGCCUAUAUUCCAAGAAUAACAAAAUGAGUUCCCUGUAAAUGUAUGGAGUGUAUAAAAAGGCAGCAUUGUACGUGUGUCAGAGCUAUGCACUAUUUUUACAAUUAGAAACUUCAUUCAAAGUGUCCAAAAGUAAUAUGUGCUAAGUUAGUCUCUCUUUUUUUUUCCAGUCGGAGGACCUGCGUUAGAGACGUUUGUAGGAGAUGAUGUUAAUACCAUACUAAUUCUCAAUCUACUCAGUGGAACAGAAUACAGCUUAAAGGUUCUAGCAUCCUAUUCUACUGGAUUCAGCGACCCCUUGUCUGGCUUAGGAAAAACCUGUAAGGGAAUUGGUCAUACUGUUUUUUUAAAAUUGUUUUAAUUGUAUGUCAUUAGAGGAAUGGGUGGAUAGAUGGAUUGACGUAGGGCUCAAAUUUCCACUAACUAUUAGCCGAUGCCAAGUGACAAUGUAGCCUUGAUGAAUAGAAACUCACCCCUGGUGAGUGUGCCAUUGACCCUCAAGGCAUGCAGUGGGCAGUAACAUUUCAGGCCUGGUUAGUUGGUUAGGACUUAAAGUUUUAAGGCCUGCAGGAAAGACGGACGGACAGGGAUAGGUGGAUGGAUGGAUACUCUAUCUUUGAAAAGGAAAGGACUGCGAUGUCACUGGUAGAGUAAAAUUACCAUAUUUUUAUUUCUAAAAUGUUUUGUGGCUAUGAGAUAUGAAGAAUUAAAACAAGUAAGAUGCAAUAUAUAUAUAUAAAAUGUGCUAUCUGCAUUGUAUGCAAAAUAAACAACAGCAUGUGAAUAUAAAGAACAUCCAACAGCAAACAGAUUGCCGAUUUUACUGCCAUAAUUUUGCCAUCCUUUGUUCUUUAUCAUUAUCCAAUACCUGGGGUUUUCACCUUACCAGACCUACCCACUUUGAUAUUUUCCCUCACUCUUUGAGAAAAGAUAUUAUAUAUGUCCUUUGUGCCCAAAUCACUAUUUGCCUUUUUAUUUAUGUUUUAUAAUUUACUGCAGUAUAGAAGGCCAGUACAUUUUUGUACUUUGCCUUUUUUUGUGGUUUACCAUGUUUCUCUGCUCCUUCGCCCACAAAGAUUUAAGGUUCUCCUACAACUUCUUGUUAACCUGUAUAAACUUACAGGAGGUAACGUUCUACUUGUAUACAGUAACGAGGCAACCUCAUCUCUGCAUCAACUCUCGGCAUCCGUGCCUUUACUAAACUAUACCAACAUAGAGUUAAAUAGGAACAAGAGGUGAGGUAGACUGAACUCAAAUAAUAUCAGUAUCCAGAAUAUCCUUUUUUAAUGCUUCAAUUAAACAUAUUGCAUGUCUUUCCUUUGCUACUUUAUGAUGAAUUUACAAAUACACUGAUUUUAUAACUGGAAGAUAUUAAUGAUAAAUAACUUCCAUUAACAUCAAAAGGUAAUCAUAAUGUUUCCUGGGUAGGAUCCAAUGUGCAUGGACCAAUCUAUUGCAGAAGCCCAUAAACCGUUUUGAAUUGCCACAUCAAUCAAUGGCCUCGAUUUAAUAUUUUUGGCUAAGAUUUUCAAAUGACCACAGCUUUUCAAUAAUGUAUCGACACCAUUAUCUAGUCACCAUUAAAGUCUAUGGAAAUUUACAUCAUUUGAAACCUAGAAUGUGACGGCAGAUAAGAACCAUUCGGCCCAUCUAGUCUGCCCAAUAUUCUAAAUACUUUCAUUAGUCCGUGGAUAAUGAUUUUGAAAAGUCUAUCUAAAAAUAUGAAAUCGAGGCCCAUGUUGGUAAAAUAAAUUCUUUAAUCUAUCUAUAGCUUCUUGCUGUUUUCUGUUCUAAAAACUAUCUAUGAUUUUGUAAAUGUUUCUUUUCUUUCUUUUCUUAAAUAGAUAUUUUUUUAGAGUCAAUGUAUAUACCAGUUAAGCUUACGUGAACAUGGUUCUGUUUGAUUUCAGUGUAUCUGGGAGUGACAAACCUGAAUUCGUAUCAAGUUAAAAUGACCAGCAUGUGUGCCCAGUGGCAACUGCAGAGACACGCUACUGCUUACCGCGCGAUCAUAGAGUCCAUUCAAGGUACAGUAUGUUCUUAUUUAAAGGGCCUCUCUGCUGCUUUAGAAUAUACAGUGUUGUGUUAGAUUGGUCUCAUUGGCCCUUUCAUUCUAACACAGCAGUUUUCAACCAUUUGGAAUAUGAGAUCCCUAUAAUAGCCUCAAGACAUUUUCAGACUCCUACAUGCUGAUAUUCAUAAUUUUGAUGAAACCUUAGUCCCCUUUGUCCCAAAAUCUAUUUUUAUUACACCUUGUGUUUCAAUAUAUGUUACGCUCAAUACAAACACAGUUUUCUCACAUUCAGACCCCAAGCCACAGUCCCUUUGCCUUUUACACAUCAAUGAAAUCCACAGACUGUAUGGAAACCUAACCUAAACUAGAAAAGCAAUUAAAAAUAAAGUGAUUAUAUCACAUGGCAGUUAUCAUUAGUCAAUGGUGUUUUUCAACUCUUCAUUAGCCUAUGAUUAACCCCUUAAGGACACAACUUCUGGAAUAAAAGGGAAUCAUGACGGAAUAUUUCCGUCAUGUGUCCUUAAGGGGUUAAAUCAUGCCAGGCCAGGUUCAUUCUGCAUUGGAUUUCCAGUGAUUUUCUAAGGCACAUUUAAUUUGGGCAUAAGUUACACUUCGAGUCAUGUAUUAAAGUAAUAGAACUGAAGUUUGGAUUCAUGCCACUAUGUUGGACUUCCUAUGUGAAAGAGAGAUAAGAAAUUCCGUAUAUUUUCAACCACCAUAUAUUGACAUAUUUUUUAAGAUUGUACUUUAUCCAAAUUUCAAAUAGGCUCAAUGAUAAAAUUUUAACAUCCAACAGCAAUACACAUACACAUGUGGAAAAAAUGUAAUUAAGGUUUUUAAUACCAUAGUUAUACGUUCGGGAUGCCAAACAGGAGGUCGGAAAUGUGUCAUACUCCUCUUUAGUGAAGAAGAAAAUUAAAUAAUGUAAAAUUCUAAACAAAUCUUGCAUGGGCUACACAUAAGGUUAGAAAAGUUGAAAUUCUAUGUGUAAAAUAACAAUUUCUGAAAUAUAUAUUAUAGAUUUUUCACAUAUCCUACAUGUAUCGUACAGUUAAGUAGGUGUGUGAUUUUUGGCAAAUUGGUAACAUUGAUUGAAAAACACCAAGAAUUCAGGCAAGUGGACCCUGGUUAAUGAAAAAAUGAUAACACAGUUUGCAUGUAUAAUAAAUACAAAAAUUAAAGUGGGUUGUAUCAUGACCAUUAUCAUUACUUUAGCCUGGAUCCAUACUAGAAUGAAAUACAGGACAGUCUGCUGGUUUGGAAUAUUGCAUGAUUUCUCCUUACCAGCUAUGGUAUAGAAAGAAAAAUGGCCAAUUAUAAACAUUUCCAGAAGUUUAUGUACUCAGAAGCACCUUUUAAAAGAACUCCAUUUGGUACAAAUCUCCGUUGGCUGAUAGUGUUUCCUAUAAGGAAACCGGUUAACCACAGUACAUGUAAAUGAAUGUGCCAAGAUCCCACGGUAUCCACAGCCAAGGAGAAUACAACAAUAUGUCUCCAACUCCUGCCCCUCCAAAAAAGGAAAACGUGGGUCUGCAGCAAUGAAAUAAACACACACAACUAAACUAUGGGAUUCUGGAGGGUUGUCAUGAAAAACAAACAAACAUUGAUCCAUAGUUAUCCCCAGUAACUGGGGAUUACCUAACAAAAUGGCCCUCCAAAAAAAAAGAGCUGGUGUCCCCAACAUCCCUAACACAAGUCCCUUAGCCCAAUUAUCCAUAAUUUCAAACCUAAUUAAAAAACUAUUUCUUACUCUAUUUUUCACCAACCCCAAACUCUAAUCCCAACAUGGAAUGCUAACAUAAACCCUAAUCCAAAACCCAACCUAACCAAAACCAAAUUUAAUUAUUUCAGACAUGCAUCUGUUUUAAUCUGUGCCAUCAAUAAUGUAUCACUACAACUCUGCACCACUAGUCAGUUGUGGAGACACUGAGGGUAGUGGUGUUGUGGAGAUAGGCUCAGGCACAAAGGGUAGUGGAGUUGUGGAGAUAGGCUUAGGCACCGAGUGUAGUGGUAUUAUGGAGAUAGGCUUGCAGACUAUGGUGAGGCCUGAUAGAAAGCAGUUGUUGUUGGGGAUUCUAUCAUAAAAGGUGUGGAGCUGGACAAUAGUGGUCUUGUGAGAUGUCUUCCAGGAGCUACUGCGCACAGUGACAGGAGAUGUAUUUGUAAUAUUGUUAAGCAAGCAAAGCAGGAAGGGGAAUUGGAUGUACUUGUCCAUCUAGGGACAAAUGACUUGACUUGCAAUGAGGUUUCAGAGGUAAAGAAAGUUUUUUGUGUUUUUGCCAAUGAUAUACGACGGGUUGCUUCCACAUUAUCAUUCUCUGUAGUUCUGCCUGUGCAUAACACUCAGAUCGACAGGCGGAUGCCUAUUAGGGACUUUAACUUGUGGCUUGGUGAAUGAUGUCGGGAGCAAGGAUUUGGCUUUAUUUCUCAUGGUAACUCUGUUUGGAAUGGAAAUAAACUGUACAAAAAAAGAUAGUUCGCAGCUUUCUCAAAAGGGAACAAAUGUUCUCAGUGAGCAGUCCAGAGGUUUUGCUAGGAUGUAUUUAAACUGGGGGGGGGGGGCAAAAGGGUGAUAAAACUUCCAUCCAAUUGCCCCCCAAAACAAGGACAGAAGGUGCCUGUAGCAAGUGUGUUAAAAAAUGAUAAGCUUAGAGUCAUGUCUACAAAUGCUCGCAGUUUAGGGAAUAAGAUCCACAAACUUGUGUCAAUAAUGGCAACUGAUAAUGUAGAUUUAGUCGCUGUUACUGAAACAUGUUAUAAUGAGAAAAAUGACUGGGACAUAGCAAUACCAGGGUGCUCUUUAUAUAGAAAAGACAGGGAAGGCAAUAAAGGGGGAGGGGGGCCCUGUAUGUGAAGGAUAGCAUAAAAUCUAGCCUAAUAAAAGUUAGAGUUCGUUUGGGUUAUGUUAGAAUUUGGUAAUCACACAGUAACUCAUGUAGGUGUGAUUUAUAGGUCCCCAGGACAAAUAGAAGAGUUAGAUAAUCUACUAGUUGAGGAAAUAGCUAAAAUGAAGAUGAAGUUAUCAUCAUGGGUGACUUUAAUCUUCCUGAUGUGAACUGGAAAAUCAAAAUAGCUGUUUGUGCCAGGAGCACACAUAUUCUAAACUCCCUACUGGGAUUGUCUCUAAAACAAGUCAUUGAGGACCCAACUCGUAAGGAGGCCAUGUUAGAUUUUGUGUUAACAAAUGGAGAUUUGGUAUCAGAUAUUACUGUAGGUGAAAGUUUAGGAUUCGGUGAUCAUAGGUCAGUGUGGUUUAAUAUAAGAACAGUGCCUGAGUCACACCACACAAAAACAAAAGUUUUAGACUUUAGAAAAACAGACUCUUCUAAAAUUAGAAUAUGUGUAAAGGAGUCAUUAUCAGACUGAAGCAAUUUAAAUGGAGUACAAGAGAAAUAGGAUUAUUUAAAAGUUGCACUGCUGAAGGCAACAGAAAAUUGCAUUAGGCUUGUCAGUAAAAGCAUAAAAUUCAAGAAACCACUGUGGUACUCCACAGAUGUGGCCAAAAUAGUAAAAAACUAAAAAGUUAGCAUUUAGUAAUUAUAAAAAACCCAGAGUGAGGAAGAUAGACAGAUCUAUAAGAUUAGGCAGCAGAGGCUAAACAAGUUAUAAGAGCUUCCAAAUCACACACAGAAGAGAAAAUAGCACAGUCAGUUAAAAAAAGGAGACAAAACAUUUUUUAGAUACAUAAAUGAGAAAAGGAAAGUAAAACAAGGAUUAGUUAGAUUAAAAACAAAAGAAGGAAAGUAUGUUGAAGAGGAUAAAGGUCUAGCUGACUGCCUCAAUGAAUAUUUUUGUUCAGUAUUUACAGAUGAAAAUGAAGGAAAGGGACCUCAGUUAGGAAAAACUCAGUGAGUUUACAGAGGAAAGGGUUCUAUUUCAACUGUCAAAGGUAUAGACAAACAAGUCAAUGGGACCUGAUGGAAUACACCCAAAGUUAUUAAAAUAGCUUAGUGGUGUACUAGUAAAACCAUUAACAGAUUUAUUUAACCAAUCUACUAUACUUAUCUUUUUGUGUCAUUUUACCCCACUUCCUCUAGCAUGUAAGCUCAUUGAGCAGGGCCCUCAACCCUUCUGUUCCUGUGUGUCCAACUUGUCUAGUUACAAAUAUAUGUCUGUUCGUCCACCCAUUGUAAAGCGCUGCAGAAUUUGACUGCGCUCUAUAAAUAUCAUAAUAAUAAUAAUAAUAAAUACCAAUCAUUGUUAACAGGAGUAGUCUCAGAAGAUGGGAAGUUAGCGUAUGCCCAUUCACAAGAAAGAUAGUAGGGAGGAGUCGGGCAGCUAUAGGCCAGUAAGCCUUACUUCGGUAGGUGGUAAAGUAAAGGAAACCAUGUUAAAAGUUAGGAUUGUUAAACAUCUAAAAUCACAUGGAUUUCAAGAUCAGAGACAACAUGGGUUUACUUCAGGUAGAUCAUGCCAAACUAAUCUUAUUGAUUUUAUUGAUUGGGUAACUAAAAUAAUAGAUUAGGGUUGUGCAGUAGACAUUGCUUACCUAGAUUUCAGUAAGGCUUUUGACACUGUUGCACAUAGAAGGCUUAUCAAUAAAGUACAAUCUUUAAGUUUGGAUUUCAAUAUUGUUGAAUGGGUAAGGUAGUGGCUGAGUGACAGGUAACUGAGAGUUGUGGUCAAUGGAUUAUAUUCGAAGUAUGGGCUUGUCACCAGUGGGGUACCUCAGGGAUCUGUACUUAGACCCAUUCUCUUUAAUAUUUUUAUUAGUGAUAUUGCAGAAGGUCUUGAUGGUAAGAUGUGUCUUUUUGCUGAUGAUACUAAGAUAUGUAACAGGGUUGAUGUUCCAGGAGGGAUAAGCCAAAUGGCAAAUGAUUUAGGUAAACAAGAAAAAUAGUUAGAAUUGUGGCAACUGACAUUUAAUGUGGAUAAGUGCAAGAUAAUGCAUCUUGGAUGUAAAAACCCAAGGGCAGAGUACAGAAUAUCUGAUAGAGUCCUAACCUCAACAUCUGAGGAAAGGAAUUUAGGGGUAAUUAUUUCUGAUGACUUAAAAGACAAUGUAAUAGAGCAGCAUGAAAUGCUAGCAGAAUGCUUUGUUGUAUAGGGAGAGUUAUUAGCAGUAGAAAGAGGGAAGUGCUCAUGCCAUUGUACAGAACACUGGUGAGACCUCACUUGGAGUAUUGUACGCAGUACUGGAGACCGUAUCUCCAGAAGGAUAUUGAUACUUUGGAGAGAGUUUAAAAAGGGCUACUAAACUGGUUCAUGGAUUACAGGAUAAAACUUACAAGGAAAGAUUAUAGGAACUUAACAUGUAUAGCUUGGAGGAAAGACAAGACAGGAGGGAUAUGAUAGAAACAUUUAAAUACAUAAAGGGAAUCAACACAGUAAAGGAGGAGACUAUAUUUAAAAGAAGAAAAACUACCUCAACAAGAGGACAUAGUCUUAAAUUGGAGGAGCAAAGGUUUAAAAAUAAUAUCAGGAAGUAUUAUUUUACUGAGAGGGUAGUGGAUGCAUGGAAUAGUCUUCAAUCUAAAGUGGGAGAGGUUAACACAGUAAAGGAGUUUAAGCAUGUGUGGGAUAGGCAUAACGCUAUUCUAACUAUAAGAUAAGGCCAGGAACUAAUAAAAGUAUUUAGAAAAUUGAGCAGACUAGAAGGGUCGAAUGGUUCUUAUCUGCUGUCACAUUUUAUGUUUCUAUGUUUCUAUCAAUCAUGCUCAAUAAACUGCUCUGCAUCAUCAAUCAUGGAUCAAUAAACCAUUCUGCAUUAUUAAUGAUGGAUAGAUAAACUGCUCUGCAUCAUCAAUCAUACUUCAAUAAACUGCUCUGCAUCAUCAAUAAUGCUUCAAUAAACUGCUCUGCACUAUUAUCCAUGCAUUACAAUACUGCUGCUUCAAAGCUUUCCACUCAAUUUUUAGCCCUGCAUAAGCAUUUUGUGAAGAAAACUGAAUUCAGACACAACAAUCUGGCUGUUAUGUCACGUUAAGUUAAUUUCACAGUAUUUAUGCUUAGCUUAAAUAUUUACACUAGAAUGAAAAAUGAAAGGCAGUGUUCCCUAAAUUGUUGUUGUGGCUCCCAUAGUUGAGAAAGUAUGGCAGAUAAUCCGCAAGAUAAAAUAGCUGCUGUUUGUUUCUUGUCAUUAGUGUUCCAUAAACUAAUAUUGUGACUUAGCACACUCUUAUCUAUAUAGUAGUAUAAUUAUAAGCUUCUUACAGUUUUGGGAUAAGAUAUGUUUGAAAUACAAUCUGUUUAUUUCAAUGUUUUAAAGAACCUGCUUCUUGGGAAAUUGUAAUCUACUAUAUUACCUUGUUGCAGAUGGGACAAAGCAGGAAGUCAUGCUUCCUGGAGGAACAUCACGUAAUUGCUUUUAUGAGCUAUCUCCCAAUACCAGAUAUCGACUCACUGUAUACGCUCAACUCCAAGAAACAGAAGGACCCGGCGUCAGUAUUAUGGAAACAACAUGUAAGUAGGUUGGUUGGUUGAUUUUGUAAACAACAUUUUUGAGUUUCCUUAUUGGCACAAUAUUUUACCAGAAUUGAACCACAUGGACCUGAGAAGUACUGGUUCUUCCGGAAAUUAUGAGUUUGAUUAUUUUCUAAAUGCUCCUCCAAUCAAACAUGACCAAGUUGGAAUCUAAGUCUAGUAGGGCAUCUGCUGGCUCUGUCAAGGUCAAUAAAAAGUCUUUAAUUAAUGAGAAUAUUAAACAGACUCAUGGGUUAUCAGUGUGUUAUCAGUUUUAUAUAGACUUUAUCUUAUUGUUGAACCUAUCUAAAUUCCAAUAAACCAUACAUAGAAAUGUGUUUAUUUUAGGUAAGGCUAACCAUUUUUCUUUACAUUUUUUAGUGCCGCUUCCAACAGCUGCGCCCACGCCUCCUCCAACUACAGCCGCUCCCACUACCAUUCCUGCGGCCAAAGAAGGUAUGAUGCAACUCGUGUGACCUAAAUUUUUAAUGAUAACUAAAACACACAAGUGCCUUACGACCUUAACAAGGAAUUGGGACAGUUCCACAAUCAUUUACACCACCUGAACUGAUAAAGUGGCUCACGCACCCACAUACGUGAUGCUAUAUUCAGUUACAUUGUACGCUAUCCAUGCACCAGAACAUCACUGCAUCUAAGGGUUUUUUUUUUUAAUCUUUUUAAUUUUUUUUGCUUCAGACUACAACUUUCAAAUUGACUCAGUUAAUCUGUUAAUUUUUGGGUUCAGUCAAAAAAAUUGUAAAAGCGACACUUUAAGUGUUUUUAUUUAAAGGUUAUAAUGUCUUAAAAAUUAUGUUUUGUUUUGUUACAAAUACGAUUAUUAGUUUGUUUUGAGCUGUGGGAAACAUAAACUGGUGUAACUGGUUCUGUGCAUUCUAUUAAAAGCACUAAAUUAAGUCACAUAUGAGAGCAUAGUAUAGGGGGCAUUGAAAGCUCGAAUGUAUUGCUAUGGGCAACAAUUCCAAUGGACCUUUAGCUAAGGUUUCAGAACCCCCAUUAACAAGAAGGACCAGCACAGAUGGGCUCCUUAAUUCCUCCUCUAUUUGAUGCAAUGUGAGAGUAUCGAGUGAGUAGGCUUGGUUGAGCCUUGCCAUACAAAUAUUUUCUACCCUCUCAUUCAGCCUGCUUUCAAGGUACCAUUUGAGGGUGACGUCCAGUAGAACAUUAUUUGCAGUAGCAUUAUUUGCAGAUCCCAUUUCUAUCUGACUUUAAAACAUACUAACGUGUUAUAUUUAUGCAUUUAAAAACAUUGAGACAUUUGACAAAAUAAACAAUUUGUAUCUAUUCAUAUAAAAAAUACAAAUUUGGAAAUUAAUGAGGUGUUUGUCACAUAUUGCCAGUGUGCAAGAAUGCCAAAGCAGAUCUAGUAUUCCUGGUGGAUGGAUCAUGGAGUAUCGGUGAUGACAACUUCAACAAAGUUCUUCGUUUCCUGUAUAGCACUGCAGGAGCUUUCCAUGAAAUUGGCCCUGAAGGAACACAGGUUAGUGCAGCUAAGUUUACACUAUAGGAUAUACAGACAAUGAUUGUACUGCUAAUAUGUUUUUUUUUUUUUUUAUAACAAACCUAUUUUAUGUUUAUAUCUGCUGCAGAAGUGUGCUAUAUUUAAAAGGGUAAUAAAGCACCGUUUUUAGAUGGAGUAAGCCUUGCUGACAUGGCACUCCCCUAAAAAAAAUUUAAAAAAAGAAGAAAACAAAACCUUACCUUAGAUCCCUCAACAAGGCAAUGUUCUCCCUGCAGCCCAGUCCUCCUACAGUGAAGUCACUAUUCCUCACUGAAGGGGGGAGGAGCCAUCCCCAUAACUCCAUCCAGACUUUCUGUGGCUGUCCAAUCACAGACUUUCUAAUGCAGCUCAAUGAGAAGUCUUUGCAAGGCAGGUGCCCUGAGCAUUUGCUGCCUCUUGAGUUUAGCUCCACUGAGCUAAGCAACUAGGAAGUAACAGGAUCGAUUGCCUUCUUGAUUAAAAGCCAGGGAGGUGUAACAAAGUUAUUUUAUAAUAGUGCCAAUCUCUGUUGAAAUCUGCACUUUUUGCAAAACGAAAUGAACAGGACAUACUUGUAACACAUAAAGCACUUCAGCAAGCUAAUGUGUCUUAUUUGUUUGGAGUGUUACUUUAAUUUCAAAUUUUAGGUUACAAUAGUCGAACUGGAAUACCAUCCACGUUAGCUAUGUUUUCAGUUCCUGUUUUUUGCUUUAAAAUUUGAAAUUUACUUUGAAUUCCUGGAAACAUUUGAAAUUCACUUUGAAUUCCUGGUUACAGAAUAACUCUGAUAAAUAUAUGUUUUGUUAUUUUCUAUUUCCAGGUUGCAAUUGCUCAAUUUAGUGAUGAUGCAAGGACAGAGUUUAAACUAAAUUCGUACACUUCCAAAGAAUCCCUUCUGGGCGCGAUUCGGCAGAUUGCGUACAAGGGUGGAAACACGAAAACAGGUGAUUAAUAAACAUCCCACACGUUCUCCUCCUGCUUCAUUCAUCUAUUUCUAGAUCAGAUAAAGGAAACAUAGAAAGAAGAGAUGUCUAAACUUGGCAAGAGAUAAGAUAUAAUCCCUGCUUUUCUGUAAAUGACAUGUUCUGUUUUAUUUCCCAGCUUUUAUUUAAUUACAUUUACAAUCUUCAUUAGAUUAACACUGUCACUGUUGUUUAUAGUAUUUUCUGACAAUUUUUUUUAUUGUGUAGUUAGCAACUACAAACUUUUAAAAUAUUGUUACAUGUGCUACAUCUGUAUAUUUCAAACAUUUUGGAUUUCCCCUUUGUCAAUGCAAAAUUGUUCUUUCGGCAUUGACAAAGAGGAAACCCUAAAAGUUUGCUUCUUUUUGGUCUUUCAAAUAAAUUGUAUGAAGCACUCCCUGUGCACAUUUAGCAUCUAGCUGCUCUUUCUUGAUUUCUUUAUUUUUCGUACUUUGUUUCGUACAUUCUAAUGUGGAUGGAGAACUUAUAUUUAACUCAGCGCUGCUUUUCUAUAGUAAGACUGGUCUCCCUUCUGCCCCUCACACAAAGACACAGAAAAAAAAUCUUUACUUUUACUCAUGACCAUUUUCAAAAAAUAAACAGAAUUCUUUUUGAAAUCUUAUUUUACAGGGAGAGCCAUUAAGCACGUUCGAGAUGACUUGCUUACUCAUGAAUCUGGUAUGAGAAAAGGUGUUCCGAAAGUACUGGUGGUGAUCACAGAUGGACGUUCUCAAGACGAAGUAAACCAAUUUGCCAAAGAUUUACAAAUGGAAGGUAAGGAAUCACUAUCACACAAAGGGACAUGUGUUAAGCCAGAGAAACCAUUAAUCCGAUAAAACAAACCUGCUUAUAUUCACAGGGAGAAGAAUAAUUAUUUCUGUAACUCCAUUCUGCAAUGACAGUGUUAAUGUUAUGUAUUUUAUCUUCAUUCUAGGCUCCAGUAUUUUUGCCAUUGGUGUAGCAGAUGCAGACUACGCAGAGCUAGUUAACAUCGGCAGCAAGCCCAGCGAGAGGCAUGUUUUCUUCGUCGAUGACUUUGAUGGUUUCAAGAAAAUCGAAGAUGAACUGAUCACCUUUGUUUGUGAGACAGCCACAGCAAGUUAGUAGCAGUUUUUCCGCUCGUAUUUUCUCGUGCUGUUAAAAACUAACUUUUGAAUGACAUAAGGGUAGAUCCCGCAGGCACUGAUGGUUAAAGGGACUUUGUCAUGACAAAUAUUAGCGCUGUGAAUCCUAGAUAUACAUUGUACCAACCACAAACCAACUGACGGACAAAUGUAUAGAUAAUAAUCUCUGUAUAUUGAUAAACUUCCAGGAUCAUUCGUGCCCUUGCAUCGAACAAUUCCAACUAAAGAAAAACACAAGUAAAGUGUCUUGGCACUUUUAGAGAUAUCUAGUGUGAGAUAUAGGUACAAAGUGUCCCCCACCAAUAUACUAAUACAUAACAAAGCACCAAUAACACACCACAGUGUUUCACACUACAAAUAUAUACUUAAAGGCUUAACAGCAAGAUUCCAUAUGACACAAAUAGGUACCUAAGAAAAAAACAUAUAAAAAUACAUAAUGUAAUAGAGUAAAAGCAGAAACAGUCAAAUAAUUGCUGGAAUCUAACUCACAUAAUGCAGAGCCAUACCAGGCUCUGUAUGUCAAACCUAAUGGUGCCUAUGCAGGCACAACGAAAUAAUAGCUGAUCCAGAGUUGAUCCAGUGUGUAAAAAUUUAAUUUAUUGAGAAUAUACAACAAAAUUAUAUUGACAUAAAAAUUAGCUAUAUAUAUAUGAACAAGGACAUAUGCCAAAAGUACACAGUGUGGCAAUAAAUUAAAAUAAGGGAUAUAUCCUAAAGUGCAUAAGAAAUGAUCACCGCUGGCUAUAUCAUACCUUGUGACAAAUAGUCUCUUAUACUCUCUUCAACCUAAAAAAGGUCUUCUUCUAUGGGCACAUGCUUUAGCAAGUGAAUUAAUAAUUUGAUUAACUAUUUGCAUGCUGACAGCGCUAGCAACUUGCCAGCCGCCACAUUACAAAAGGUUACAAAAAUAAUUAAAAUCCUAUAGGGGUCAAGAAGACCCCCAUUUUACUACAGUCUCUAUUCCUUGCUCCCUGUCACUAGAAAAGGUAUCAUCCUAAAAUAACUCGAGGGGGGGGAGGGCUGCAUAGUCCCCCUCAUGGCCCCACACACAGGAAUUGUGUGUGGUUACUCUAAUAUUAAUGGAGGAGGACCAAGUGUUCUCCCCCUGGCUCCAACCCACAGGUGAUGAGGGGGAUCUUAAUAGGACCCCCAUAGAAAGUUUAUUGAUUUUUAUUCUUUUUACUUUUUUAAUGUGGCGGCAAGUGCUGGCCGGCUGACACAUAAUUGAUCCCCACUCCGCCGAGGGUUUUCUAACUAUUUUCCCCCUGGCGGCUUGAGCUGCCUGUGAGCAAAUAGUUCAGAUUUUAUUUUAUUUUCGGUUCCAGGCUCUGAUUUACAGCAUUUGGUUCGGAUUUAGGCCGUUCGUCAGCGUUCAAUCCAGCUGAAAUCCUGACCAAAUAUAAAUCCAUUCUGUUCGGGGCGUGAAUUACAAAAUCCAGACAUUGUCAAAUUCCAGGAACAUUGUCUUGCAUUCCGAAUGGACUUCAUUGAAUAACCCUGUUGGUAAAUACUUUGGGGUCUAUUCACUGAACAGUGUGUUGCCAUUACCUGAAAAUUUUAUUUGCUAUAUUUAGCAACAAAAACAGAGAAUAUGAGAGCUCUCACAAUGGGCAAACUCUCACAGAAACCUCGUCAGCGCAGUGUAUCUGAUACCCCUGAAGGUGAGCACGGGGUCCAAAUCUGCAUUACCCUUUUUACUCAGGGAGAACCUAAGUAAAAGCAUUGGAACAUAAACAGAAAAUAUGAGACCAUGCAAAAUCUCUAAGAAACCUCCAUAGCAUGCCUUUCUGUAAAUCCCUGCUCAGAUCUCAAAAAUGUUUUUGCCCUCUCAUGCCAUCUCACAGAGAACCUAUAGCAGUUAUCAAUAUUUAGGCCAAACUAGUGAAGAUGGAAAUGUAGCAAAGUUAGAGAAAUUGAAGGAGGUAAAUCAGCUUUAAUUGCCAAGAGUGGUAUUCAAUAUUUAACGUAUUAUGUAACGAAUAAAUAAAGCCGUUCUCUUGGUUUGCAUGUAAAGUGUCAGUAUUGCACAAAGAAACAAUUCUACAAAGGAAUGUUUGCAUUGAUUAACGCGCUCAUUCGACUAAAUUCCAGUCAGAUCUGUCUUGUCAGUUGAACAAUUUAUCCCUUAAAAUAGAAAUGUAAAAACGAAUUUAUUGGGACAAAAUAUAUGCAUGCGUAAUAAGCACAAAACCAAAAAAAGAGACACUGUGGGGUUUGUUCACUAAGUACCCAAUUACAGUGGAAUGAAAAGUAAAUUGCAGAUUUUUGUCAGAUGUCUUGUUUUUGACUACAUUUUGCAAUUUGGUUUUCGAUUUACUCCACUUAUGUGUAUUGAUUUUGAUAAACCUGUUUGGUGCUGUAGGAGGAAAUGAUACAAAAUGGUGGGUAUGUACUAAACCAGGCUUAUGCAACCUUUUGCACUCCAGAUGUUGUAAGAGCAGUAAAAGCAUUAUGGGGAAUGUAGUCCACUACAUCUGGAGUGGCAAAGUCCACCGAACUCUGUGCUAAAGUAAGGCUGGUGGACAUUAAUUUUUAGGUAAAGGAGCACUGCAGGUUGGUAUCCCCAGUACACAUGUGCAUGACUUUUUAAUGCAAUAUAGAAAGUAUAAAAUACACACUGAUAGAAACACACAUACAUACUGACAGAGACACACAGAAACUGACUCACUUACACUCCCACACAUUUUCUCAUAUACUCACAAAUUAUUAUUAUUUUUUUAACUUUAAUUUAAAUCCACUCAGCCUCCCUAACUUUGGCAGAAUGGAUUAUUUCCCUGGGGUCCAGUGGAGAAAGGAGGAGCGAGGAAGCUGUUAUCUUCUGGCUCUGUUCCUUCCCACACGGAGCUGGAAUGACGUCAUUUUCUGGCUCUCGGUUAUUUACUUACUUUAAAAUGUCUUUCUAGAAGAUAUGGCUUGCUGCUAAAUUGGUCUUACAGGUGUAUACGAGAUAAGAGCUUUUCAAACAUGUAAAAAAAAAAUGAAAAUGUUAACGGAAAAUGCAUGUGUAGAUUUUCUAAAAUUGUACUCCUUAUUCUUCCCUUAGCUUGUCCGUUGAUGUUCAUUCAAGGCCAGAGUGCGUCAGGUAUGGUUGUCUACAGUUCUCUGAUGAUUUUAUUUAAAAUAAUGAGAAUGACAUUUGAUUUGUUGUUUGUGAUGAGUUUCGUGCAUAUCUUGUUCUUGUGUUAUAGAUUCUUUAUACGCUAUUAUAGAUAAGGCAUGUAGGUUGUAGUCUGUUACUGAAAUCUAUUUGUCAUUCUUGUACAGGUCAGAUAGACUUAUGCUGGGGUUGACUUGAGCUUCUUUAUUUUGAAUCUCUGGCAUGUUUAGACAAGGUAACAAUAAAAGUAUCAGAACCUAUAAAUGAGAUUACAGGUAUCAAAAUUAGAGGAAAACCUAUAAGAGAAAUUAUAGGCUAAGAGAAAGGAGGAGAACCUAUAAAUGGAAUUAUAGGCUGAAAGCAGAAGAACCUAUAAAUGGGAUUAUAGGCUGAAAGCAGGAGAACCUAUAAAUGGAAUUAUAGGCUGAAAGCAGGAGAACCUAUAAAUGGAAUUAUAGGCUGAAAGCAGGAGAACCUAUAAAUGGGAUUAUAGGCUGAAAGCAGGAGAACCUAUAAAUGGAAUUAUAGGCUGAAAGAAGGAGAACCUAUAAAUGGGAUUAUAGGCUGAAAGCAGGAGAACCUAUAAAUGGAAGCAGGAGAACCUAUAAAUGGGAUUAUAGGCUGAAAGCAGAAGAACCUAUAGAUGGAAUUAUAGGCUGAAAGAAGAAGAACCUAUAAAUGGGAUUAUAGGCUGAAAGCAGGAGAACCUAUAAAUGGGAUUAUAGGCUGAAAGAAGAAGAAGAAGAACCUAUAAAUACAAUUACAGGUAAGUAAGAAAGAGUAGUUAAAGAAAUAGAAGUUUAGGCAACAUGCCCCAAACCAGGUUUACAGGAAAUCUAUAAGAGAAAUGAUAGGUAACAGGUAAACAUAAUAUAACAGGACAGAAAUAAACAGAACACAAUAAAGGCUUAAGGAAUUCAGGUUAGUUCGGAGCUUGUGCAGCAGUUACCAGAUAGGUGGAACAGGGUUAUCCAGGAGAGUUGCAAUUAAUAGGAAAGUUUGUAAAGUCCAGGCAGGUUAGGUCCAAAGCAAUAAGAAAUAAUUAGGAAACAAAGUCCAGUCUGAAAUAAAGCAGGUGCAUAAAUGAAUCAGGAUGGAUCAAAGGUAAUCAGAUUUAAGCAGGUUCUUAGGUAUCAGAAUGAGCCAGGAACAGAUAUUUUGUCUGUAUUAGACCAUAAACAACUAUAAAUGUAAAGGCCCUUUGGUGUGGCCUCUUAUAGCACCAUUCAGACGAUCAUCUGCUUCAGGUGUAAGAGACUGAGCUUAGACUAGUGGUUAUGGAGGCCACUAAUGGUGGAAAACGGGUCUUGGAGUAAAUAAAACAGCUGAGAAUAAAUGUUUGGUUGUCAGGAUAGGAUCCUGACACUAUUAAUCAACUAACAACUUGCCUAAUACAGCCAUGUCACCCCUGUUCACCAUAAAAUUUACAAUAAAUGUUCUAAGACAGCAGUGACACUAUGCACCAUAACCACUUAAUAAGUAUUGGAUGCAGUCCCUUCAGUUUUGAUCAAACUGUUUUAAGUGGUUUUACAAAAACUGGUUGAUCUACCAACAACGAUUAGCCUCCAACACAGUUUAGGGUGUCAUACGUAGAAGGUUCGCCUUCCUCUUUACGCAUCUAAAAUAUUUAUCUGGAUAGAUGAGAUUCUGCCAUAGUGAAUCACCAUUAACCCUAUCAGAAGCUGAAUCAACAAUGGCUCUAUGUGACAGGAGUACAGGCACCACAACCACUGCAAUAAUUCAGGGGUUAUUGUGCUUAGAGUGACUGUUCAAUGAUGCGCAAACCAUCACAAAAAUCUAAAUUUGAUUAAUUUGAAAAGGAAAAUUAAAGUACCUAAGCUACAAUCAUUCACCUAAUAUAAUAAACACAUUUUAACCAUGUUUUUGUGGUGUGGUUUUGCUCCUGAACAAGAUAACAUAACAAAUAAAACAAAACAAGUUUUUAGAGCAUUUUACUAUAUUGAAUAGGUAUCAGCUAUAAUUUUUAUUUGAAGGCCUGCACAUGAUAUGCAAGUGAAGGUGUGUUGUUUGUAUAAUAUUAAUAAUUUGACAAAAAACAUUGAAUUAUGAAAUAACAUAGUGUACUGUACGGUAUAUUGCAGGAUUUAAAAUGAUGAAUGUGUUUGGUCUGGUGGAGAAGGAAUAUGCAGCUAUGGAAGGAGUCUCCAUGGAACCCGGAACGUUCAAUAACUUCCCCUGUUAUAGACUACACAAAGACGCACUGGUUUCACAGCCUACCAAGUAUGUACCAAAAUAAGCAAGUUAUAAUGGAACUAAUUUAUGGCAAAGAAAAUUAUGUAUAUGAAAAUGAUGGAUUUAUAUAAAAUAAAUUGAUUCAUGAGAAGAGCCACCUAUAAUACAAAGUAAAAUGGGUCAUUGCCCAGUGUCCAAGCUUUCAUGGGGCCCAAAAAUGCUCGCCAUUUUUCUGCUAUCUUAAGGUUUGCUUUUCUCCCACACAGUUGAGCAUCCAACAACCUGGGUGCAAAUUUAAAAGUGAAGUCUACAUGACGUCAGUGCAAGCAAGAGGGCGGUGGCUCAUAUUAACUAAUGUUGUGGCCAUGUCCUGAUAUCAUAUAGUCAAAAACACAUUGUACCAAUACUAAGCCUCUAAUGAGACCUUAUCUAGAUAGGAAGGAUAAUCUACUGGCAUCGAGAGAGAGAUAAGGGCCAUAGUGUAAAAAGAAUGGAGGAUAAUGGAAUGACCACGCAUAAAGGGUCAAGAUAAAAGGAAUUUGACACAGAGGGAGAGAAAUAUAAGGGCUCUGGUCAUGCAGGAAGCUGGCUUAACUGGCCAGAUAUUCAGGAAGUAUUAGAUAAGAGCAUCAGCCUUCAUGGAGGGAGGGUAGGAUGACAAUAUUGUGUCUGAGAAAGGAAAACAUCACUAUUACUUGUAUAUGGCCAGGUACACGGGAAUGGUAAAAUGGCACAGAUGGAGGGUAAUUUGAGAAGGCUGUAUAUGAGAGAAUGGAAUAUUUAGGAGCUUAGCAUGGAGGGAGAAUAAGAAAGCAUAAGGGUAAGUAGCAUGGAUAAAAUAUUUUGUAAUUGGAUUCAGAUGGAGUGACAUUUCUAAAUGGAGAUUUAAUGGGGACCAUAGACGUUGUUUCAUCCCCAUUAACAUUACAGAUUUCUCUUAUGACAAGUUCACCAAACAAAAAAAACCAUCAGAUUUGUUGAAAAUAACUUGAUGAAGCCAAGGUAGAUGCAAUUGUAACAACAACAAUUGUUUAACUAGAAAUUAUGUAUGUUGCUGUUUUUGAAGUAUGAUUUAAGAUGAGAUACUAUUAUUUAAAUGUGAUCAUUUACAGAGGUUUACACAGGUACCACAGUUACAGCACUAACUACUGAGCUAUUGUUGGUUCUCAGUGUUAACAUAUAUAUAAUUGUACAACAAACACACUGUAGCAGCAGUUUGUUACUGCUUGUUAAUUUAUAAUUUUUCAUCUAUCGGAUGUGAAACCAUUAUUCUGUGUAUGUAUAUCCUAUUUUAUGUUUAACAAUGUGUAAAGAUGUAGUCUCCAAAGUAAACUUACAAAAUGUGAACUGCAUCCUUCCUGGUAAAACAUUUUAAAACUAAAUAAAUAAUUGCUGGUGGUUUUCCUAGCCAGAUGACCCAGUGAUAUAGCAGAUUCUUACUGAAAAAAAUUGGGACUGAAAAAUCCAAUGAGAAAAACAAAACCCCCCAAAAAACAGGCAGUCCACACUUUCCAAAUCAGAUUAGUCUAAGGAUAAAUUGAGGCCAUUUCCAUUUGGCAGUCCUCCCCUCAGCUCCCGUUUCUUAAAACUCUCUUAUAAAACUGGACCUUCCUAUGUCACAGAUUCAUUCAUCCAGAGGGACUACCUUCGGACUACACAAUUUCCUUCCUAUUUCGAAUACUUCCAGACACACCAAAAGAACCGUUUGCUCUGUGGGAAAUUCUAAACAAGGAUUACGAACCAUUGGUUGGCGUUAUACUUGAUAGUACGUAUUUUGUAUUUGAUAUUAGAAACAAACUUUUGGUUGUGCUAACACACUAUACUGCAGAUAAUUAUUAACAUCUCCCCACAUUUACUUAGAUUCCUAACUGACUCUUCUGAUCACAUCUUAACUCUACUGUUUUCCUGCAAUCUGCUUAUAUAGAUAAACGUUGCAACUUCUAGUCUGCCAAUGCUCAGCUAAUCAAUCCCUUGCUAUUAUUACCCACUGCGGAGUUCACUAACUGGACAACGUGGAGAAUUAACACAAGAAUCACAAAUUUAAAGUCAAAAUAAUUAACUUUGAACAAUAGCCGAGUUGGAUUAUUUUUGUAAAUACCUAUGAAAAUGGUUUGUUGUAAAAUAUCUUAAAUUCCAGAAACCACACGGCAUGAACACAUUUUGCAGACAAAACAAUGUGAUUUUGUGUCACAUUCUAAUUAAUUUUACAGGAAAAAAUACCUGUUGUCACGGAAAAAUUCCUUACCCAUAACAUCUGCUCUGUCUCGUUUAUUCUGUAAAAAUAAAAAUAACUUCAUUAAGAAAUUAUGCAAUAUUAUAUCAGUUUCCUAUUAUAUCAAUAAUUUAUAUUAGUAGCUAUUUUUUAAAAUCAGUUUAUUUAAUGAAUAUCUAUUUAUUUUAAGAAAUUUGAUUGUUAAAUUGAUCAUUUAUUUUAUACUGACUUUCUCACUCCUAUUUUGUUGUAUGUGUUUUGAUAAGGUUUUAAAUGAAUCAUAUGCGAUUGCUUAUUCUCAUUAUUUGUAUUUACCUUUAACAAUAUCUUUGUGCAGAUAGUGGAAAAACUCUAACUUACUUUAACUACGACCUUAACGCACAAUUUCAAACAAUCACUUUUGAUGGGCCCGAAAUUAGGAAAAUAUUUUACGGAAGCUUUCACAAGGUUAGUUUUCAUCCAAAACAUUUUUAUAAAUUUCACAGCAGCCAAGAAUUCUUCUUUUUGUCUUUCUCAAAAAUGUGACAUUUCAGCCAAAUAUAAACUGUCUCUUCAUGGAUUCCAAAAUUAUAUUGAUUGUUAAACCACCUCAGAUUCAAUUAACCAAUGCAGCAUUUCCAAAGAUCCGUCUGAGAUCAUUGUAACAAAACCUAAGGAAAUGGAAAAAUGUCUCAGCAAGAUACAGUCUCGAAAUAAAAUGGAAGACAAAAUAUUACAGUUCCAUUUCUGAAAUCCCAAUAUGUAUAUAUAGAUAUAAUGAUUUUCCAUCAAUGUGAUAUGAGGUAUUUUAUACAACAUUGCAAGUUCUGCUUUUAUAACUUCUAGAAAGUCGAAUACCUAAGUGUUCCAUUCGGGGUAUAUUUCGGUUUAGAUGCCACAGUUCAGAAUUUGUUAAUAAAGAAAAGCACCAAUGUGUUAAAAACAGCCACAAAUUAUUAAAAACAUCCAAACUGUUUACCUACAGGAAAAAAAAUGCAAUUUUGCUUCUUUAUAAAUCAGUGAAAUCCCAUCUUGAAAAAACAGUAUCAUUUUAGGCAGAAUUUCUCAAAAUAAACAAUAGGAAACUCAAGUAAAAAUAUUUUAAAUUUAGAAUUGCAUUUGUUUAUCCUACAAAAUGAAUGUAUUGAUACGGUGCUACAUAAAUUAUGUCACAUAAAUGCAAAGUCAACAAAUAUAGCUCUUUGAUAAACUGUUCAUUGGCAGAACUGUACAACAACCAGUGAGACUUGAGAAAAGGAGAUACCACAUUUAGUAAGAAUAAAGUAAAUAAAGCGUUCGUUCAUUUCUGAAAGAGGUUGAAAUGUGACACUGAAGAAAUGCCUUUAAUAUUGGCCAAAUCUUUGCAAUCUUGAAGUCAUUAAAGAAUCGAAUUCCCUGUUCUUGGCAGCAUUGGGUAUUAUUUUAAAUUGGGAGGGUUUCUAUCUGACUUCUUUUAAGACAAUGGCAACAACUGAGAUGUAUAGAAGGUUAAAAAUGAUAGAUUUGAGGUGUUCUUAAUUUCAUCUAAACUCUUAAGGGGUGUAUUCAUAAAACAGAUAAUCAAGGUAAAAGUGUACAGAAAAUAACUGGACCAAAUGAAGGAAUGAUGAAAAGGUUUUUUUUUCAACUUGUCUCUGUUUGACUACAUUUUGCAAUUUGAAAAUUCAGCGAUUUGUGAAUAACCCCAUGGCAAUUAUUGAUAAUAUUAUGCAUGUGUGUAUAUAGCAUCUGAUUUUUUAUGUAUUAUUGAAGGUGUGCCCAAAAGGUAGAUCCCCAGAUGUUGUAAAACGAGAAUUCCCAUGAAGCUUUGCAUGUCUUUAGAAUGCCUUUAGAAUCACAAAGUAUCAUGGAAGCUGUAGGUUUAAAACAGCUGGGGGUCUACCUUUGGGCCCCCCUGUAUUAUUGUAUAUAAUUAUUUAUCUAUAUGUUUAUUCACAUUACUCCAUUUCUUUUUUUUAAUUUCUUUUUAUUAUAUAUCCCUCCAUGAUAUUUUCUUUUUAAACAAUUGUUCUACAAAUCCCCACAAAUCCCCACUUAGCUUUCUUUUUUUUCAUAGUAUGUGUAUUCUUUAUUACUAGGGCUUUCUAACUUCAGUACAUUAGAUGUUUUUGGGGUUAUAUGUCUGUAAAUUAUUAACCUGCCGUCAUAUCGAGGUCAGAGGUGACACGUGUCUGCACUAGAUGUAUUUUAAUGAGCUGUGUAACUAUUCCAAAACAAUUAGUCUUCGUUAUUUUUUAUUGCAGGUUCACAUCGUUGUUACAGCAACCAGCACAAAACUAGUGAUUGACUGCAAACAGAUAGCAGAGAAGCCAAUAAAUACGGCGGGAAACAUUACAACGGAUGGCUUGGAAGUUCUGGGUAGAAUGGUCAGGUCGAGAGGACCAAAGGAUAACUCAGCCCCAGUAAGUGACAUUAAUGCGACAGGGGGGCAAGGAUGGAAAUAGCAUGUUCAUAUGUUGCAGCAUAAAAUGUUGCAAAACACAUUACAUAAUUGUGAAUUUAGUCACUAGUAAAAAAAUACUGCUGCCACUGAUCCUCCUCUAAGCAGUGCAUACCAGCCUGCUGCCACUGAUCCUCCUCUAAGCAGUGCAUACCAGGCUGCUGCCACUGAUCCUCCUCUAAGCAGUGCAUACCAGUCUGCUGCCACUGAUCCUCCUCUAAGCAGUGCAUACCAGUCUGCUGCCACUGAUCCUCCUCUAAGCAGUGCAUACCAGGCUGCUGCCACUGAUCCUCCUCUAAGCAGUGCAUACCAGUCUGCUGCCACUGAUCCUCCUCUAAGCAGUGCAUACCAGUCUGCUGCCACUGAUCCUCCUCUAAGCAGUGCAUACCAGGCUGCUUCCACUGAUUCUCCUCUAAGCAGUGCAUACCAGGCUGCUGCCACUGAUUCUCCUCUAAGCAGUGCAUACCAGUCUGCUGCCACUGAUCCUCCUCUAAGCACUGCAUACCAGUCUGCUGCCACUGAUCCUCCUCUAAGCAGUGCAUACCAGUCUGCUGCCACUGAUGAUCCUCCUCUAAGCAGUGCAUACCAGUCUGCUGCCACUGAGUCUGCUGCCACUGAUUCUCCUCUGAGCAGUGCAUCAAGCUGUUGCCAGAGAUCCAUACGGUUAGACUGACUGACUGUCAUCUGUAGAAUAUUCAGGGAACCCAUCAAUUCACACUGGCGGAAACACAAUUAACCAGCAACAAAACCCCCAAUAUAUUGUAUAUUAGAGGGAUAUGGCUACAGGAGUUAACCAUGCAGCAUGUAUUAAUAUGAAAUAUUAUGGGUUUUAUUUGGACAGCUUUCUGGAGAUUGCUUGAAGCUUGUUGACAUUCUGAGUACAAUAAUGCCUUUCACUGGAAAACCCACUCAAAAAAUUCCUACAAUUCAUGUUGUUUGUUGGGCAAUUAAUUUACAUGUAUUAGUUUCUGCUAUCUUUCUAACCGUGUAAGAUUCACAAUAUGUUAAAACAAGUAUGGCUGCAACCCACCGGAUAGAAAAUAAAUAAUUGAUGAUUAGAGGCAUAAUGGACAGAAGGAGCAUUGUACGUGUUUUGCUUUUUGGUAACAAUUAUUAUGAAAGUCAUUACAAAUAAAGAGAGAUUGUCAAAAAAUCAACAACCAAGAAAUGGACACAUUCCAUCAACAAGCACAACACAAUUACAGCUUCUGAAGAUUUUAUAAAGUCUAAAGACUUUAUUAUAUAGCUAGAGGAAGUCUGAUCUCCCCCUCACCCCUAUUAUUUUCUAGACUGCUGCGUAAUAUUGGCACUGCCCACUCAUUGAAAAAUGUUUUUGUCUGCUAAGAAUGGAUGGCAUCAACGGUAGUGUGAAAGGAAUACUAAAUAUAAAUACUAUCUUACUGAAACACUAUAACGUUAUUAAUACAAACCUGUAGUGCCCCUUUUACUAGUAUCAAGGACCACUUCUCACUUGCCAUAAAAGUUAAUAAAAUAAAUAAUUCACUUACCUUUUCCCAGUGCCAAGGCUCUCUCGGUGGUGCUCACCUCUCUCCGCCUCCCGUGACAUCAUAGAGGAGGCAUGACUUCUUCUGUUCAUAGUCCAAUCCAAUGUUCCUCACAGAGAAAAAAAUAAAAAUAUUUGGCAUUGACAGGAUCUACUAAAUCAGAAUACACAUGUACUGAUUAAAUAUCUAUAUUUCUUCAUUGUAUUGUAUUCAUGGCUUUUACGUUGUAUAUCUUAAAUUGUGUCUUUCUGUUUUAACUUUAGUUCCAACUACAAAUGUUUGAUAUUGUUUGCACAACAUCUUGGGCGAGUCGAGAUAAAUGCUGUGAGCUUCCUGCAUUGGUGAGAACUUAAAUUAUUUCUUAAAUUUUAACGAAAAAAGUAGUAAAAUUGGCUAAUAUAAUAGCUAAUUAACUCUCAGAGCUUCUUUACAUUGGCCCUACUACUAAAUAAUAUUUUUAUGACUGUCACACUGUGGAGUGCCAUGCAAAAGCAUCAAAUCUUGGAAUAUUGCACAGACAAAAAAAUGUCUGGAACAUUGCUAACAGUAUUUCAGAAAGUGGAAAGAAUUAUUUGGUUAUAUAAAGUUCAGUACAUGGAGUCCUGGGAAAGUAGAAAGACAGAACUUCAAUACUAAAAUAAAUAUGUUAAGUAUUAGUAACCCUUUGAUAACUAGGGCCUUGAUUUAAUAUUUAUUUAAUAUUUGUUUUCGACAAAUUAUUUAAUAUUUCUACAUAACCUUUUAAAAACGAUUUAAUGUUGUGAAAAAUAUUUAGUUUUUGUGAUUUUUAAAAAAUAUAAUGAUACAUGUUUUUAUAUUAUAUAUGUAUUUUGCUAUUUUAAGGUUUUGAAAACAAUUAUUUUGAAAGCUUAUCAAGAAAAAUUAAAUAAUUUGAAAAGCGUAUCCAACAAUAUUAAAUUGAGGCCUAUGGCAGAUUACAAAUAACUAAAGGGGUUUAAUCACAUUUGUAUGACAGCCUUGGGUAGUGAAAUAUAGUUUACUUGUCAAAUUAAAUCAAACCAAUCUGCAUUCCUGGAUUGCACGUAAACCCUUUCUGGGGAACAACAUUAAAACCUUCUGCUUCACUGAGGCUGUUUGAAGCGGUAGGGUUUUCACUUGAGUUGUGUAACUAUCCAGCCACACCAUAGGCUCAUAGUCACAGGUUUUGGUGACUCUGAGAUGCCUUUUGUGCCCACCAUGGAAGUAUGUCAAUGUUUGCAUGGUAAAAACCCAUGUCGAUAAGAAAAAACUUUCUUAAGCAGUUUCCCCUCCAGAAUCAAAUGAACCUUAUUGGAUGAGUGCCUUCAAAUGAAAAUGCACCUAUAAAUAUUCCUCCAGCCUCAAAGUUAUUCAACCUCCUGAAUAGAAUCCCUCACAACAGCACAAAUAUGCAAAACAGGUGUUGUCUCAAGAACACCUGAUGAAACUAAUCAAGGGCUUCAUUUGUUGUACCAGGUGUGCUUGAGCUGGAACACUUAAAAUACCGUAACUGGCUAGGGGUUUGUUGAGUGUCGCGUUUGAAUGCAUGUUAGAAAUAAGUCAAAAGAAUGGUCCACAAAGUUAAGAGAAAAGAUCAUAUCCCUUCACAAACAAGAAACAGGAUACAAAUAGAAUACAAAAAGAAAGUGAAGGCACUGAAUGUUCCUAGAGUAGUUACACUACCUGCAUGGAGCAGAAAAAAAUAAGCUAUCAAUGGCUGCUUUGCAUCCUGUAGCACUGGAAACAUGCAGCAUGUGGAAGGCAAGAUUGAUUAAUUAAAGUAUCAAGAUAUCCUAGGAGAAAAUGUCAUGCCGUCUGUGAGGAAGCUUAAUCUUGGGCGUCAUUGGACCUUCCAACACUACAACAAUCCCAAACAUACCUCAAAUUCCACCAGGGCUUGGUUGCAGAAGAAGUGUUGGAAUAUUCUACAGUGGCAAUGACUUGAACUCCAUAACAAACCCAAGAAUAGUAUUGAACUGGAGGCCAUUGCUCAUGAGCAAUGGGCUAAGAUUACUCAGGAAUGCUGCCAGUAGCUGGUGUCUUACUAUGCAUAUUGUUUGCAGCAGGUCAUAACAGCAAAAGGGUGCUCUACUAAGUACUAAAGAUACUUGCCAUGAAGGCGUUGAAUAAUUUUGAUAAAAAAUAAAAGUACUGAUAUUCCUGAAUGGAAUAUACAGAAAGAAGAGGGAGUCGGACUAACCCGAAGCAGCUCAAACUGGAAAAUAUAGGAAUUCACUAAAAACCUAUACAGACAAUAGCAGAGAUAGCACCAUAGACUGUGGUGCAUAGAAUCCAGGAGCUAGCUGGUGAUAAUGGCUCGAAUAAAUACUGUAUCUUUAAAAUACUGGGAUAAAACAGGAUAGAGUUAAUAUGCAGCAGAUAUGUCCAGAUAGAGUUUGUGUGGUGCAGAUAUUCUGGCAAAGUCAUUACAAGUUGCAUUUUCAGUAGAAUUUUGGGAAACCACUUGAAGCAUUCAUUGUGUUGAGCUAUUUCAUUGCUUUUGUUUAAUUUGUUCACUGCAAACAGCCGAGAGUCUGAAAAUUUUGACAAUAAACCUGAUUUUGAAUGGGGGUUGAAUAAUUUUGAUUACAACUGUGUACAUUAAAUACUUACAAUCCAUACUCCACACAUCUAUCCCUAGUUAUAUUGAGGUUGUUCCCCCCUCGAUUUGCCAUUGAAAUGAAUUAAAUAAAUGAUUUACUUACCUGUUUCCAGUGCAGAUCCUCCCUUGGGGCUGCUCACCUCUCCAUCUCCUACAAUGUCAUUGAGGAGGCAUGGUCCCCUCUCCGACGGUCCAGUCCAAUGCUUUAGGGAUGAUAGGAGUAAAGUGUAUUUGUGUUAAAUUAUUGCUUAAGAGUGAAGAUGCAUGAACACUGAAUACAAGUAACCUGACCAACUUUUUAGUUUUUCAAAAUGUACUGAUUGGCUUGUUAUAGUGGUUAAAUAUUGCACCCCCACUUUCACUCAAUCCUACUCUUUUGGGAAGGGGAGGGGGAGAGUCAUUGGAAAUCUGGGUGUUGCUCCCUGUGAGGAACCCUUCCUACCCUGGAACUUCAUCUGUCCUUAACUUCAAGAUGACAGAAUCCCACUGGUGAGCUGUUUUGUCUGGAAGCAUAGCUCAGAGGAAUCCAGUAUACAUUGUACUUAAUGGUCAUGUAUGGUAAAAACAAGGGCUUAACUUUAUAAACAUUAUGUAUCCAAAACAAGACUAAGCGCUCAUGGCAUACUAUUAAUAAACUAGUUAGGUUACAGAAUGGUAUAUCCUCCUACAUUCUGCUAUAUAUUAAUUAAAACCAAGGAAUAUGAGUUUCACCCUGUACUUUUAAGUUUUAUCAUUAUUUUGCAUGUAUGUAGAAAAAACUAAGUAUCUUGUUUCUUUUAUUUUUUUUUUUAGAGAAACGAGGAAACCUGUCCACCACUUCCCAGUACCUGCUCAUGCUCACAAGAUAGUAAAGGGAUCCAGGGACCACCAGGACCUCCGGUAUGAAGUGUCUUGCUCCUCUGUAACUGGUAGAAUCAGGAGGGUUUGAUUGUGUGUAUAGUGUAAAAUUUAUUGUGCUGUUACACAAAUUCUGCAUAGUAGAGUGUUUAUUUUUUAUCUCGAGAAGUUAUAGAGAAGAUAUCUGAUCUCGCUUGUGCCUACAAUUUCUCUCCUUUACAGGGCUCGUGGGAACUGUAUCUGACUUGAGUUGCAUUGAAUAAACUCUGAAAACCAUCAGCCCGUGUGUUUUAGCCCUAAACACAGUUACUGAAACCUAAAUCCCAACUUUUACUUUUCCAAAAGGAUCAUACCCUUUGCAGAGUGAAAUAGAUAAUAAAACAUAGAAGACUCAUAACACAAACAAUAUAAGGAUACAAAGCUUGUACAAUCAUUCACAUCAAAAUGGAAUAAUUAUGGAAUUUUGAAUCAUGGCUUGAACUACAUGAAUCUAAAAAUAUCUCAAGGAAUUUAACCAAGUACAAUGAUAUGUAUCAUUUUUUGUAUUGUUAAUGUUUUUUUUUUUUUGUUCAUUUCUAGGGUGGUGCAGGAAUGCGAGGUCCUAAGGGAUCACAAGGGGAAUCUGGACCUCCCGUAAGUCUUUUAUUCUGUGUUUUCUAUUUACAACCGUGGUGAAAGCUUUCAUGGUGUUGCUUUGUUUUUCAACCUAUGCUAGUCGCCAUCUUUUUCAACAGCUGUAUGUCAUGCUUAUCUAGUGCUCUAAUCAGCCUGGUCUAAUGAAGAAUUAUUUGUUACGUUAUAUAUAUAAAGUUGAAGUUUUAUUUAUGGUAAUAAGAGUCUAAGGGACGAGGGAGUUAUUAAAUGGAAGCAGAGUAAGUAGAGGAAAUUAGAGCAAUUACUCAGUGGAAGUCUACAAGGUAAGAAUAAGCGAGGAAGGGUAAAGCGGCUCUAUCAACCCAAACUUACCUUUCUUCUAUUUAUACCUCUUCUCUCCUCUUUCUGAAUCUGUUCUUCUUUUUUUAAUUUCCAAUAUUUUUCUCACAAAAUACAUAAGGCAAAACAGGGACUAUUUUGUGUUAUAUAUUGUUCCUCCGCUUGACAAAUCUGGACAAAACGUAAAGGAACUUAAAAGAACACUGUAGAGUCAGGAACACAAACAUGUAUUUCUGACCCUAUAGUGUUAAAAUCACUAUCUAGCCCUCCUGACUCCUCUUGCCCCUCUAAAUAUAGUAACAUUUUCUGGUGUUGGCUCUGUCCUCGAUCUGCCCCUUGGCUGACAUCAUCAGAAGUGAUGAUCUGAGCCAAUCACAAUGCUUUCCCAUAGGAAAACAUGAGAUUGGCUAAGAAUGCUAAGGAGGUGGUGCAUCAAUGCAUCUCUAUGGGGGAAGUUCAGUGUCUCUACACUCUGCAACACUGCCCCGGGGGUGGGGCCAUAAAAAUAGUGUUAUGCCGCGAUAGAGCUGCUUUAAGAGCUGAUUGGAGGAGAAGUCUUUCCUUGGCUUAUUUAAAACACCAGGAGUGUUGGUAUUUGACCGGCUCUUCAACGAUAGAUGAAAAAAUGUGGAAUGUUUGUGUAUACAUAGUGAAAAGCUGCAUGUAGUCUCAUUCUGUGUAGAAAUUAAACAUGUGUACAUUGCUACUGCUCUGGUGUGUGCCAUUCUGUGAUUGAUCUACAUGUUUAUAAUUCUGUUUUGUCAUCUGUGUUUUAUUUUAAACAGGGACCAGAAGGACCUCAAGGGCUACUGGGACCACUGGGACCUCAGGGGCCACCUGGGCCGCAAGGACCAAGUGGACAUUCCAUUCAGGGACCACCCGUAUGUUCAACAAAACGUUUAUAUUGUAUUUUAAAAUAAUAUUCAUAAAGAACUUUUGAUUUAUAUAUAUAUAUAUAUAUAUAUAUAUGUAUAUAUACAUAUAAAGGACAGUAAUAUCCAUGUUAUUUGCUAAGUUCACACAAAGCUGCUACUUUUGCUAUGUGCAUAGUAUUGACUAUCUUAACUGAAUAAUGCUAUUGAUUUUUCCGUAACGCUAGGUGCAGAGAAGCUAACUAUCAUUUAUCUUUCCAAAGUAAAAAGUAAAUUUAGUUUAUAAUGCCCCACUUUCAUUUUCCUAUGGUACACUUUAAUUUCUUCAUCCAGCAGGGAAACUACAAAUUCAUUUAGGGCCCUACGCAUCCAUUGUGCAUCUCUCUAGAGAGACUAUAAAUGACGAAUCCCUGAAAACACUUCUAGGUCAGACUGUUUUAGAUCAAAUCAAGUGUUUGAUUAUUUGUCUAUCUACUCCUUUCCAAAUUGAUUAAUUAAAUGCGUGCACGCUUUCCUAGAAAGUAAUUCACACCAGAUACAAGGUUCUGGUUCAUGAAAGACGUCAGGAAUCUUUAUUCCAAGGGGUGGGAUUCCCUUAUAAAGCAGAAAUACAUCAUAUGCAUAGUCACAGAUAACACAAAGUAUACUUUCAACAAUUGGUUAACAGUCUAAUGAGUCUUUCCUGAAACCACCCCACUGGGCGUGAUCCCAGCAUCGUCACAUGACAUUCCUUUGUAUCCCAGCAUCAUUUUAUUACACGUGGCAAGUCCUUGAGAGAGACGUUACUUGAAUAAAGGAAGCCGGGGAGGGGUUAGAAAGGGAAGCGGCUCCUUUAACACAGCGAAUCUCCAUUUUGUUACAUGAGAGUUUUGCUCGAUGGGAGUGGGGGGGAGCAGGAUGAGAGGGGUUUCCAGAGGAAAUGGUUACUAAGCACACAGAUAGGGGGAAGGGAAGCAUUUACUGAAUGGGCACACAUGGACAGAGUAAAAUAGACAUUUUAUCCAUUCAAGUAUUUUGUUCAUAACAAAGCAGCAUAGUUUUAUUUUAGCUUCCAGAGAGUGAGAAAGAGGGUGGGCUCUAUGCAGACUCCAGUGGAUAGUACCGAUGCUUGUUGCUAUCCAAGUAACUGUACUUACUGUGUGUGGGCAUUACGCCUACAUUCUCACAUAAUACUUAGAAUUCCCUUUGUUCUUUACAAUUUGUCAGAAGCAGGUUUAUGGCCAGUUUAUUUAUCUCAUUUAUAUAACACCUACUGCAUUUUCCAAAAUGAUACUGUCUGAAAUAUUGCACACUUUCUCUCCCUCUUACUUUAUAUCUUGAUGUAAUGCCCAUUUCUACUAUAUUUGAAAAGAGAGACAGAAAUAGAGUGAGAGAGAGAAUGGGAAGAUUUCACAAUGGACUUUUAUGUAAUUUUUCCCCUUCCCCUAAUCUUCUCCCCUUUUCACCCACUUACUGCACUAGCACCGUAACAUGCAUCUUUGUAUUUGCAUUGAUUAAGCUGAACUCUAUUAGUUACAUGGAAAAACAGAGGGGUUAUCUUUGCAGUAAAAGCGACAGACUUUCACCUAAGGACAGAUCGUGUGUUAGUCGGUGGGAAGUGCUGGUGUGAAGUGUUACCCCGAUUGAGCUGCAUCUUAAUUUAAUGAGAAUUUUUCUUAAAUAAAAAAGAAAAUUAAAAAGUUUAGCUUCUUCUUUAGUUCACAUUACCUUCUCUGAAAUGCAGUGUUUAUUGCUAGAUUGCCAUGAAAUGUUACUUUUAGUACCGUAUACCUGUGUCCUAAUCAAAACAUACUUUUUUCAUGCAAAAUUAAUUAUCUGAAUGGAUUGGUUGUUUUCCUGUUUUUUUGCUGAUCUAUUUGAACCAUUCCUCAACCUCCUAAAUGCAUGACAAAUCUAUAGAAAUGUUGUUUUGUGUAAUGUUUUUACGUACAGAUGACAAUAUAAUUGGUAGUAAUGACUAUUUAUGGCACCUGACAAAUAAUAUUUGUUUUGGUUUAAAUACUUGUAGGGUCCACCGGGUGCAAAAGGAGAAAAAGGUGAACCUGGGUUUCCAGGACAACAGGUAUUAAGACUUAUGAUGCAAGAUGUAAACUGAAUGGUUUAUUUAAUUAACUAACUUGUAGUGAUUUGGAAAAAAUUGACUCAACUAAAGUUGGCAUGGUUAUUUAAGCCAACCUUUUGCAAUUCAGUCUUCCGUGCCCCAGAAUUUGGACUUAAAGCGGCACUGUCAUGCCGAAUCCCGUUUUUUUUUAACCCCCCUUCCGCCUCCACUACAUCCCUAAGCCCCCCAUAUUACCUAUUUUUUAUUCUUUAUUUUCUGCCCCGAUCUUUAUUCAGAGCGCCACCAUCUUUAUGUGGGUAGAGGAAGUCCCUGUGGGACACGUCAUCUGCCCACACUACACAGACUGUGAGAUUCCCGCACAUGACCAGUGAAACACCUGGACAUGCGAACGGGAAUUUCAUGUAUUCAUUCAUCAGACGGACGAAUGAAUGAAUAGAAAUGUCAGACGAACAAACAAACACUGUGUAUCAGUGUUCGUUUAUUCAUUGAGUUUAUUACAAGGAGGGAGCUACCGGCAUGCAGCUCCCUCCUUGUAAUAUGUAAAGAUAGAAGCGGCAGGGAGCAGUGCUCCCCGCCACUUCAUAAGCCCCCCAUGUGCCCCCUCACUCUAUGGGGGUCAAUAUGACCCCCAUAGUAGCAUAAGGGAGAUUAAAAUCUCCCCAAUGCCCCUACUCGCUAUACCGUGAGUAGGGGCAUGUCCACUAAAGAGUGAGCAGCCUGUGGCUGCUCACUGUAAAAAAAAACCCUACUAUCCGGCCUCCACUCCUGAGCAGCGGGUGGGGGCCAUAAAUUACAAUGGGAGGGACGGGGACCUACUGUCCUCCCCCCCCGGCCCCCACCCUUGAGCGGCGGGUGGGGGCCAUAAUGAUAAUGAGGGGGGGGACCUACUGUCCUCCAUCCAGGCCCCCACCUCUGGGUGGCGGGUGGGGGCCAUAAUGAUAAUGGGGGGGAGGACCUACUGUCCUACCCCCAGGCCCCACCCCUGGGCGGCGGGUGGGGGCCAUAAUGAUAAUGAGGGGGGGGACCUACUGUCCUUCCCCCCAUCCCCACCCCUGGGCGGCGGGUGGGGGCCAUAAUGAUAAUGAGGGGGGAGGAUCUACUGUCCUCCCCCCCGGCCUCCACCCCUGGGCAGCGGGUGGGGGCCAUAAUGAUAAUGGGGUGACACCUACUGUCCUCCCCCCGCCCCCACCCCUGGGCGGUGGGUGGGGACCAUAAUAAUAAUGGGGUUGGACCUACUGUCCUCCCCCUCAGGUCCCCACCACUGGGCACGGCCAUAAUGAUAAUGGGGGGGGACCUACUGUCCUCCCCCUGGCCCCCAACCCUGGGCGGCGGGUGGGGGCCCUAAGUCAAAUCCCCCCCCAUCAAAGGUGACUAGGGGUCCCCAAGUCCCUAGUCACCCACCCCCCCACUCAAAUAAAAAGGCCCCUACCUUUGGAAUUUUCGCAUGCUGUGUAAAAUGACACAGAGCACUGUGAUUGGAUGGCUUGAAAUCCAUCCAAUCACAGUGCUCUGUGUCAUUUUACACAGCGUGGGAAAGUUCUUUGGAAUUUUCCUACGCUGUGUAAAAUGACAGAGCACUGUGAUUGGAUGGAUUUCAAGCCAUCCAAUCACAGUGCUCUGUGUCAUUUUACACAGCGUGGGAAAAUUCUUUUCAAUUUUCCCACGCUGUGUAAAAUGACAAAGAGCACUCUGAUUGGCUUAAACCCACCAAUCAGAGUGUUCUUAGCCUAAUUGCAGGGCAGGGCAAGGCUUUAUAAGCCUUCCCCCGCCCUGUAGAGCUCAGUCUGCGCGGAGCCCUCCAUGGGUGAAGAAGGAUUAUUUUUUUGCGCUCAGGUUUUUUCUUUUUCGUCGUUUUUUUUUUUGCACUGGGGUUUUUUUUGCGCUCGGGUAUGAUGGUUUUUUAUUUGGCCUUUUUUGGGGCUGAAAAAUGAAGAUUUUAGAAAAAAGAAGACGUCGAGUGGUAAGUUUAAUUUUACUUUACAGGUAAGUAAUUUUAUUGCCUCCUCACUAGGGUGAGGGGGUAGGUAGGGGCCUUUUUAUUUGGGUGGGGGGGUGGGUGACUAGGGGCUUGGGGUCCCCUAGUCACCUUUGAUGGUGGGGGGGAAUUUGACUUAGGGGGUGGGGGACGGGGGGGAGGACAGUAGGUGUCCCCCCUCAUUAUCAUUAUGGCCCCCAACCGCCGCCCAGGGGUCGGGGCCGGGGGGGAGGACAGUAGGUCCCCCCUAUUAUCAUUAUGGCCCCCACCUGCUGCCCAGGGGUGGGGGCGGGGGUGGAGGACAGUAGGUCCCUCCCCCAUUAUCAUUAUUGCCCCCACCCACCACCUAGGGGUGGGAUGGGGGGAAGGACAAUAGGUUCCCCCCUCAUUAUCAUUAUGGCCCCCACCCACCACCUAGGGGACAGUAGGUCCCCCACCUCAUUAUCAUUAUGGCCCCCACCCGCCACCCAGGGGUGGGGGCCAAUAGGUUUUUUGUUUUGUUUUUUUACAGUGAGCAACCACAGUAUAGUGAGUAGGGGCAGCAUUUACUAAUACUAAGUAAUUUUUACUUAGUAUUAGUAAAUGUGGCUGAAAGACCAAUUUAGGUCUUUCAGCCUUUUAGUAGAUAACUCCCUGAUACCGUGGGAAUUAGGGAGUUAUCCACUAAGCGGUUGCAAGAUGCAGCCACAGCAUGAAUUGGAUCGGAGUUUCAUUCAUUCGAAUGAAAUUCCGAUACGAACAAAGUGCCGAAUUGAGUUCUAAAAGAAACGAACAUACUGUUCUCAUUCAGUUAGAUAGCAAUUUGUCAGUUUCGUCUAAAAUGACAGGAAGCGUCAUGGGAACACAGAGGAAAGGUAAGUAUCAUGGGAAAAUUGCUCUGACCAGCGGAAAUGAACCACACUUUGCUCCUCCGCUGGUCAGAACUGGUCAAGCGGAGGAAACCUCCAUAAGGCAAAGAGUCCCUACCUUGUCUUAUGAUUUUAAAGAAAACUAAAGAAGACAGGAAGAAAAGAAGAACAGAUCCUGAAAGAGGGGGAGAAGAGGAAGAGAUUGAGGAAAGGUAAGUUCGGCAUGACAGUGCCACUUUAAGUGAAUAAAGCCCUUAAUGUUCUAGAAUGUUAUUGAAUGUUAUUUAUAUUCCUUAUUAAACAAUUUUAAAGCCACAUUAACAUCAAGUUUUGCUUUGCUUUGUAUUUGAAUGUAUUACCAAACCACAAAUCAUCUCCAUUUUUCCAGGAUCUUAUAUGGAGUUUUUGAUAGGAACACUAUAUAGUCAACUCUGUCUAAUAAUCUUUGAUGUAGUGCAGCACAGACGUUCAAUGAUGAAGGUGCUAUAGAGAUAGCACUGAGAGAGUAAUGACAUCUAAAAGAGAUGUUUGCUUCAUUAAUGUUAAGAUAACAAAUGCCUGACAACUCCUUUAAAGGGUCCUUCUAAGCACAAAAAACAACUUUAGCUUAAUGAAGCAGUUUUGGUCUUAGAUCAUGCCCUUGCAGUCUCACUGUUCAAUUCUCUGCCAUUUAGGAGUUGACUAACUUUGUUUAUAUCGCUAUACCUUUCUUGGCCAUGAUUUAUACAGUUUCGCUAAAUAUUUCCUGAAAAGUAGGUUAAACUUUUGUUAUUGCACAUUAGGUUUAAUUUAGAAAUUCUUGCCUUAUGCUCUGUUAAUUGCCUCUUGAGUGUAGUACCUAUCAAAGCAGACGAUAAAAACUUCUAAAGUAAACACACUAUGCUGGGAGGUCGAUUUGACAAUGAAACUUUUUUUUUUAUAGAGGCUGUGUGAAUCACAGCCAAGGGAGGUGUGACUACGGCUCUUUGGAUUACUAUAUCAUCACUAUAAGAUCCAUAUCAUAACCCGGAAUUUCCUCUAUUUUUUUGCCAAAAUAACUUUUUUUUUUUAAUUCUCAAAAUUUUUUAAGAUAUGUGCUGAAUUUGACAAAACAAGCACUCUAAGAUGAGAGUUACAUAUUUUAUUUUUCUUAAUAUAAAGAUUAAUUUUCCUCUGCUGUGGCUGAAAUUUCUUUUCUUCGAGUCUCAAUGGAUGUCAUUUUGACACUUGUCCAGUCCUGUUAAAGUGUUAUAUUUAGCAGAAUAAAUGGAACACCACAGUAUUACUCCAGUAAACAUUUUUAACCAGACACGAGCCAUUAGGAUAUAAAAUUAUUUCAAAUUGACUCAUAUCCAGUGCUGGAUUUACUUAACAAGCACCUAUAGGCACAAAGUUCUUAGACACUCCUCAACUACAAAAUAAGGCAGAUGAAAUAGAUUUAUUAUAUUAACUGGGAAUUGCAAUCCUAAAAACAUCUAAGAACAUGGGCCUAAGUGCAUGGGCCACCUGACGGGCCCCCUCAGUAUGUGGGCCAUGGAGCAGCCACACCGGUGGUAGUUCCACCACUGUUAGAACUUCCAGAGUGGUUAUACAGUGUGUAUCAGAUAAAGCUUCCCCUGCUCCUCCUGCAAGGCAUUUCCUGUGUAAGAGGGGAAGUGAUCCUUUCCACGUCCUGUCCCGUCUCACAAACAGACACUGGAGUUUUACACCCACUAUUACUCUGCUAUUAAGGCUGACUGGACUACAAAGGACACUCCUGGUACUUUACUCUGCUCCAUCCUGUUUAAGCUCAAAAAGGCACAUUAUACAUUUUUAAAACAAGCGCCCCCUAGUGGUCAGGUGCCUGAAGGCAGGUUCUGGCUCUUCUCAUUUCUGAGUACAAUGUGACAAGUGAAGCAGACAUUUACCAAAAUUCACAGACAAGCCUUGAGCCUUUUUUGUGGUAGAUCCCAUUAUUUCAUUUGAAGUGUGAAGAGAGGAAACAUUCCUAAUUGUACAGCGCUACGGAAUUUUGCUGGCGCUAUAAAAUAAUAAAAUAAUAAAAAUAAUAAUAAUUGACACAGGUAAUUAACAUCUGAACUUUCCACAAACCUCACAGAAUACAGUGAUUGCUGUACACCUGGAAUUCUAGGGAACAAUAAAACAAUGCAUUCACACAUCUGUCUGACAUCCUGCCCACAUCUGGGAUAAUGGAUUUCUACUUAUUAUCUAAACCGUGCCCAAAGGGUAAAAAAAAAAAAUCCCACCUUGUAUUAUAUUGCUUGAGCAAUUGUACUCUUUCUUCAAAAUAGGUUUACCAUACUCUAAAAUUAGACGUUUGUGAAAUGCACAUAAUGGUGGGCUCAUUGUGAAGCCUCGGUGUAAUACUGCAGUUUACAGAAUAGAAACCUGUAUUAUAUCAAUACUCCUGGAAGCAUACAUGAGGCUGCCUGAACAAUCUAUAGCCAGCAGCGUGGGAGGCCUGUCAGGGCUUGUGUAUUAAGUAUCCUCUCAUCUCUGUAGGUUAAAUUCAAUGCUUUCUAUAACCUGAGACUGUUUGCGUUCUUCGCAGGGUAUUACGGGAGCAUCAGGAUCUCCAGGGCGUGAUGGAGAAACGGGACCGAGGGUAAGAUGUAGCAACAUAAUCAAAGCACAAAAUUGUUACACAUAUGGUCUGUCUAAUCUGUCGUGUGUUAAGAAUAUCAGUUGAUCUGCAAAGUCUGAGUUUCUUUGGAUUCAGAGGAGAUUUACAAGGCUGCAGAAUAUACUUGCUCUUUAAAUCGCAAUAAAUGUUUUUGUAAACCAUGAGAGUUCAUAAACUGAUCUGAAAGAUUAGUAAAUCAAGUUAAAGGGUAACUUUCACUUCCACCAAUGAAUAAAACAUUGGAAAUCACAAAUAGCCUGUGUUAAAGGGUCAGUUUAUGCAGCAUAAGGCAUCAUAACAACUUCAUCUAAAUGAAGUUGUUAUGGUGCCAUUAGAACCCCAGGCUCACUCCAACCUCAAGGAGUUAAACAUUUCUUCAUUUAACCCCAAAGUUGCUUCCAUCUCCGAGAGCUGAGAUUUGUCGUUUGCAUGCAUUUUACUGUGUGUUCUACAUUGUCGGUUGGUUGUAAUGCCAGCUCAUUUUGACUUUUUUCUGACCUCCAGAAUGGAUUAAUUGGUUUUCAAUGCAUUCACAUGGGAAACCACGUUUCGGUUUACAAAUUUUUAGCAAUACAAUACGUCCCGGAGAAUGCAUUAAAUUCGUAAACCGAGGUACCACUGUAAAUGUAAAAAAGAGAAACAGGCGUCUGCUAACAAGCUCCCAGGAACACCACUUAGUGGGGAAAAAACGAAAUCUGCUCACCUAAUAGUGUAAAAACCGAUCAAAUAUGUAUUAAUCUAAUUAAAAAGUAUUGCAAAAACAACUCACAGACAAAAACCAAAAAAGAAAAAAACAUGAAAGCAAAUCACCUAACGCAUUUUGUGCACUUUUUCAAACUCACCUUUCGUAACCAAAGAAACUAAAAUUUUAGAGAAUGUGCUGCGGCUGAGUAUGCGUUAAAUCUACCUACACUAAAGAUAUUAGGUCAUUGUAAUUCCAGUCAAUAAGGUCCGAUUCUGGGGCACUGGACAUCGAUUCGUCUUUUGGCCAGAUCUCUAUUAUUAUGCCCCCUUGUGUUAGUACUGUGUAAGGCUGAUAGAGUGCCAAGAUAUGACAUCAUACACUGUCUCUGUUAACCCAGAAGAAACACAAAGUGGUAUUUAAAGGGAGAGCAACUCAAUCAGAAGUGACAUAUUUGUUGGUUCGGGCUUAAUAUAUAGAUAUAUACCGGGUGUACUUGGUGAUCCAGGACUAUUAAGAAAUGGGAUUGAGGUAAACAUUGGUUUCAGUGAAGAAGUUGCAAAUAAGGAUUUCAGAAAAGUCUAAAAAAAAGCCUUAGGAAGAAGAGUUGUUUUUUCGGGUCAGAAUCUGCUGCUUUAAUAUUUUGCAAGCCAUCAAUUAACGCCCGGUAAGAGAGCUCAGUGGGCUAAGGCAUCAACACGUGAUUCUGGUCAAAUCCAGGCAGGGUCAACUCAGCCCUUCAUCCUUCCGAGGUAGAUAAAAUAAGUACCAUUAAAUUGAGCAAUUGUAACAUCCCCAGGAUGUGGGGCAAAAGUAACAUCCCUAGGACGUAGUUGAAAACCAGAGCAAUCUGAAUGUACCUUUCCUGGUUAAAAACAUUGUUAUUAUGAAUUAUUUUGUGAAAUAAAAUAAUUAAACCGAAUACAACUGACAUUGAGUUGAGCUUUUGACUUUAUGAUAUUAACAUACAUUUAUAACUACACAUGUUUCCAUGAUACAUUCACUUUAAGUAUUCCAGUUACGUAGCAAAUCAUCUUAUCUGCUCCUAUUCAGCCCACGCCAUCCGAGGGCUGCCUCUUAUUUAUUUGACAAUCAAUCCCUCUAGAUAGCUCAGCUGUGCUGUUUAUGACGUUUUCUAAACACUUUGAAUUCUGUUUCAACCUAAAAUUGUAGACACCAUGCCAAACACUGAUUAGUGCUUGUAGGAAUGUAUAAAAAGUAGACACAUAUGUUAAGUCUUUACUGUCUUGUAAACAUACCAAUAUACUUGUUUUAACCCUCUUUGUGCUGGACACAGUACUUUCGGAGCUUUCAAUUCCAUCAUAUCACUGUACAUAUCUCCAUUGAACCAUCGUUGUCCAACCAAAAACCUGGCGUCUGGAUGUGACCCCACCAGGAUGGUUGUAGCAUUUCUGCUGUAUAAGGUCAUUCAUUAAAUAGCAUCCAUUAUCCUAAGUAAACUCCUAGCUGGCAUUCAAUUAUUGAACCACAAUUAUGUACCAGAAUACAGUUAAACCACAUAAGUGGCAGACAGUGAGGAACAAAUUGACUUAAAUAUAUCCCCUCUGGCUAACAUAUAUACUGUACAUUCCAAGGUGGAGAUUACCUCUUUACUAAUACAGUAUGAAAAGAAUACAUUACAUAUAUACAAAUACAUAAUUUAAACAUAAAAUAGAUAAAAGUAAAAAAAAAGGGGGAGGGGGAGGGGCCUAGCACAGCCACAGCUCAGAUACCAUAUUUCACAGCUCUGUGACCAAACUCACUAAUUCAACAAAAACUUACCGGCUGAAAACACCCUAAGAGUGUUUGUCUCAAGUGGGGGAACUCCUGCAGAUCCCACUCAUGCCCUUCCAAUUCAGAGCGCCAUCCUAUAAGAUCCGAAGGAGGCUUAGACCAGGAAGCCUAAAGGCCGCAACUAACCACGCCAAGCUGCUCGCUGACUGGCGCGAAUGCAUACCUCCCUACCUGAGCGCCCCCAACACUGUAACUAUGGGUCGGAAGACUCAGAAACCACACAUGGCACCACCUCAAGAGGCGAGAGAUAUUGGGGCACUUCUCAAAUGAACAAGAUCCAGACCGGCGGAACAUUCAGCUCAUUCUGCCAACAGGGAGGCCUCUGAUGAGGAUGAAGGGAGUGUGAUGGAGUUCAGACCUGAAAGCAGUCAGCCCUCUACUUUGGCCGCAACAAGUGAGACCCACAGGCUGACACCAGCGACUAAACAGGACAUCUCAGACCUAUAUGACAGAAUCAGACUGUUAUUUGAUGCUGACAUUGCCCUGGUAAAAACUGUGGUCCAAGCAGUCAGACUGCAUCCAGGCCACUGAGGAAGAUGUGAAUGAUCUCAAGUAAGACCUGGCAGCACUGGGAGACACUGUUAAACAAAUGCAAACCUCACACUCCUUCCUGACCCACAGAGUGGACACUCUGGAAGACAGAAGCUGGCGACAAAACAUCAAAAUCCGUGGGGUAUCUGAUGCAGUGUCCACAGAGAAAUUGCCACACUUUCUUAGACGGCUGAUAUCCACAGUACUACCUGCCAGACAGGCUAAACUACUCCUACUAGAUGGGAUCUAUAGGGUCAACAGAUCUCCUCGUUCCCCUGCAAGCUUGCCAAGAGACAUUAUACUUAAAUGUCAAUCCUUUGCAGACAAGCAAAGGCACAUAAAAGCUCUCCAGGACAAGGCCCCUCUGGACUUUGAAGCUCACCAUCUCACUUUCUUUCAAGAUGUCAACCGGUCUACACUGUUAUGGAGAAAGGCUAUGCAGCCAAUAACAAAGAAGCUGCAAGAAGCUGGAGUGACAUAUCGCUGGUCUGCAUCCCGCACACUGCUGGUCCUCAGUGAGGAGAAGACAUACACAGCAGCAUCUCCACCAGACACCUCCACUUUCCUCGCAACACUUGGCCUUUUGGGGGGCGUAGAAGCUCCAGCAAGAACACCGACCACUCAUCAGUGGGAUGUCUCUAAUGUAACACCCUUUGUACCAUUCAGGGUCCAGGACUCAGUGACUUAGACUUUGAACUAGAGGCACUAACUUAGUGCACUUAAACAUAAUUGGCAUCACGGUUAUAAAUACCACUGAACCACACAAAAGUGGUAUCCCACAGAAUGGGCUGUAGCUUACGUUUAAAAUCUAGUUUAUAGUUUCAAAUAGUGUUUUCUGGUUUCUUGUGAGUUUAGUUUAGAAGUAGUAUGGAAGGACACACAGAGAACUACCACAAUCCUGAUACCUCCCCCCUGACUCAUAUUUUGCCUUGUAUUAUAUAAUGCAUUAACCACUCAAUAAAAUGAAUUAAAAAAUUAAAAGAAUUUAAAAAAAAAUAACAAAAAGGAUAUCAUGUCUGCAUUCUGCUGUGAGUGAGCCCUCAAUACAACCAAUCUUGGACUUUCCAUAGCUUGCUUCAAUUUGUCUUCCGCUCUCUCCUUGCUACUGAAACUGGCCUUACCAAAGUGACUAAUGACUCAAUCUCUGACACACAUAAUGGUCAUUAAACAAAAUCUUUCUAAAAUUGAGCGCCUCAUCUUUUCUCAGAUCAAUUAGUACACCUUUGUCUACCUACACCUCAAUAGGACACCAAUUACACUAACCCCUCUAGCUCAUUGACUAACAGUUACUUUUGACUCAGGUCUUACCUUUCCCUUUCUCCUCACAUCCAGUCUGUCACCAAAUCCUGUAACCUCCACCUUACAAAUAUUGCCCAUAUUCAAUCUUUUCUAACUCAAGAUACAACUAAGGCACUUGUUCAUGCACUCAUUAUUACCCAACUUGACUGUUGCAACCAACUACUCAUCGGCCUUCCAAACACCCACAUUGCCCCUUGUCAGUCUGUAAAAAAUGCUUCCACCAGGCUCAUCUUCCCGACUAACUUCUACUCUGACCCCUCACCUAAUUGCCAAUCAUUACAUUAAUUUCCUGUACCCUUUGGCAUCCAAUUUAAAUUCAAACCUACAAAGCCCUCAGUAACUCCAUUCCUCGCUAAAUUUGCUCUUUCCUCAACAAAUAUAGCACUUUUCUUUCCAUUUGCUCAGUGAGCAACUUUCCGUAUGACUGCUUGUUCCCGCAAUGCCACCUCUCAUUUGCAGGAUUUUUUUGAAGGCUGCCCCUUUCCUAUGGAACUCCCUACUGCAUGCCAACUCUCCUUUAGCCUCAAGUCCUUUAAAGGACAGUGUAGCCACCCACAUGGGCAUCCACAGGGAAGGACAAGGGAGGCCUUUUAAAUAAUUUUCCCUUGGACUGUGACAGCUUGUGUGUCAGUUCAAGGGAAAGAAAUAGGGAGGUGCUGGGGGCUGGAGGGAGGUGCUGGGGGCUGGUGCGGCCACAUUUAGGCUGCCAGGGGGCCGGAGGGAGCACUGUGAGGCUAUCUUCUGAAUCCCCAGCAAUUCGGUGCCUUUAUGCUCUGCCCUUUAUGCUCUGUGUGUGUGCCUGCUAGUGAGCUUAUAUGUGUGUGUGUGUGUCAGUGAGCUUGUCUGUAAGUGAGUAUGUGUGUGUGUCAGUGAGUUUGUAGUGAACAUGUCUGUCAGUUAGCUUGUCUGCAGUGAGCUUGUCUGUGUGUGCCAGUGAGUGUGUCUGUAGUGAGCAAGUGUGUCAGUGAGCAUUCCUGUAAGUGAGCAUGUGUGUGUGACAGUGAUCUUGUCUCUAAGUUAGCAUGUGUGUGUCAGUGAGCUUGUCUGUAGUGAGCAUGAGUAUGUGUAUCAGUGAGCUUACGGGUAAGCGAGCUUGUCUGUAAGUGUGCUUGUGUGUGUUGGUGAGCUUUCCUACAGUGAGAAUGUGUGUGUAAGCUUGUCUGUAGCAACUGUGUGUGACAAUGAGCUUGUCUGUAGGUGAACUUGUGAGUGUGUGUGUGUGUCAGUGAGCUUUUCUGUAGUGACCAUGUGUGUGUGUCAGUGAGCUUGUCUGUAAGUAUGCUUGUGUGUGUUGGUGAGCUUUUCUGCAGCGAGCAUGUGUGUUUGAGCUUGUCUGUAGUGAUCAUGCGUGUGUGACAAUGAGCUUGUCUGUAGUGAACUUGUGUGUGUGUGUGUGUGUGUCAGUGAGCUUUUCUGUAGUGAGCAUGUGUGUCAGUGAGCUUGUCUGUAGUGAGUGUCAGUGAGCAUGUGUAUGUGUCAGUGAGCUUGUCUGUUAUGAGCUGUGUGUAUGUCAGUGAGUUUGUCUGUAGUGAUCAUGCGUGUGUAUGUCAGUGAGCUUUUCUGUAGGGAGCAUGUGUGUGUCAGUGAGAUUAUGUGUAUGCGAGCUUGUCUGUAAGUAUCAUGCGUGUGAUCAUGCAUGUGUAUGUCAGCUAGCUUUUCUGUAGUAAGCAUGUGUGUGUCAGUGAGCGUGUCAGUCAGCUUCUCUGUAAGUAAGCUUGUAUGUGUCACUGAGUUUGUCUGUAGUGAGCAUGUGUGUCAGCGAGAUUUUCUGUAGUGGGCUUGUCUGUAGUGAGCAUGUGUGUCAGUGAGGUUGUCUGUAGUAAGCAUGUUCUGUGUGUCAGUGAGCUUGGCUGUGGUGAGCAUGUUUGUGUCAAUCAGUGAGUUUGUAGUGAGCAUGUGUGUGUCAAUGAGCUUGUCUGUAGUGAGCAUGUGUAUAUGUGUCAGUGAGCUUGUCUGUAAGUGAACUUGUGUGUGUUGGUGAGCUUUUCUGUAGUGAGCAUGUGUGUGUGAGCUUGCCAGUAGUGAUCAUGUGUGUGUGUGUGACAAUGAGCUUGUCUGUAGUGAACUAUUUAUUAUGAAUUAUGAAUCAGGCUAAUAAUGGCCAGGAAUUCUUCUACUGAAAGCUGUGCAUGGUUUGGUAGAACUGGAUGCUAGCUUCAUUCAUGAAAAAAUAUUUAUUUGCACAAGGUGGUAAAAACCAUGGACUGGCUUCUUUUAUUUCUCAUGUGGCUUCUUACAUGUUUUUGAUGAAUGAAGUUGUCAUAGAAAGCUGACGCAUCUAUUCGUGAAUUUAACAACUGUACAACAGCAAAAUAGGAAAUGCCACAUUUAAGGACGGUAGGACUGAAGCUAUGACAUAUAGGCAAUAAUACAUCAAAAACUGGAUUACAUUUAAAAUGUAUCUUCUCUGUCUUUAAACCUUUUCUCAUAUCUAAAACAACUUUUCUCCACCAUUGUCUUUACAAACAUUCUCCAAAUGUAUUCUCUCUCAAUUCUAUCCAGUCUAAGACAUGGAUGGCUGUGCUGCCAUCUACUGGUGAACAUGCAAUUUUAUAUGACAAGUAAAUCUACUAGUUACAUUUAUAUAAGUUACUUAUUUAAAGGGAUACUGAAUUGCUUGAUAUGUGAAGAUUAUUUUCAUUUUACAAAUAUUUUUUAAAAGGAACUGGCACUUUUACAAAUUAAACUUCUUACACCCCUGGCUGUCAAUCAGACAACCGGUUAUGUUGCUUCCUGGUUUGGUUAGCUCAGUGAAGCUAAACUCAAACGGCAGCAAUUGCUCAUAGAAUCCUGCCUUGCAAAGACUUCUCAUUGAGCUGCACUGGGAAGUCUGUGAUUGGACAGCCACAAAAAGUCUGGGCGGGGUUAGAACAGGAGGGCUUGCAAAGGCUGCAGACAAGAGAUCUGCAGCUUUUGACAGCUGUUUUUAGAUAUAACUCCAAUGAAAAGAUGUGUAAUUAAAGACUUGCUUGUUUUUGUUGGGGGUGUUUCUGCUAAUCAGAUUUAUUUUGUAUUUGGGCAGUGGAGUGUCCCGUUAAUUAGAAAGUUCUUAUGCAAUGACUAAUGACUUGUUUUUUGUUUGUUUGUUUGUUUUUUUCCUUCUUCAUACAGGGAAUGAUAGGAAAAGAUGGCUCUACUGGCCCUUCAGGACCACCAGGUCCAAUGGUAGGUUUUUUGUUUUAUAUAUAUAUAUUGUUACAUUUGGUUGUUAGGAAUUAAAUGGCUAUAUCCAAAGUAGCUUUCAAAACCUGGAAAUAUUGUUCUGGAAAUGUUGUCUUCAUUCCUUUCCUUAUGCCCCUUGUACUAUAAUGAUUAUGCCAUGUGCCUUUAAUUAUAUGUAUUAUCUUUUUUUCCUUUCACUAUAUCCUAAUACCUAGAUGCCUUUUGUUCUAAUCUGCCCAUGAAGUCUGCAGCUUGCCCUUCUGUGGUAUUCUUUUCACAGAUGGAUUGUUGGUAAAUUAGCUUAGCAACUGAAAUGGAACUUUGCUUAAAGGGAACCUAUAGUCCUGAAAAUAACAAUCGUUAUAAGAUUCUCUUCUGUCCACUCCCCUUUGGCCUCUAAAAAUUGACUUAAAUAGAUUUUACUUACUUCAUUUCCUGUGCUGGAACUCCUCCCCUGCAGCCUCCAGCUCCGCCUCCGGUGAUGUCAGCAAGCAUGCUGAUAUCACCCGCUAUCUCGUCAAAUCCAAUGUUUCUCUAUGAGAGACAUUGGAUUAGAGAGUCCAUGCGCGGCAAAAUCAUUCACUCCUCCAAUCAAAUGCUGCUACCAGCAGCAUUUUAUUCCCACACAGUGUAAUAGCCACAAGAGAAGGAUUUACCUGUACAAUAUAAAUAUUACCAUUUCUACAAAGCAGCAAUGUUUUACAUUCCAGUGUUCACAUAACCAGAUCACUGUACCCAGACGUCUUCACUGAGAUAAAGUGUCUGGGUGACUACAAUAGUCUUAUUGAGUUCAUUGCCAAAAUUCCCCUAUAGAGUACACUUCCUGUGAGAAAAAAAAAGUCUAAGGUGCAUUUUAAAAAUAAAACCAAGAAAAAAUAGAGCGGCAAAAAAAUUAUCAAACUAUAAAUAGGAUAAACUGCAAAGUAACAGAGCCAUUUCAAGGGCAAGGAAAUGGGAAUCUUGAAAAAUCUCAGAAAAUGCGUUGGUUUAUUUGCCAAAAGUCAGUAGACACACGCUAACACCGGCGGAGUAUAACAGAAGAGGACGUGGCACCUGCUUAAUGCAGUGCUUAUCGAAAAUUUCUAUUCUGCCACAAAUCUGUUUUCCAAUAAUGUAACAGAACAUGGAAAUCAGAUUCCAAACAACUGCUUUUACUGUUAUAGGUGCCAAUCCCAACUGUGCUAUUCGGACUAAUGAAGAAGCAUUAGACUGAGCAGCAAUGGGCAGCUGUGAUUGGCUGAGAGUGUACACUUUCAGCAUAUCACAGUGCCCUUUCAGACAUGAAUCUGUAUAGCUAGAAGGAAGUGUGUAAUCUCUUAGCCACACCUUCAGUGGUAGCCACUUCAAUGAGAUAAAGUGGUUAUAGAGCCUACAUUGUCUAUUUAAAUGUAAACUUUAGAACCAUUCUACCCAGGCAGUUGUGAGCUGUUGCAGUCACAAUAUCACAUUUGUUUUACAUUGAAGGGUUAAAACGACAGGGCCACUGCACCCAGACCCCUUCAUUGAGUGGUCCUUUAAAGAUACAUUUUGUUGGAGUUUCUAGGUUUCGUUUUUCAGACCAGAGGGAUAAAAAUCUGAGGAGGUACCUCUGAGAACCAGUAUAUUGUCCCAAAGAUGUUACAUUCAGCUAUCCAGCUGUUUGAAAAAUACAGGAGAACUUUAGUAUAAUUUUAUUAAUUGUAUCCUUCCUAUACUUCUUAAAGAGUAUUCCAGUUGUGGAUAAUACUACACUAGAGCCCUGUUUGUUAAUGAGCAGUACUAUUUAGCAUAUAUUUUUUUUUAUAGGAUUAGAUCCUGUUAAGUAAAAUGACGUGGACAAGUGUUUACCAUUUUUGACAUGCAGCCCAUUUGGUAGCUACGUGAACCAGCGUGCCACCAACAUCUCUGUAGCUGUCAUUAGAGCAUAAAGGUUUCGCAUUGAUGAACAUGGUACAGUAUAUAUUAAAUGAAACACAGACUUACUCGUAAUACUCUUUCCAUUUGCAGGGCAUACCAGGAAAUCCAGGUUCUCCGGGUGUCCCAGGAGGUGCAGGGAGACAGGGUGAAAGUGGACCUCCUGUAAGUAUGAUAAAUGUUCUGAUACUCCUGGUUUGUCUGUAAAUCAUACUCACUGUUAUCUAUCAUAAAAAGGAAUCAUCCUUAAUAUCACAUUCUACAAAUGUGUUGGAAAAUAAGUUUGGAAUGUUUUCAUAAAACAUUAGUAACUGCACACUUCAUAUAUAUCGAGGAAUUUCGGAAUGUAUCUUGCCCUUAAUCGGGCAUCUAUAAACUCUGUUGGUUAACACACUAACUGAUUUUUAGGUAGAAAUAUAAACUGUGACAGUAAAUUCAAACCAAUAGUGUUAUCAAUUAUUCCCAAUUUCCCUAUAUGAAAGCUCAGACUUAUUUUAAUCAUUACUGUUUUGGGAUAACUCUAUACAUAUUCCAAACAUUAUUCAAAGUCAUGAAUUCCUUUAUGAAAUUAUCUUUUAACAUCCUCACUAGAAGGCUAUUCCAAGUAUCUACCUCCCCUGUAUAAACAUUUCAACUUUUUUUUUAAAUUUGUAUAAUUUUAAAUUUCUUGGGUUAUUUGCAAAAGUUUUAGGCCUCAAUAGUAACAUAAUAAUAACAAUUUAUUUUUCCCAAAUUUGCUGUGUUGUCAGUUUCGCUAUUUGGCCUAACAUUUUGAAUUAAUUUUUAAUUUCAUUCUUUGGAAUCCAGACAAUGUACACUUUAGUUUAUAUCCAUAUUUAUCUUAACCAAUUUACAAAACUUCGAGAUAUCAUAACACUACACUAUGAGGGAAAAAGAAGAACUGGGAAAAAACGAAAGAAAUACAGAAAUAAAUAUGUAUAAUUUAAAAAAACAUAAUAUUCACCAUAUGGACAGUAGAACGAGAUGCAAUUCAUUCCAUAAAAUACAACGGUACAGGAAGGCCUUCUUUACACAUAAGACAUGCUGUGGAAGUAUAUAUCUCUGUUGUUAUAUAUUGAGUAUAUCUCUAUAUUUCUUUAGUCUGUUAGUCACUCGGUAUAAGGCCUAGACUCUUGUCCUGUAAGUGUGAAUCACACGAUGACAAAACAAUCACAGAAAGCUUUACUUUAUAUUCUUUUUGUAAACGUUCUAUUUUUUUUAAAGUAAAAAAAUUUGCAUUCUUAUACUGUUCACAGGGUCUGCACUAUUCUUAGCUUUUUUUUUCUAUUCUCCAGUUACCACAUUAUGAAUAUUAAAACAUAAUGACGUUCUAUUAAUUUUUGUAAUAUCAUUUUAUUGACAUUGUAAUUCAGGGUGUGAAAAAAAGAAAAGGGACAAUAUUUCAGAAAAUUGUUAAAAUACAAUACGUAUCCUCCUGAGACCCAGCCCGUCAACUUGUGUCCUCCGUACUGGACAUUUCGUUCACAUGAAUCUCCUUUUAUUCUUUUGAGCUACUCUAUCAAUCCCUGCUGUAUUGUAGAGAGGACAUCCUGGGCUUUUUCAGUGAUAUGUCAUGUGAUAGGCUGGGAUGCUGGGAACGUCUUCUUCCUUUUCAUCAGAAAUGGAUGGUAUAUUGGAAGACAAUUCUUCCUUUGGUUCCAAGGAGGGUAUUAGAGAAAAUUGCAUACACUACAAUAUGUGAAAUAUUCCCAAUACUAUAGUGUUCCUAUGCCUCUCUCCCCCUCACUGUGGAAUAAAUGGUUACAAAACCUUCUAUUUACUUACUGAUUCCAGCGCAUAGCUCCCAUGGCACUGGAUCGCUCUCAGCCUUUUCCUGAAGUUGGCAAUGGCAGGGGCGGGGGCAGGACCUAAUGGCCAUAUACGCAUUAGGCCUUCCCCAUGGGAAGGCAUUUACUCAAUGUUUUCCUAUGUGAAUUUGCAAGACACUGGAUGUCCUCAUGCAAAGCGUCCUGGUAGACAGCCACUAGAGGCAUAGACACAAAAGGAAUAGAGAGUCGGCUGUGUAUAAUCUAGCCACUAGAGGCAGUCUUAACCCUGCAAUGUAAACAUUGCAGUUGGUCUGAAAAUGCAAUCUUUUCACUAGCAGGUCUAAGGGGACAGGGACACUGCACACAGACCACUUCAAUGAGAUUAAGUGGUCUGGGUGCAUAUAGUGUCCCUUAAAGGACAUUUUGAAGGUGAAUAUAAAAUGUGAUUAUCAUUUGGAUAUUUUUACAGUCUAUAACUUGGGUUUGUCCCCAACAUCAUCAUCCACACAUGACUGUUUCGAUUUAUACUCAGUCCACAAUACGCAAAGAUAUAGAAACGAAAUAUUCUUAAAAAUUCCAAAUUCUUUAGGGAUUAAAGGAACACUAUAGCAUUGGAUUGGCAAAGAUAUUCUGCUAUUUAAUGAACGCGACAUACUUUUUUUUCCUUUUAUUUAGCUUAACUCAAAACAGUUUGUGACCUUCUUAAUAUGUACAACCUACAGAAGAAUCUAUUAACCCCUUAAGGACACAACUUAUGGAAUAAAAGGGAAUCAUGACGGAAUAUUUCCAUCAUGUGUCCUUAAUGGGUUAAACCUUUGCCCUUUUUUGAUGUCUCUUUCACCCCGUUUCUUGCCUGGGAUUUACCUUUUGUUAUUGUAAGUUAGUUUUUCACCAACAAUAACUAACUAAACAUCAGUUUAAUGCAAUAUAUUUUCCCAAAGUCACAAGCAGUAGAACUGUCAUCACAAAUAUGCCCUCUCCAGGCCCGGACUGGCCAUCGGGCACACCGGGCAAAUGCCCGGUGGGCCGCGGUGGCCAUGGGCCGAGGCCGGCAGGGGAGAUCACAGGAUCUCCCCUGCCGGUCUAUGCCGGGCCGGCACUAUGCGAGCGCCGGCCCCGCUGUCUUCCACGGAGGGCCGGUGGGGAGAUCAAAGAGCUCCCUCACCGACCCAUUUAAAUAGACCUGCGGCUGGGGAGGGAGAGGACCCGGCGGAGCUCUAUCUUGCAGCUCCGCCGGGUUCCUCUCGCGAGAUCCGGCGCGUUGCCAUGGCAACGACCGGAUCUCGCGAGAGUGAACUCUAGCCCGCAGGCUAGAGUUCACUCACCACUGGACCACCAGGGAUGAUGUGAGUGUGCCGGUCCCCCCUCCUCCCAGCUACCACCAUGCCGGUCCCCCCUCCCCUUAGUUUUUUAUUUACCCCCCCAACACACAUUUAUACACAACACUCUUGCACACAUCACACACAACACUCUCGCACACAUCACACACAACACUCUCGCACACAUCACACACCACACUCUCGCACACACCACACUCUCGCACACACCACACUCUCGCACUCAUCGCACUCAUCACACUCAUGCACUCAUCACACUCUCGCACUCAUCACACUCUCGCACUCAUCACACUCUCGCACUCAUCACACUCUCGCACACACCACACUCUCGCACACACCACACUCUCACACUCAUCGCACUCAUCACACUCUCGCACUCAUCACACUCUCGCACUCAUCACACUCAGCACACACAGCACACACAGCACUCUCACACACAUCAUACACAGCACUCUCACACACAUCACACUCUGCACUCACACACACAUCAUACACAGCACCCACACAUACAGCACCCUCACACACACAGCACCCACACCUCACACACAGGAUCCAUCACACACACAUACAACCCCCCGAUACACUGCCUAACACACAUACACAAUACUUCCAAACAUAUUUAUAUAAUAUAUAUACACACAUAUAAAUAUACACACAAAGCACCCCUCACACACACACACACAGCACCCCUCACACACACACACAGCACCCCUCACACACACACAGCACCCCUAAACACAUUUCAUUCCAGACACACAUUAGAUCCUCUACCCAACUCUGGAUCAUCUACACACAUACACACACUAGAUCCCUAUAUACACUCUGAAUCCAUUAUAUACGCACGCUCACUAGAUCUCCUAUACAUAUUCUGGGUCCUUCAAACACACACACUCUGGAUCCCCUAUACGCACACUAGAUUCCUUGUAAGCAAACACAUACUACAUUCCCUGAACACACACUACAUCACCUACACACACACUAUAGCCUGUAUACACACACACUUGCUACAUCCCCUAAACACACACUCUAAAGCCCCUAGCCACAUAUGCAUUACAUUACACCACAAACACAACACGACUAAAACCGACCUUAUUACACAAUACCACACCACAACCAGCUCACUCUACACACACGCAAUACCCCAAGCAGGCUCCAAAACACAUGCACAAUACUCUUUCCUGGCCCUUUUGUCUCCUGGUAUCCAUUUAUAGAGACACCAGAGACAAGUUGCAAGUAAACACAGUGCAAGCAUGUUAUUACAUUUGCUUGCACUGUACAGAACAAAUACAGGGCUUUUUUCUCAUGCUAGAGCUCUUCAGCAGAACUCUGUGCAUGGUCUGCCCUGGAAGAGCAUUGAACCAACAUGCUCACUUUGAGAGGGGGCGUGUUUGUCAUGAGUGAUGACAAAACACACCCUCUCUGCCCCGCCCCCUUCUUAGUGGGCCGCUGUGAUAAAAAAAUGCCCGGGCCGAAUUUUUUUCCCAGUCCGGCCCUGGCCCUCUCUAUACAGACACACAAAGCACACAGCCUGAAGUAGCAAUAAAAUUAUUUCUUUCAGUAACUUUUACAGAUUUGUCGUCCACAGGCCCAAGUUAAACUGCAGAAAGUUGUUUAUAUUUCCUUUUCAGACAUGUUUUUCAAUAAAACCAUUUUGCUGUGGGCACAGAACUUCCUUUAAGUUAAGUUAUUAAAAAACGGAACAUAAAAAUGGCUCUGUUUUCCCAGCUUUUUGUGAGACUGUGUGGAAAACCUGAACAAAUAUCCGAUAGCUGGUGAUAUAGGGUGAAAUAUUCCAUGCCAGGAAAUUGCCGUCACUAAAACUCUGCUGUUCAGUUUCCUUUGGAAAUAAUGCAGGGAGUUUCGUAUACAAUCCUUUACUUCAGCUGUCAAAGCUAGCCUUACAGAAACCCAUUGUAUUGCAGAACCUUAGCAGUAGGAUAAAUCAGCAAUUAUUUUAGUACUUUAUCGGGCAAACAAUUAUUAGAUACAAUAAGUGUAAAAUAUGGCUCUAUUUAAGCAUUAACGUAAUUGUUUUACAACAUGUAGAUAUUUUACUGCCCAUGUUUGAUAGGCAGUUCUAUAUAUUAAUAUAUGCUACUUUGCAAUGUUGUUAUGGUUUAGAUUAAAAAAAAAAAUAUAUAUAUUUUUUUUUUUUCAUCUUCCAGACUUUCUAUUUUUGAAGUGAAGGUCAAUGCCCUCCUGUAAGCAAUUUUUAAAAAGCCGAUAUGUUUUAUACUAAAAAGCUAUAUAUAUGUGUAUAUAUAUAUAUAUAUAUAUAUAUAUAUAUAUAUAUAUAUAUAUAUAUAUAUAUUUAUAUAUAUAUAUAUAUAUUACAACUAAUCAAAGUAACAUAUAUCAAAUAUAUAUACAUAACUUAUUUACACUGUUAUUUUUUAUGAUAGUUUACCUUUAAGAGUUUCAGUCAUUUUAGUGAAACUAACAGGAUUAUUUACUAAAGUGAGGAUUUAAAGUAAAUUCCAAAUUCUAGGCCGGUGUAGCCAAUCAGAAAGCACAGAGAAUUUAGAGUAUUUUUUCAUUUUGGCCUGAAAUUCACUUUAAAAUCAACUGAUAUUCUCCCUUUAGUGAAUAACUGGUAAGGAUACAAUCUAGACACCACCAUAAUAAGGUUCAAUUCAGUAUACUCUUUACUUAGUUCUGUUUUGACAGACUGGCCGACCUCCAAUACAUUUUUUUUAAAUAACCUGUAGGUUGUACUAGAAUGAUCACUGAUUUUUCAAGGCUGGACAUACUUUUAAUGUUUCAGGGUGAUUUAUUUUACUCUCCAUUAAAAACUUGCACAAUCUCAUAACUGUUUAUUGUAUAAACAGAACACAAGUUUCCUCCUUAAAAUGUAAGUUUCUUGACACGUCUAUCAAAACAUAUUUCCAUUGACAAAAAGCAGCUGUCCCAUCAAUGUUAUUAGUACUUCAACACAAACCUAAAUAAAGAACCGAGUCUGUUUUUUUAACCCCUUAAGGACACAUGACAUGUGUGACAUGUCAUGAUUCCCUUUUAUUCCAGAAGUUUGGUCCUUAAGGGGUUAAAUAUGUUUUCAUGACUAUUAAAGAAUGUUUUGAGAAACAUGCAAAUAAAUAAAUUUAAAUAUUGUUACUUUUCUAAUGAAGUGGUCGUGGUGUAUUGUCGCAGUCCUUUCAACCCUGCAAUAUCAAAUAUUGCCGUUAUUUAAAACCUACAAUGUUUACAUUGUAGGGUUAAGUCCCCCUCUAUUGGCCGUCAGUAUCAUAGCCGCUAAAGGUUUAUCCGCUGCAGUGAUGGUCACAUAACAGAGAAGUCUCCAUAGGAAAGCAUAGAUCAAAUGCUUUUCUAUGAAUGCGCUCGCUCCCCACUAGCUGAGCAUGCACAUUAGGUCCCCAAUUAUCCUUUAUGAAGAGCUUUGGAUUGAACUACACCAGAGGAGUGAUGUCAAGGGCGACAGAGAGGUGAGCCAGGGCGCUGGAAAAAGGUAAGUAAAACUUUGUUUUGUUACAUUUGAAUGCACCCAGAGGGGAGACCUGAAAAUCUAACACAAUAGUGUUUGACUUACAGAUUUGUAUUCCUAAUGCUUGAGUGUUCCUUUAACCCCUUCCCGACCCAGGACGGUUCAGGACCGUCAUCGGAAUUUUCCCAUUGCGGACCGAUGACGGUCCUGAACCGUCCUAACGGUUUACGUUACUUACCUGAUCGCCGUCGUUCCCCCGGCGGCGAUCAGUGUUGCUCCGGUUGUGGGGAGACUGCCUGCAGCCCAGACAGUCUCCCCACACUGAAUUAGGACCCCUGUGGCCAUGUGAUCGCUUAACACAGCAAUCACAUGGUCACAAUAGAUGUCCAUAGUGCUGCCUGCAGGGGGACUGUCUGUGCUGACAGGCAGUCUCCCUGCUAGUGUAAAAUCAGAAAAAAAAAUAAAGUUAGUGUUAAUAAAAAAAAUAAUAAUAAUUAUAUAUGUGUAUAUAUGAUAUAUAGACAUAUAUUAUAUCUAUAUAAUAUAUGUCUAUAUAUCAUAUAUAUAAUGCCAUACUAAGUGUAUUUUUAUAUUAAUAUGUACUUAUAUUAAUAUAAAAUACACUUAUAAUUAAAUUUCACACGUAUAUAUAUAAUAUAUAUAAUAACUAUAUAUAUUGUAUAUAUAUAUUAAUAUAAAAUAUAAAUAAUAAGUAAUUUAAAUUAAAUAAAAAUUUUUUAAAUAAUAAUAAAAAAUUAAAAAAAAAUUAUAUAGCUAUAUGAAAUUUUAUUCUAACUGUAUUUUAAAAUUAAUAUAUAUAUAUUUAUAUUAAAAUACACUUAGAAUGAAUUUGUAUAUAUCUAUGUAUAUAUAAAUAAAUACAAAUAAUACAAAAUAUACAUAUGUCCAUAUACAAAAUUACAUAAAUAAUUAUAUAAAUAUACACGUAGACUUCAAAUAUAUAAAUAUGCAUAUAUAUUUAAAUUCUACGUGUGUAUUUAUGUAAUAGUUUUACAUAAUUCAGUAAUUUUAUUGAUUGCAAUUUAAGGGACCUGCCUGCCAACCCAGGCCGAAAUUCCAGAGAAUUGAAUUUGCUAGCACUGUAUUUUACCCUGUAACGUUCUACUACACCCUAAAACCUGUACAUGGGGGGUACUGUUUUACUCGGGAGACUUCGCUGAACACAAAUAUUAGUGAUUCAAAACAGUAAAACAUAUCACAGCGAUGAUAUUGUCAGUGAAAGUGACUUUUUUUGCAUUUUUCACACACAAACAGCACUUUUACUGAUGAUAUAAUUGUUGUGAUACGUUUUCCAGUUUUUAAACACCAAUAUUUGUGUUCAGCGAUGUCUCCCGAGUAAAACAGUACCCCCCAUGUACAGGUUUUAUAGCAUUUUUGAAAGUUACAAGGUCAAAUAUAUGGGUCAAAUAUUUUUACAUUGAAAAUGGCCAGGUUGGUUACGUUGCCUUUGAGAGCGUAUAGUAGCCCAGGAAUGAGAAUUACCCCCAUGAUGGCAUACCAUUUGCAAAGGAAGACAACCCAAGGUAUUGCAAAUGGGGUAUGUCCAGUCUUUUUUAGUAACCACUUGGUCACAAACACUGGCCAAAAUUAGCGCUCAAUUUAGUUUUUUUACUUUUUUCACACACAAACAAAUAUGAAUGCUUACUUUGGCCAGUGUUUUCGACUAAGUGGCUACUAAAAAAGACUGGACAUACCCCAUAUUGAAUACCCUGGGUUGUCUACUUUAAAAAAAAUAUGUACAUGUGGGGUGUUAUUCAGAGAUUUAUGACAGAUAAUAGUGUUACAAUGUCACUAUUGAUAAAUUUUAAAAAUGUAUGUUUUGAAACCGCAAUAUCCUACUUGUACCUAUAGCCCUAUAACAUGCAAAAAAAAGCAAAAAAGCACGUAAACACUAGGUAUUUUUAAACUCAGGACAAAAUUUUGAAUCUAUUUAGCAGUUUUUUUCAUUCGCUUUUGUAGAUGAGUAAAAGAUUUUUCAAGUAAAAGUCAAAAAACAUGUAUUUUUUUCAAUUUUUCAUCAUAUUUUUUUAUUUUUUUUAAAUUAAAAUACAUGAUAUUAUAUAAAUAAUGGUAUGUAAAGAAAGCCCCUUUUGUCCUGAAAAAAACAAUAUAUAAUUUGUAUGGGAACAGUAAAUGAGAAAGCGGAAAAUUACAGCCAAACACAAACAUCACAAAAGUGUAAAAAUAUGCCUGGUCGCAAAUGUACAACAUCGCAAAAACAGUCCAGUCCUUAAGGGGUUAAUGGUGAGAUUAACAAACAAUUCAUCUUGAUCCAAGAAAAGCAACAUUGAAAGGUGUCUCCCCACUCACAUGGCCAUGUAAAAUAUACAUAUGGUAAACACAGCAUUAUCAUUGAUCAGAUUUCGAUUUCCGUUUCACAAUAACCCACUUUUUAAAAUAUAUAUAUUUUUUUGAUAAUGCACAAUUUUAAAUAGUUAAUAUGUGGUCAUGUCUGGAAUGAAAAAUAUGAUAGUUACUGGCAGGGGGCUUGAGUAAAAUCUCCGUGCUCAAGUCGACCCACCCCAAUUAUUUACAUAUUAUUACUUUUAAUAUAGUUGCCUGUUUCGAAAUACUUAAUUUCUCUACACAGGACAUCAGAAAUGACUGAGAAGCAGCCAUUUAGGAAACAUAUGAAAACUUGUUAAUAAUAAUAAUGGGAAGAUUGAAGUGUGGCCUUAUAUGGAUGUGAAUAAGAGAGAGCAGAGUAUUGUAUAUCACGGGAAAUUAACAAAAACAUGAAGAUUAUUGCAGCAUGGUACAUACAGUGUGCAUAUAACAUGGAAUGACUGUUCUCAUUUUUAUUGAUUUAGGGGCCUGCUGGUGUAAAAGGAGAAAGGGGAGAAAGAGUAAGUAUGGCUUCAAUCUGA